UAGUUUUGUUUUGAUCGGGGGGGUCUGGAGGCUCGACCGUUCUCACCUGGAUUUUAGUGCAAACACCUUCCUGGAUAAGGAGCGCGCUUCCUGUCUGAGUCACUGGGCGCCGUCCCAUCAGUCCAAGGCACUCUUGGGGAGACAAGGUGCCGACCAACAUGUCAACACAGGCGCCGACGUUCACGCAGCCGCUGCAGAGCGUCGUGGCAUUAGAGGGUAGUGCCGCGACGUUCGAGGCUCAAGUUAGUGUUCAGUGCGAAUGUCUUUGUUUUGACCACACUGACGUCCUGGGUUUGUGUCUGAGUGUUGUCCAGUUGUUGGAGUCUCUUAAACCUCAAACUGUUGAAAUGGAGUCAGAACCAUCUGAAACACCAGAUGACUCCAGUUUUACUCAGAACGCUGAAGGACGGGACAAGGACGUGACAGGUGACGAUAACGUCCAUUAUUUGGACAUUAACUCAUACGGUUACGAGUUGAACACAACUCAGGAUGGGAUCUGUGAAACCGUUGAUGACAGAGAAGAUCCGGAGUCCGACAGUGCUUCAGAAAGUUGGGAGGAGAUGCCAACGUACAACAUGAGUGAUGAAGACAUGACGGAGACGUGUUGUAGUCCAUCGAACUGUGCAGAUCUCUCCUCCAUCUUUAAAGACUCAUCGCCUGUUUCAUGCCUCCACUCAACCGAAGAAACCCUCAGAUUUCAGGGCUGCGACAUCUCACCCGAUUCGUCCGCCGCAGACAGUCCUCCAUCUGUGAAUCACGAAGAGUGGUGUCUCUGCGAUCUUAACCGCAGCGUCCUCACGUCCAUCAGGCAGCAGGAGGAGCAGGCUGAGGGCGGGAAAAGAGCCGGGGCAGUGGCCACGGUGGUGGCCGCCGUUGACCUCGCUCGUGUCCGUCAGCCUGUGCAUGUCCCGGGCAGUCCGGCUGAAGAGGAGGAGGCUGUAGAGGCAGAGUUCAGGCAGGCCGCCGCCGCCGCGGCUGCAGAUCAACAGUAUCAAGCCAGCUGGACAACAACAAGAGCGCAGGCUGGGCAAAUGCUCACCACUGCUCAGGAGGUUACACCUGAACCGACCCCGCCGCCGCCUCAGAUUCAGAGAGCGACGGACAUCUCCGUCCAUGUGGACACUGGUCUCACUCCGUCCCCAGUUCCACAUUUCACAGUUUCUAAAGUUUCUGUCCCAAAACACGAGCCUAGCUCUGAGGUUUCCAUCGCCGGCUCUGCGAUGGCCACGCUGCAGAAAGAGUUAUCUUCAUCCUCCGCUGCCGCGAGAAAGAUCAUCAAGCCCGUCAAGUCUCCCACUCCGUCCCGCUCUAUGGCGGAGACCAGAGAGACGCUGGAGCCCAUCCCCCCUCCGUUCAAGGGCCCGACAGAGAAAUAUCAUUUAAGCACUGAGUUACAGACGGGGGUGGUGGUCUCAGGGGGCGUUUAUGAGGACUGGGGAGCCCAGGUGGUGGAGGCAGCAGCCAUACCUUCAGCAGGUGGCGCCGUCGUCCCGGCCACACUGGUGUCGGGCUUGAAGAACACAAAUGUGACGGAGGGCGAGUCGGUGAGCCUGGAGUGCCAGAUCAGCGGUAACCCCACGCCCACCAUCAUGUGGUUCAGAGAGGACUACAAGAUCGAGAGCUCCAUUGACUUCCAGAUCAGUUAUGUGAACGGAUUCGCCCAGCUGGUGAUCCGCGAGGCAUUCGCCGAAGACAGCGGACGCUUCACCUGCACCGCCACAAAUGAGGCAGGAACUGUCAGCACCUCUUGCUACCUGCUUGUCCAGGUGUCUGAGGACAUCGAGAGCAGAGAGGAAGUCGCUGCCAUUACUGAACAUGUUGAAACUGCUGCAAAACUAGUCACGGAAGAAGCCAAAGAGGAGGUGGUCGAAUCAGACGCUGCGGCCGCCGCUCCCUUCUUCAUCAAGAAACCGACCGUCCAGAAGCUGGUGGAGGGAGGAAGUGUGGUGUUUGAAUGCCAGGUCGGGGGAAGCCCCAAACCACACGUCAUCUGGAAGAAGAGCGGCGUGCCGCUGACAACUGGAUACAGAUACAAAGUUGCCUACAAGAAGGAGACUGGAGAAUGCAAGUUGGAGAUCUCCAUGACCUUUGCUGAUGACGCCGGAGAAUACUCUGUUUUUGUCAAGAACCCACAGGGAGAGGUUUCAGCCUCCGCCAGUCUGCUGGAGGAAGAAGAAUAUGAAGCCUACAUGAAGACACAGGAAGCAGCCUUUAAGACUGAAGUGACAGCCGCGGUGCAGGAGCCCAAAGUGGCAGAUGUUCCCCCUGUUGUUGUUACGACGAUGGAGCAGAUGACCACCACUGUUAUAUCUGGGCAGGAAUUCCAUUUGUCUGCCAUUGAGUUGAGGAUCAUCCAGGAGAUCGAACUCCGCAUUAUGAAGAUUACCUACAGAGAGAUUGUGACAGAAGACGGAGAGUUGAUGGUGACCGCUGACCCCACCGAGGCCGUGCAGCCCGCCUUUGACACUCCCGUCAAAAACUACAGGAUCAUGGAGGGAAUGGGCGUUACUUUCCACUGCAAGAUGGGUGGAAUGCCACUCCCAAAGAUUGCUUGGUACAAAGACGGACAGCGCAUCAAGCCUGGCGAUCGUUACCAGAUGGAAGUUCUUCAGGAUGGGCGUGCCAGCCUUCGUCUGCCUGUGGUUACACCAGAGGAUGAGGGCGUGUACACUGCCUUCGCCUCCAACAUGAAGGGAAAUGCCGUCAGCUCUGGGAAGCUCUAUGUAGAGCCGUCCGGAACUGGGACACCUCAGAGAUACACCCCUCAGCCAGCCAUGCAGAGGAUCAGGUCCACAUCUCCUCGCUCUUUGAGCCGCUCACCUGGACGCUCUUCCAGCCGUUCUCCUGGACGCUCUCCGGCCCGCCGUCUGGAUGAGACAGACGAGGCUCAGCUGGAAAGACUCUACAAGCCCGUUUUUGUGAUGAAGCCUUCCUCAUGUAGAUGCUCUGAGGGGCAAACUGCCAGAUUUGACCUGAAGGUUGUCGGCAGACCGAUGCCUGACACUUACUGGUUCCACAAUGGACAACAAGUGGUUAGUGACUACACACACAAGAUAGUAGUGAAAGAGGAUGGUACCCAGUCCCUGAUCAUUGUCCCAGCCAUGCCACACGACUCUGGAGAGUGGACGGUCGUCGCUCAGAACAGAGCUGGACGGUCAUCAAUCUCCAUCACUCUUACUGUUGACGCUAAAGAAACGUUGGUACGCCCCCAAUUCACUGAAAAGCUGAAGAACAUCAGUGUUAAGCAGGGCACUCUGGUCGAGUUGGCUGUCAAAGCCAUCGGAAACCCGCUGCCUGACAUCGUCUGGCUGAAAAACAGUGACAUUAUCACCCCACACAAGCACCCAAACAUCAGGGUGGAAGGAACCAGAGGAGAGGCCAAGUUCCAGAUUCCCUCAGCAGCUGGCUCAGACAGUGCCUGGUACACCGCAACAGCCAUCAACAAGGCUGGCAGGGACACCACUCGCUGCAGAGUCAAUGUUGAGGUGGACUAUGUUGAACCUGAACCAGAGAGGAAGCUUAUUAUUCCCAAAGGAACCUACAAGGCCAAAGAGAUCGCUCCUCCAGAGGUGGAGCCUCUUCACCUGCGAUAUGGUCAAGAGCAGUGGGAGGAGGGCGACCUCUUCGACAAAGAGAAGCAACAGAAACCUCAGUUCAAGAAGAAGCUGACGUCUAUCAGAAUGAAGCGCUUCGGUCCAGCUCAUUUUGAGUGCAGACUGACCCCUAUCGGUGACCCCAACAUGGUGGUGGAGUGGCUGCAUGACGGCAAACCCCUGGAAGCUGCCAACAGGUUGCGCAUGGUCAAUGAAUUUGGUUACUGCAGUCUGGACUAUGAAGUUGCUUAUGCCAGAGAUAGCGGCGUUAUCACCUGCAGAGCCUCGAACAAGUUUGGAGUCGACCAGACCUCGGCCACACUGGUCGUUAAGGAUGAGAAGGGCCUUGUUGAGGAAACACAGCUUCCUGAAGGCAGGAAGGGAGCACACAGAAUGGACGAGAUCGAGCGCAUAGCUCACGAGGGAGGACCUGCAGGAGUCACUGCUGAAGAAGAAACUGAGAAAAUUAAACCUGAGAUUGUCCUACUUCCCGAACCAGCAAGCGUGCUGGAGGGCGAAACAGCUCGAUUCCGCUGCAGAGUGACUGGUUAUCCUGCACCAAAGGUUAACUGGUACCUCAACGGACAACUCAUCCGUAAGAGCAAGAGAUACAGACUUCGCUAUGAUGGUAUUUACUAUCUAGAGAUCACCGAAAUCAAAUCCUACGAUUCAGGAGAGGUCAAAGUGGUGGCUGACAACAACCUGGGUUCAGCUGAACACACCGUGAAGCUGGAGAUUAAACAGAAAGAAGACUUCAGAACUCAUCUGCGCCGCGCUCCAGAGGGUAAGGCAGCCGAGGCCGCACCUGAACCUGGAAAAACACAAUUCGAGGUGGUGAAGGCUGAGAAACCCUCAGAGGACUCUCAGCUGAAAGAGGUUGUCAAGCUCAAGAAGGCUCAGAGGAUUGUCCACGAGAAAGCAACGGAGGAGACAGAGGAGCUGCGGAGCAAGUUCAAGCGCAGGACAGAGGAAGGUUACUAUGAGUCCAUCACUGCGGUGGAGCUUAAGUCCCGUAAGAGGGACGAGUCCUACGAGGAUCUGCUGAAGAAGACUAAGGAGGAGCUGCUUCACCACGCUAAGGAGAAGGAGGAGGCAGAGAAGAAGAAGGAGGAGGAGCGCCGCAAACUCACAGCUAAACCUCUAAAACCAGAGAGGGUGAAGCUUUCAGCCAGCAUGGAGGCUCCAAAGAUCCUGGAGCGUAUUACCAGCCAGACAGUCGCACAGGGCGACGAAGUCAAAUUCAGAGUCCGGGUUGUCGGUAGACCCGAUCCUGAGUGCCAGUGGUUCAAGAAUGGUGUUCAACUGGAGAAGACUGACCGCAUUCACUGGUACUGGCCUGAGGAUCAUGUGUGUGAACUGGUGAUCAGAAACGUCAGAGCCGAGGACUCAGCAAGUAUCAUGGUCAAAGCUGUGAGCAAAGCCGGAGAGACUUCAAGCCAUGCUUUCCUGCUGGUCCAAGCAAAGCAAGUCAUCACCUUCACACAGAAGCUGGAGGACGUCAACGCAAAAGAGAAGGACACCAUGGCCACCUUUGAGUGUGAAACCAAUGAGCCUUUUGUCAAAGUCAAAUGGCUAAAGAACAACAGGGAGAUCUUCUCCGGAGACAAAUACAGGAUGCACUCUGACAGAAAGGUUCACUUCCUGUCUGUGCUGAUAAUUGACAUGAGGGAUGACGCAGAAUUCACCUGCAUGAUUGUAGACGAAGACAUCAGCACAACUGCCAAGCUCAACGUUGAAGGAGCCCCUCUGGAGAUCCUGAAGCAGCUGGAGAGCACAGAGGUCCCUGAGACGUACACUGGAGAGUUUGAGUGUGUCGUGUCUCGUGAGGACACUGAAGGCAGCUGGUUCUUUGGAGAAAAGAUGCUGUCUCCCAGCAGUAAAUACGUCAUGUCCUCCCGCCGUGGAAGACAUACCCUGUCUGUCAAAGACGUCAAGAAGGAGGACCAGGGAAAAUACACCUUCAAAGUGGGCGAGUUCAAGACAAGUGCCUCACUGAAGAUGAAAUUGCGUCCAGUGACCCUGAUGCAGCCUCUGACGGACCUGACCGUCUGCGAGGGCGACAUCGCUCAGCUGGAGGUCAAGUUCUCCCAGGAGAGCGUUGAGGGAUCCUGGAUGAAGAACGGGCAGCCAGUCCAGGCCUCAAACCGUGUGCACAUUGUGAUUGACAAACAGAUCCACAAACUUCUGAUUGAAGACACCAACAAGGACGACUUUGGAACGUACUCCUUUGUGGUUCCUGAUCAUGCGAUUUCAACUUCUGCAAAGCUGGUCAUUCAGACAAUUGGCAUCUUAAUCCCUCUGAAGGACAUUAGUGCCGUUGAAGGCACCAAGGCUGUCCUGGAGGCCAAGAUCUCUGCUCAGGACGUCAGCUCGGUCAAAUGGUACCACAACGACAAACUACUGACACCCAGCGAACGAGUCCAGAUGGUGGCGAAGGGAGCCAAGCAGCGCCUGGUCUUCAACAGGACCUUCGCCUCAGAUGAAGGACAGUAUAAGCUGGUGGUUGGCCGAGUCGACACCAGCUGCAGAUUUUCUGUUCAGACCGUCCAUAUUGUGAAACCAAUGAAGGACAAGCAGUGCUCCGAGUCUGAGCAUGUCACGUUCGAAGUGGAGGUUUCUCACCCGGGCAUCGACGCAUUCUGGACCUUCAAGAGGCAGCCCAUCAAAGCCAGCACCAAGUACAAGAUGGAGUCCAAGAACAAGCACCACACCCUGACUGUCAUGAACUCAAUGAAGGAUGAAGAGGGCGAGUACAUGUUUGCUGCCGGCGAGAAGAUGUGCACUGCUUUACUCACCGUAGAAGGUGGCGCUAUCAAGAAGCCCCUGCAUGAUUUGGUGGUGGCCGACUCCCAGACCGCCGUGCUGGAGUGUGAAGUAGCCAACCCCGCCGCCGAGGGCAGGUGGCUGAAGGACGGUCACCCCGUUGACUUCAAUGAGAACACAAUCAGCGAGGUGAAUGGCGCCGUCAGACGCCUCGUCAUCAUCAUCACCAAAGCCACCGACGUCGGAGAGUACUCCUACCAGGUCGCCACCUCCAAGACCUCAGCCACCCUGAAAGUGGAGGCUGUAAAGAUCAAGAAGACCCUGAGAAACCUGAACGUGGUCCAGACUCAGGAGGCCGUGUUCAGCCUGGAGCUGACCCACGAGGAUGUCAGGGGAGCACAGUGGAUCAAGAAUGGAGUUGAGAUCCAGCCCAGCAAUAAAUACGAGAUCACCAUCGAAGGCACGGUCCACACCCUGAAAAUCAAGAACUGCACCGUGCAGGACGAGUCCGUUUACUCCUUCAAACUGGGAAAACUGUCUGCGAACGCCAGGCUCAAUGUUGAAACCAUCAAGAUCCUGAAGAAGCCAAAGGACGUGACAUCACUGCUGGGCGCAACUGCCGUGUUUGAGGUGGCCGUCUCUGAGGACAACAUCCCAGUGAAUUGGAUGUUCAACAACACGGAGCUGAGGCCCAACGAGAACUACAGGAUGCUGUCUGAAAAGAAGACCCACAAGCUGAUCGUCCAGGACGUGGACACCAGCAAAGAGGGAGAGUACACCGUGGUGGUGGGACACCUGCAGUGCAGCGCUCGCCUCUUCGUCGAGUCCCUGCGAGUCACCAAACCCCUGAAGAGUGUCCAGGUCCCCGAGACGCAGGUGGCCACGUUCGAGUGUGAGGUUUCUCACUUCAACGUGCCGUCCACGUGGCUGAAGGACGGCGUGGAGAUCGAGAUGAGCGAGAAGUUCAGGAUCGUGGUUCAGGGCAAACUGCACCAGCUGAAGAUCAUGAACACCAGCAGGGACGACUCGGCCGAGUACACCUUCGUCUGCGGGAACGACCGAGUCUCCGCUACGCUCACCGUGAACCCCGUCCUCAUCACGACGAUGCUGCAGAACCUGAACGCUCAGGAGAAAGACAUGGUGACGUUUGAGGUGAACAUCAACUAUGAGGGGAUCACGUACAAAUGGCUGAAGAACGGUGUGGAGAUCCGGUCCACAGACAGGUGCCAGGCUCGCUGCAAACAGCUCACUCACACACUGAGCAUCAGGAACGUCCACUUUGGAGACAGCGCCGAGUACACCUUCAUGGCCGGCUCCGCAGUCACCUCAGCCAAACUCUACGUGGAGGCUCGUGUGGUUGAAUUCACCAAACACCUGAAGGACCUGAAGAUCACAGAGAAGAAGAGAGCCACUUUUGAAUGUGAGGUUUCUGAGCCCAACAUCCAGGUGAUGUGGAUGAAGGAUGGUCAGGAGCUGGAGAUGUCUGACAGAUAUAAAAUGAGCUCGGAUAAGUUCGUGCACCGUCUGGUUCUGCCGUCAGUCCGCCUGUCUGACACCGGAGAAUACACCGCCGUGGCCGGGUCCAGCAUGUCCAAGGGCACCCUGGGAGUGGAGGGACGGGACAUCAAAAUCUCAGAGCCUGCGAGCAGGCACAUCACUGUUGUUGAAAAACAAAGAGCGACCUUCGAGUUCGAGGUGAACGAGGACGACGUGGAGGGUCGCUGGAUGAGGAAUGGGGUGGAGAUCCAGUUUUCUGUGGAGGAGCGCUUCAACUACGCCACCAUCAGGAAGCUGCACCGCCUCACCAUCUCCGAGACCUACAGGAGCGACGCCGGCGAGUACACCUUCUUAGCCGGCAAGAACCAGAGCGCCAUGAACCUGCACGUCAGACUGCCGGAGCCUCCUCAGGUGGUGCGACCGAUGCAGCCGCAGACGGUGAUGUCAGGUAGAUCGGUCCGCUUCGGCGUGCAGGUGAGCGGCCUCCCGCAGCCUCAGGUGUCCUGGUACAAAGACUCGCAGCUUCUGUCCACCAGCUACAAGUGCAAGUUCCUCCACGACGGAGACGAGCACACGCUGCUGCUGCUCGAGGUCUUCCCCGAGGACGCCGCCGUCUACAGCUGCGAGGCCAAGAAUGACUAUGGAGAGGCCACAAGCUCCGCCCCUCUCACGGUGGAAGUCCCUGAGGUGGUGGAAACCACUCCGGUGUCUCCUCCGGUCAUCAUCACGCCCAUGAAGGACCUCCUGGUGGCCGAGGGACGCCCUGCACAGUUCCAGUGGACCGUCUCUGGGGAAGACCUGCAGAUUUCGUGGUUCUGUGGCGACAGGGAGAUCAGACAGUCCAACAUCUACAGGAUGUCUCAGUCUGGUGAAACCUACCAGCUGGAGAUCUCCAAAGUCCUCUCGAUCCACGAAGGAGAGUUCUCGUGUGUCGCCUCAAACUCUGCAGGAAUGGUCACGAGUGCCGCCUCUCUGAAUAUCGAUGGUGACUCUCUGUCAGCAGGACAAACCGCCCGCUCCGUUGAGUUUUCUGAGAUGGUCUCUGAGAGGUCCUCUUCGUCUUGGAGGACGGUUGAGAUUCAGAUGGAGAGUGUAAGCUCGGUGGAGAUGAGUUCCAAGAGCAGCUUUGCUAUCAAACUCUCAACCCGGCCCAAACUGCUGAUGGAAAUGAGUGACGUCCAGGUGAAAAGUGGCGAGAUGGCCAAGUUCAGCUGCUCAUUUGACGGGCAACCCUUCACCGGGGUGGUGUGGGAUCAUAAUGGCCAGAGUCUGGCGGACACAGAGCGGGUGAGGAGCUCUCAGAUUGGGGGGUUGUUGUCCCUGGUCAUACAGGGUGUUGGCGUGGCGGACCAGGGUGUGUACUGCUGCACCGCCACCAACCAACAUGGCCAGAACAGCUCCUCCGCCCAGCUCACUGUUGAAGCUAAAGAAGCAAACCCCACAGCAGAAACCCCAAUCCCUUCCGAUUCUGUGCGUAAAGUGUCUCAGACAGACAGGGGGAGCGCUCGAGAUCCCCUUGACCAUGACAAACAGGAGGCGGUGGAGAAGCCGGGACCGUCGCCUCCAUCCUCCCAGAGACCUUUCAGCCUCAUCAGCCACCUGUACUUCCCUGACGCCCUGCCUCACCACAGGCGAGGUCACCACCUCUCCAGCUGCUCCGAGUUCCUGAUCAAACUGCCCCCCGAGCUGCUGAGCAGAAACAGAGACGGCGGCUCGCUGUAUUGCGUUAUGAAGGGGGUUCCCACUCCACUUGUCAUUUGGCUUUAUGGCCGGUUGAAUGUUGAAGACUCUGUGUCUUACUCUCUGAAACGUGACGGCCCCCUGUGCUGUGUAAAUGUUAACAAUGUGGGAACCGGACACGGGGGCUCUUACAUUUGCAAAAAAGUCAGCUCAGUCGGAGAUGCUGAGUGCAGCACAAUGAAAGUAACUGCAGUGGAACAGGAACCUUCUCAGGUCAAGGAGGAAGAGAAAGCCUUUUCUAGCACAACCGUCACGGUGGAGGAGGAAACCCAGGAGUCGUACUACACUGGCCUAAAGUUACCAGAUAAAACCAGAACACUUGAACUUAAGCCAGAGUCCAAACGCUACUCCAGCACUUUGGAGAAGAAAAAAGAAAAACCAGUUUUCCUCAGCAAACUCUCUCCAGUAGCUUUGAGCGCUGGACAAACUGCUACGUUUACCGUCAAAGUGUCUGGUUUCCCGAAGCCCACCGUUCAGUGGUUUCACAACGGGCAGGUUAUAACCAGCUCAUCUGUGUACACGUUCAUUCACAAGCAAGAUGAAUAUAGCUUGCUCAUUAAAAAUGUUCAAAGGGAGUUUGAAGGGCCGUACUCCUGCACUGCCAGCAAUAGAUUUGGCCAGUCCACCUGCACAUCUUAUUUGCAUGUUCAGGUGAAGGAGUUAGAAAAGCAGGACAAAAUUGACAAGAAAACAUUUGCACCAACUGGCAAAGCCCCAGAAUUCACUAAAACAAUAGAGCCUGUCCAGCGGUCUGAGGGAGAUCAGGUGUUCUUCAGGUACGCUGUGACCGGAGAUCCUCUCCCUCAGGUUCAGUGGCUCAAAGGCAGCUUACACCUUCAGCCCAGUGGGCUCUGUAUCAUUGUAAGCAACCCAGAUGGAUCAGGCUUUAUAAAUAUUAAGAGUGUCAAACAAGAGAACAGCGGCGUCUACACCUGUAAGGCCCAUAACCAACACGGGGAAGCUUCCUGUGCAGCUGAGCUGCUGGUGCUCACUGAGAAAGUUCAGGAAGAGCAGAUGGUAGUUAAGAAAACAAAAGGUCUGAAAAUAUCCAUGACUGAACAAACCAUGGAGUCCAGAUUACACCAGGAGAGAACUCGGUCUGAUCAGAUGAUUUAUACCAUUAGCACCGAAGACCGGCAGAUUAUUCCCAGUGAGGAGGUGGGAACCCUCAGAGAGCUUGAUGUCUCUGCUGCCACCCUUAACCGGGAGCAGCUGACCCAGCAGGCUGCUGUACUGCAAACUCAUGAAGUACAGGAGAGGGUUUCUGUGGCGCCCUCUCAUCCUCCGCAGGUCUCAGCUGUUCCUAUGAAACAGCUUCACAUGGCCACUUUCUUAUCUUCAGUCCAGGAGAAACAAAAGAUCACCGAGCAGCACUCCGAACGGAUUCUCAGCCCUGAGAUUGUAGAACUUGAGUUAGCCAAAGAGCAACCAUCAAAGCUCAUGUCGGCCAUGUCUGAAGAGGUCCUCCCACUCACCACAGUGAGAGCCGAGGCCUUGACGGACCGGGCUCCUGAGCAUGUGAAGACUUCAAAUGAACCCAGACAACUUGUUAGCGGUCACCAAGUAGAGUCCACUCCUCCAAUCUGUGAUGAAACUUCAGUCGUGACCCUCCGGCCAGAGGAGGAGAGGAGUUUCAGAGUCACAGAGGGGGUUAAGAUUUUAUACUCGGCUCAGUCCACAGGGCAACUGCCAAUCACAGAGAGACACUCUGAGCCUCUGCCAGCUUUAGACACAUCCACGAAACCCUUGAUAGAGAAAGAGCGUUCUAAACCAGUGGUAGCACCAGUGAGCGAGACCAGAGUGACUUUGUGCAAAGAGCAGACUUUUGUAAUACACAGACCAGAACAGCAGAGUGUCACCGCACACAAAGACACCGUCUACAGAUCAGCGAUUACUGCCGAAGAGAAAUAUGAACUGCGCGGUGAACAGGCAGGACAGGUGCCAAGCUUAGCAUCUUCUGUGUGUCUGCAGCCUCAACAGGAGGCAGACAGAGUCCUGAAUCUGCAGGUUAUCAGCGAUCAGGAUGUUUUACAGUCUGAGGGAAGGUUCAGCAGUGAAAAACCCUCCAUGGAGCAGGCAGAUGCCAGGAAGAGUCUGACUCUGUUGUAUUCAGUGAAUCAAGAAGAUCAGAGGGCAGCUGUUUGUGAGGCAACUUCAGAGUUCACAACAAAGACAGACGCCAUGUCCAUUCAGCCGAAGAAAGAGUCACCACCAACAAAAUACCUCCAGUCAGUUCAUUCUUUAUCAGUUUUACCAAAGGAGGGAAUUCUUUCCAUCACUAAACCUGACCAGCAGAUGGCAACACAGAAACAGGAAAAAGCCAGAAAGCAUGCAGCUAUCUCAGAAGAAAGAAGGGAACUCACAGCAGAUUACCACAAAGAUCUCGAUGUGUCGGUGACUGGCGUUCAGUCACAGCUUCAGACUGAGCCCAGGCCGUCCAGCAUCCUCACAGUCUCCUCUCAACUAAUGCAGCUGCCAAGGGAGACACCUCUCGCUACUAAUGUCAAGCAGCAGCGAGCGCUUGUGCAGAAAGAGGAUUACUGGAACAUCAUGCAUUCUCUGAACGUCACAGACACCCAGAGUCUGGAGGAGGGUCACACCGACAGCCUUGAAACUGAUGAGAAAGUCAAACUUGAAAUGAAAACUGAGCCUAAGAUACCCAAAAAAACUGUCUUUAUAGAGGAAAAGGCAGUUGCCACGGAAAGCAGUACAAUCUUAGAGGCUGCUGAAGAGGACUUUGCGGUCCAGAUCCAGGAGGGCCAGUCAGUCCGCCAGUCGGUGUUGCUCGAAGAAAAGCAGGUCAUUAUGGGAGAGCAGUCAAGUGAGAUACAGAAAUCUGAGGGUUCGACUGUCAGCGUCUUGACGCAGCCUAAACAAGUUCUGUUUGUUCACGAGUCUCAGGACUCUCAGACUCUACCCAAAGAAGUCAACUUUGUCAUUCAGAUUCUCAAACCUUCAAGUUUAAAUAUACGACAUCAGCUGAGAGACGCUCUGCAGUCUGCCGUGGCCAGUGAUCAGCCGGUGUUACUGGCCGAUGUGGUGGGACGGUUAGAGGCAGUGGAGGUUCAGGAGGUGACGGUUCAGAGAGAGCCCAGAUGGGCCACAUCUACCUACCUGAUCACAACCCCAGGUGCCCCCAUGGAGAUCACUCUGUCUUUUGAAGGUGAAUACCCUCAGACAGCCGACUUCAGGUCUGAACUCCAGGUUGCUCUUCAUGCUAUGGUUUUCCAGGAGCAGCAAAGUCUGACCUCAGAGCAUCCGGGCACCAUGCAGAUCGACCGGCCUCAGAAAGCACUGGUCAGCUCAGCGCCCUCCAAAGAGGUGCUGUCCUCUGUGGUGGACACCAUGAUGGUGGCAGAGAGUACAGUUGGGUUUCCUCCAGCUGUAUCUCAGUCUGCAGCAGUCAAAACUGAAGCCAGGGCCUCCUUCCAAAGUGCAACAGUUCAGAGUCGGUCCGAGAUUCACGAUUCGAGGCAGGUGAGCAGGAAGACAGUCGGGUCAGAGAGGGCAGCUAGCGCUGCUGAAGUGACCACCACAGUGUCUGUGGGUCAGGUUCCUGUUGAACAAUGGGAGAACAUUUUUGUCCACACAGAAACCAGAGAGGAGUAUCUGUCAGAGGCAAUCAUGAUCAGCGAGUCCUCCGACAGUCUCGUAGAUUACCCUGUUGUCAUUGAUUCUCUACAAGACAUUUGCGCUGAGAAUAACGACAAGACGAUUUUUACCGCCACCAUAAAGUAUGCCACCAAAGUUAACUGGUUUUUCAAUGGCCAAUUGGUGAAAUCUGGCAAAGAGUUCAAGUGUUCAAAAGACCACGACACAUACACACUCAUAAUUGACAAAGUUGUCAAGGAGAAGCAUCAAGGAGAAUAUGUCUGUGAGGCUGAGAAUGAAGCCGGCAAGACUACAACAUCUUCAAGACUCACUGUGGUUUCAAAAGUGAAACCUGCAUUCAGGCACAGGAUUGUCCCUGUGGAGAUAACCAUUGGUCACCCUGCCAAGUUUGAAUGUGAAACUGAGGAUGCUCCGAAUGUGAACUUCAAGUGGUUCAAAGGAGCAAACCCCAUCAAAGAGGGUGAUAGGUACAGGAUUAUCAGUCGCUUCAGCACUUCCUCUCUGGAGAUCCUGAGUCCAAGCAGGGACGAUAGUGGUGAAUACACCUGCAAGGCGUCCAAUCUUCAUGGCAGCGAUGAAUGCUCCGCCACUCUCAGCGUGACAGAACAAUGUCCCCCUGCCUUUAUAACUAAACCUGACCCUCAGACUGCGUAUGUUGGAAAGAGGGCAGUGAUUCAUUGUGUAAUAACAGGAUCUGCUCCACUGAAUGUUGUCUGGCUCAGAGAUGACCAGGCCUUACCCCAAGUGCCUGCACGCUACCAAACAUCUUGUGAAAAGAAUAAGCACACUCUUGAAAUAAACAACCUGGAGCCCGCUGACAGGGGCCUCUAUGUGUGCAAGGUGUCAAAUAAUGUUGGGACAGCUGAGUGCAGCACGGAGCUGCGUGUUGUUGAUAAACCCAACUUUGUAAAGCCGCUGGGUCCACUGGCGGCUGUGGUUGGAGGUCCUCUGCACCUGGAGUGUCAGGUGGAUGAGGACACUGGAGUAACUGUCACCUGGACCAGAGAUGGUAGAAAAGUCCAUCAGUCUCCGGACUGUAAACUGUCUUUUGAGGAUAAGACAGUCACUCUUGAUAUCCCAAAGACCACAAUGAAAGAUUGUGGAAAUUAUGUGUGCACGGUGACAAAUGAUGCUGGGAGUGCGACUUGCUCCACCUCGGUGAAGGUACAAGAGCCACCAGUCUUUGUAAAGAGGCUGGAAGCCACCACAGUUUGGAGGCAAGGCAGCACCGCUCGGCUGCAGUGCACCGUCAAAGGAUCCCCUGAACUUCACGCCACCUGGUUCUUUAAUAACGACGAGUUGUCUGCCGGUGGCCGAUAUGAUGUCAGUCUGAAGGAUGGUGUCGCAACUUUUGAGAUAAAGGAUGUCAUGUUGAGUGACAGUGGAAACUUUACCUGUGAGGUUCUCAAUGAGUCAGGCUGUGAGAGCUGCAGCACUAAAGUGACAGUGAAAGAACCUCCAUCCUUCAGAAAGGAGUUGGUCUCGUUAGAGGCAGUCAGAGGAUCAGUAGCUGUGUUGGAGUGUGAGAUUUCAGGCUCUGCACCAUUCGAGGUGGCCUGGAAAAAGAAUAAGCAGCGUCUGUCAGCAGAUAAGAAGUACAGAAUAGUGUCGCAGGGCGCCCUGGCCUCUCUAGAGAUUCACUCAUUUGAGAGUGCUGACGCUGGUGAAUAUGAAUGUGUCGUAUCAAACGAGGUCGGAACAGUAUCCUCAAAGUCGUUGACUAAACAGAAAGAGCCUCCAAUGUUCUCAAAGAGGAUUGAGAGUUCUACAGCAGUGUCAGGAAAUACAGUGAGGCUACAGGGAACUCUGAAAGGCUCAGCUCCCAUCACUGUCAAAUGGAUGAAAGACUCUGAGCUGAUCAGAGACGAUGAUCCAAAUGUCAAAAUGACAUUUGAGAACAACAUCACCAGCAUUUCCUUCUCAUCUGUUGAGAUAAAACACGGCGGCAAGUACACUUGCCUUGCCGAAAACCAGGCAGGACAGCAGAAAUGUGAAGCAGUCCUAACAAUUCAAGAACCCGCUAAGAUCGUAGAGAAAGCAGCGUCCAUCAGCGUGACUGCAGGAGAUUCAGCCACGUUGGAGUGCACAAUUUCUGGAAGCCCAGAGCUCAAAGUGAAGUGGUUUAAAGACGGGAAGGAGAUGAUCAGUGGCCGUAAAUAUAAGAUGACCGUAAAGGAGAACACCGCCAUCCUAAAGAUUCUCUCAGCAGAUAAAGGAGACACUUCAGAUUACAAGAUGGAGGUGUCCAAUAAAGUUGGAAAAGACGAGUGCACCUGCUCAGUCACUGUGAUAGAUCGUGCUGCUCCACCAUCCUUCACCAAAACUCUCAAGAAAGUGGACGCGAAUAUUGGUAGUAAUGUUACCUUGGAAUGCAGAGUUGCUGGAUCUCAGCCGAUGGUUGUUUUAUGGUACAAAGACAAUAAAGAAAUUCACAGCAACCACAAACAUAAACUUGAAUUCAGUGAGUUUAAAGCCACUGUGACGAUUACCGGCCUGGAGCAAAGCGAUGGUGGAGUUUAUAAAUGCCGGGCCUCCAAUGAUGCCGGAGAAAAAGAGACCAGUGGUACUUUGUCCGUCAGAGAACCUCCAGUCUUCACUAUGACACCUGAGUCCCAGGAUGCUUCACCCGGAUCAAAUGUUGUGAUAAAAUCAGCCUUUACAGGAUCAGCUCCGCUGGUUGUUAAAUGGUUCAGAGAGGAGAAAGAGAUUUUCACUGGGGGAAAGUGUUUCAUAAAGAAAGAUGCCUCCUCAAGCUCUUUGGAGCUUCACUCUGUGAAACCAAGUGACUGCGCUAAAUACACAUGCCAAGUAUCCAAUGAUGCUGGGAAGGUGGACUGCACCGCAGUCCUCUUUGUGAAAGAAGCCCCAACAUUUACAAUGAAGCUCGAGCCAUCACAGCUGCUGAAAACUGGACUGCCUCUAAGGCUGUCCUGCAAAGUGCAGGGCACUCCUGUUAUUACCAUCAAAUGGUUUAAAAAUGGCUCAGAAAUUGCUCCAGACCACAGACACACAAUGGCCUUUGACAGCUCAAUAGCGACCCUGGAGGUCGAGAACUGCUCUGCAGAGGAUAGUGGAGAUUAUGUCUGUAUGGCAUCCAGUGAAGCCGGCAGAGACCAGUGCAGCAGCACAGUAACAGUCAAAGAGCCUCCAGUGUUUGUGAGGCCUUUCGAAUCAGCUGAGCUUGUAAAAGGAUCCGAGGUUUUCUUGGAAGGAACUGUUUCAGGUUCUCCUCCAUUUGAAAUAAGUUGCUUUCUCAAUGAGAAGCUGAUCAGAAACGACAAAAGGCAUAAGAUCAGUGUUGAAAAUGACACCGUCACUCUUCAGAUUUCAAGCUGUGAGGCCGGAGAUGCUGGGACCUACCAGUGCACUGUUGCAAAUGAUGUUGGGGAGACUUCUUGUUCUUGCCAAAUUUCACUGAAAGAACCACCAACGUUUAUUCAAAGACUAGAGGAUAUGUCCUGCAUUGUGAGCUCUGAGGUCUCUAUGCAGUGUAUGUUGUCUGGAUCAUUUCCCAUGACUGUCUCCUGGAUCAAGGACGAUUAUGAGCUCACAGAAGACGAGCAUAUUAAGAUGUCCUUUGACAACAAAAGUGCCGUGUUGACUUUGAAAAAUGCUGAGUUGUCACACGGUGGAAAAUAUAUCUGUAAGGCACAGAACAAAGCCGGGACUCAGAGAUGUGCCGCUGUGCUCAUAGUGACAGCACCAGCAAGUAUUUCAGAACAUGCAGAGUCCAUCAGUGUAACCCAGGGCGACCCAGCCAGGCUCGAAUGCAGGUUCUCAGGCACCAAACCGCUCAAGUCCAGAUGGAUGAAGGCAGGAAAGCAGCUGACCUCGGGCCAGAGAUACAGAAUAAAGAGCACAGACACCAGCUCUGUGCUCCACAUAGUUGAAACACAGAAGAGCGAUGGCGGUGAAUACACCUUUGAGGUUUCAAACAGUGCUGGGUACAGUUCAUGUGAUGCAGCUGUUACUGUCUUAGAGCCACCAUGCAUCCUUGAAAAGCCUGAAUCCAUGGAUGUUUUACCUGGCUCAAAGGUUAAGUUUAAUGUUCGAAUCUCUGGCACACCGCCAUUGACCACCAAAUGGUUUAAAAACAAGAAAGAGAUUUUAUCCAGCGCAGACUGCUCUGUGAUCAAAGACAACACCUCCAGCUCUCUGGAGCUCUUCUUUGCCAAAACCUCAGAUUCUGGAGACUAUGUCUGUGAGAUACACAAUGAUGUUGGCUCCACUUCAUGCCAGACAACACUCUUUGUCAAAGAACCCCCAUUUUUCAUAGAUACACCUGAAGGUGUAUCAGUAGUGAGAGUGGGAGAUACUGCAGUGUUUGAGUGUAAGGUUGCUGGUUCUCCAGAGAUCUCUGUGCGUUGGUUCAGAGAUGGAGCUCAGAUUCAACAAACGGUCAAACACAAGAUGUUGUUUUUUAACUCUGUAGCCACCUUAGAGAUUUGUCAAGUUAGUGAAAAUGACAGUGGGAAAUACUUCUGCGAAGUCUCUAACGAAGCUGGAACAGAGAGCUGUACAGUUGAGCUCGAAGUGAAAGAGCCUCCUCUGUUAGCUGAAGAGCUGAUGUCUCUUGAGGUUGUUAAAGGUUCCACAGCCGUGUUUGCAUGCAGAUUGGCAGGAAGUGCGCCGUUUAAGGUCACAUGGUUCAAGGAUAAAAAGCCAAUCAAAUCAAGCCAAAAGUAUGUUAUCGUUGAUAAUGUGAGCUUGAAAAUCCAGGACUGUAAAGUGGAAGAUGUUGGUACUUACCAGUGUGUGGUAGCCAAUGAGGCUGGAAGUUGUACUGGCUUUGCAGCCCUGUCUCUGAAAGUCCCUCCAACAUUUGUUAAGAAGAUAGAAAAUGCCUCCACUAUUCUGGGAGAUGUUGCAGUCUUUCGCUGCACUGUGGAAGGCUCUCAGCCUCUAUCUGUACAAUGGCAAAAAGAUGAAAAAUGGAUCCCAGAAGAUCCAAAAAUUGAGAGAAUAUUUGAUAACAAAGAGGCCACACUCAGGAUUCCUGCCUGUGAAGCCACUCACAGCGGGAAAUACACCUGCCAGGUCGUAAACGAGGCUGGGCAGGACAAAUGCUUUGCCACGCUGGUAGUGCAAGAACCUCCUUCAAUCCAAGAGAAACCAGAGGUAGUCAAAGUGACUUGUGGAGAUCCGGUUAGUCUUGAGUGCAGGGUCACUGGAAUUCCUCAGAUCAGGGUGAGAUGGUCUAAAGAUGGCAAAGAGCUCCAGUCAAGCCAAAAACGUCGUCUCUACUACAAGAACAACGUCAGCAGUCUUAACAUACAGUCCUCUCAGCUGGAGGACGGUGGAGAAUACCUUUUCGAAGCCACAAACUCUGUCGGGACUUGCAGCUGUAAAGUUGUGCUGGUUGUUUUAGAAGAAGUAAUUCCUCCAACGUUUGUUAGAAAAUUAACAAACAUUCAAGCAAUUAUGGGUUCAGUGGUUACCAUGGAAUGCAAGGUUGCCGGUUCUCUUCCAAUAUCAGUUGAAUGGACCAAAGGCAAGGACAAGAUCACCAAGAGCUCAAAAUAUGAACUCCUGCACAUUGAAAACACAGUCUCGCUGGAGUUCAAGCUGAGCGAAGGUGCUGAUACAGGAGAAUAUUCCUGUAAACUUACCAACAAAGCAGGCAGCUGUGUGUGCAGUGGAGUCCUCACAGCUAAAGUGCCACCAAGGUUCGUCUGUGAGCCUGAGUCUCAGGCUGUUCUCCCAAAGUCUACUGUACUCUUCAAGAGUGUCUUUGAAGGAACGCCUCCAUUUAUGGUGAAAUGGUUCAAGGAUGACAUGGAACUGAUCACAGGGCCAUCCUGUUCGAUCAGCUGGGAGGAAUAUUCUUCCUCUGUAGAGCUCUACUCAGUCGGGACUCUGCAAUGUGGAGUUUAUUCUUGCCAAGUCAGCAAUGAAGCAGGCACAGUGAAAAGUGCAGCAGAGUUGCUGGUGAAAGAGCCCCCUCAGUUUAUCCUGAAACUUCCUCCCACUACCUUUGUGAAGCAGUGUGAGGGACUCCGUUUCGAAUGCAAGGCCACCAGCUCACACUCCCUGACUAUGUGCUGGUACAAAAAUGAACAAAAGAUAACAGACGGCGAAAACUAUAAGACGAUGUUUGUUGACUCGACUGCGUACCUCCAGCUGCGCACUGCAAGGUUUGAGGAUAACGGAGUCUACACCUGUGAGGCUCAUAACGAUGCUGGCAGUGUAAGCUGCAGCUCCAUUCUCACAGUCCAAGAGUCCCCAUCCUUCAUUAAAACUCCAAGUCCAGUAGAGGGCAUUCCAGGGAAAGAAGCCAGCCUCCACUGUGAGGUGUACGGUACUCCACCUUUCCAGGUUAACUGGUACAAAGACAAACGGCCACUGAAGGAGAGCAGGAAAUAUAAGAUGGUCAGUGAGGGCAGCUCUGCCGCUCUUCACAUUAUGAAACUGGUGCAAGAUGACACUGGUCUUUACGAGUGCAGAGUGUCAAACAAUGUAGGAAGUGAAAGCUGUCGCACCACCAUUAGCCUCAAAGAAAAACCAGCGUUUGUCAAGUCACUGGUUGACCAGUCGGUGACUACCGGUCAGCAGCUGACACUGACAGCCACUGUGAAAGGCUCUGAGCCUUUGACCGUGUCCUGGAUUCAGGACAAGGAUCACAUUCUCAGAGACGGGGACAACAGGAAGAUCACCUUUGAGAAUAAUGUGAUCACCCUUGUAGUGCCCAAAGCAGACUCAACCACGGCUGGUAAAUACACCUGCCAGCUGAGGAACGACUCUGGAGUUGUGGAGUCUGUCUCCCAAGUGACCGUCCUAGAACCCGCUGCUAUCGUGGAUAGCCCCGAGUCCUUGAACGUCAAGUCAGGAGAAAACACAGCUAUUGAAGUCACAGUAUCUGGCACACCAGAACUGAAAGUGAAGUGGUUCAAGGAUAACAAAGGGAUCUCUUCAGGUGCCAAAUAUCAGAUGUCCUUCACAAAGAAGGUAGCUGCCCUGAAGAUUCGGUCUGCUGAUAAAGCAGACGCUGGAGAAUACAAGCUGGAGGUGACAAACCAUGUUGGUACUGCCUCAAGCAAAACUAAGCUCUCUGUUUCAGAUAAGUUGAUUCCACCGAGCUUCAUCAGGAAGCUGAGAGACACCCACCUUAUUGUGGGUAAGCCUGGUGAGAUGGAGUGUAAGGUCGCUGGCUCUGCUCCUUUAACAACGUCCUGGUUCCACAAUGGCCAGGAGAUCAAGAGUGGGCCAAACUAUGACAUCAGCUGCACCGAUAAUAACUGCAGACUGAGAGUCCCAACGGUCCAACUGUCCGAUUCUGGCAAAUACACGUGCAAAGCUGUAAACUCUGCGGGAGCCAGUGAGACGACUGCUUCCAUGAAUGUGACAGAACCUCCAUCUUUUGUGGAAACACCUGAAGCGAAGGAAACAUUGCCCGGCAAAAAUGUGUCUUUCUCAGCUAAAGUGAAAGGCACCGCCCCCCUGAAAGUCAAAUGGUUCAGGGGAGCUAAAGAAAUGCAGCAUGGAAGGGGCUGCGAGAUCGCCCUGAAGAACGAUGUUGCCACCUUGGUGCUUCACAGAGUCGACAGGUCCCACGAAGGAGAGUACACCUGCCAGAUCAUUAAUGAGGCAGGGAAGGAGAGCUGCCCUGUAAACCUGUUUGUGAAAGAACCAGUCCACUUUGUGAAGAAGCUGAAGGACAUUUCCUUUGAGAAGGGCAAACCUCUGAAGCUUGAGGUCACGUUUGCUGGAAGCCCCAGAAUAAAUGUGACGUGGAAGAAGGACGGUAAACUCAUCUGGGCCUCAUAUCAGUACAAUGUGACCACCACAGACACCUCCUGCAUCCUGGAGGUUCUUAACUCUGACAGGAUGGAGGUUGCUGGUAGAUACUCUUGCGAAGUAAACAACGCCGUCGGAAGUGAAAGAUGCGAAGCAUACGUGUCAAUUCUAGAACGACCAUACUUUGUUGAAAAGUUGGAGCCAGUGGAGGUAACUCUGGGCGAUCCAGUUACCCUGAAAUGCUGUAUUUCAGGAACUCCUGACAUCUCCAUAGAUUGGUUCAAAGCAGGUGGAAAGCUGCGCAAGUCCAACACUUGCUCGAUGGACUUUGCCAAGGGCGUUGCUACUUUGAAACUGACUAAAACAACCAAGUUUGAUCAGGGCGAGUACGUCUGCAAGGCAGAUAACCGGAUCGGUUCAGCUUCUACCAGCUGUAAAGUGAUGGUGAAAGAGCCUACGCGCUUUAUCAAGAAGCUGGAGGACACCACUUUCAUAGUGGGUCAGCCUCUCAAACUCAUCUGCACGUACGCCGGAAGCCAGAGGGUCUACGUCACGUGGAAAAAGGAUGGCAAGCUAAUUUGGGCCUCUUAUCAGUACAAUGUUAGAACCACUGACUCCGCCUGCAUUCUGGAUGUCCUCAACAGCGACAGGGAAGAAGCAGCUGGAACAUACACUUGCGAAAUCUCCAACGGAGCUGGAAGCGACAUCUGUCACGCUCGUGUCAGCCUAGAACCGCCCCGCUUUGAGAAAAAGCUGGAAGACACUUAUUUCAGACUCCGUGAACCUUUGAGCCUCACAUGCACGUACAGCGGAAGCCAGAGAAUCAACGUGACCUGGAAGAAGGACAGUAAACUCAUCUGGGCAUCGUAUGAGUACAACGUCAAGACCACCAAAGACACCUGCACCUUAGAAGUCCUCAACAGUGACCGAGAAAAGGCCGUCGGAAAAUACACAUGUGAAAUUUCAAAUGCUGAAGGAACCGAUAUCUGCCACGCUAAUGUCAAGCUAGAACCAGUGCGCUUUGUCAGAAAACUGACAAACACCUUCUAUAAAAUUGGCCACCCUUUGACACUGGGGUGCAAAUUCACCGGCAGCCAGAGGAUCUAUGUCAGCUGGAUGAAGGAUGGCAAACCCAUCUGGGCAUCGUACAAAUACAACGUUAGAACUACCAACUUCUCCAGUGCCCUGGAUGUUCUCAACAGUGACUGCCGGGAAGCCGUCGGGAAAUACUCUUGCGAGAUUUCCAAUUCAGAGGGCACUGAUAUCUGCCAUGCAAUGCUAACAGCUAACAUCUUGCCUUUCCUAGAACCGCUGCGCUUUGUAACAAGGCUGAAGGAUUCAACUUUCAGGGUCGGCCAGCCUCUGAAGCUCCAGGUCACCUUCACGGGCAGCCAGCCCGUGUACGUGAGCUGGACUAAAGACGGCAAACCAAUCUGGGCCUCCUACAAGUACAACGUCAAGACUACAGACAGCUCCUGUGUCUUGGAGGUUCUCUACAGUGACAGAGAAGAGGCUGCUGGGAGAUAUUCCUGUGAAAUAUCCAAUCCCAGCAGCUCUGCUGUCUGUCACGCUCAUGUCAGACUAGGUAACUAACCUGUCCGAUUUGUCAAGAAACUGGAGGACGUGUGCCAUGAGCUGGGUAAACCUCUGAGGCUGGAGUGCACGUAUGCCGGCAGCCAGAGGGUCUGUGUGACGUGGAAGAAGGAUGACAAGUUGAUCUGGGCUUCUCACCAGUACAACGUCAAAACCACAGACUCCUCCUGCGUUCUGGAGGUCCUCUACAGCGACAGAGCCGCAGCGGCAGGAAAAUACACUUGCGAAAUAUCCAAUGCUGAAGGAACUGACACCUGUCAUGCUCAUGUUAAACUAGGUAACACACGCAAAGUCCCUCCCAACUUCACCAAGAAGCCCUCUGAGUCCAUGAUGGACUCUGUGGGUAAGACAGUGAGGAUGGAGGGUCGGGUGUCUGGCUCGCAGCCGCUGACUGUCACCUGGUACAAGGACAACAGCGAAAUCUACAGCUCUGACAAAUACGAUGUCAGCUUCAAGAACAACAUGGCCGUGCUGAGUGUCAGAGACUGUACCAGAUCUGACGGCGGCGAAUACACAUGCACAGCUUCCAAUGAGGCUGGCAAAGCUUCCUGUCGGGUUUCUCUCACCAUCUCAGAAACCGGCCAGCCUCCAAAGUUCGAUGCCCCUCUGAAGCCGGUUACGGUGGGUGAGGGUGAGAAGCUGAGCCUCAAAUGCCACGUGGGCGGCUCUCCUCCGCUGACCAUCCAUUGGAUGAAGGACAGGAGGGAGCUGAAGUCCAGCGGAAACAUGAAAAUCACUUUUGUUGGCGGGACGGCGUGUCUGGAGGUCAGCACAGCCUCAAAGAGUGACGCAGGGGAUUACCUCUGCAAGGCCAGCAACAACACCGGCACAGACUUCUGCAAGUCCAGGGUCACCGUGACAGAUAAAGGAGUUAAGCCCGCCCCCGCCGAGCCUGCCGCCCCGGCUGCAGCUGUUCCAGUCAAAAGGCUCGACAACCUGUUCUUCAUUGAGGAGCCCCAAAAUGUCUCCGUCACAGAGAAGGGAACCGCCACCUUCAUUGCCAAGAUUGGCGGCGACCCCAUCCCCAGUGUGAAGUGGAUGAAGGGCAAGUGGAGGCAGAUGACCCCCGGCGGUCGCGUCUCCAUCGAGCACAAGGGCCAGGAUGCCAAGAUGGAGAUCAGAGAGGUGACAAAGUCCGACUCGGGUGUCUACAGGUGCGUCGCCACCAACAAACAUGGAGAGAUCGAGUGCAGCGCUGAGAUCGCGGUCGCCAAGAAGGGCGAAGUGGAAGAAAUCGGAGACAUCAGGACAAGACUGAAGAAGACGCCCUCAAAGCAGAAGAGUCCCAAGAGAGACGAAGACAUCGACAUCGUGGAGCUGCUCAGAGGUCACGACCCCAAAGAGUACGAGAGGAUCCUGCGGGAGCACGGUAUCCACGACUACCGUGCCAUCCUGCAGGCCGUGGAGUUCCUGAAGAAGGAGAAGGAGAUGGAGACAGGACGAGCGGAGGUGGAGCACGGCGGGCGUGUUGAAGAGGAGGACAUGGCCAAACUCAUCCAGCAGCUGGAGGGACGCGUCGGCACAGAGCCCGUCUCUGUGAUGGAGGACAUCAGCGACCAGACCGUCGUCGAGAACCAGAGCGCCACCUUUGAGUGCCAGAUCAGCAUCAACUACCCUGAGAUCACUCUCAGCUGGUACAAAGGGACGCAGAAACUGGACGCCAGCGAGGAGUACGACAUCAGCAGCGUGGGCAACCGCCACUACCUGAGGAUCAAGAGAUGCCAGCCCAAAGACCAGGGCAACUACCGCGUGGUCUGCGGGCCGCACAUCUCCAAUGCCAAGCUCACCGUCACAGCCGAACAAAUCCAGUUCACUAAACGCAUCCGAAGCAUCGAGGUCAACGAGCGUCACUGCGCCACCUUUGAGUGCGAGCUGUCCUUCGACAGCGCCACCGUCACCUGGUACAAAGACUCAUGGGAGCUCAGAGAGAGCCCCAAAUACAACUUCAGGACCGACGGCCGCCGUCACUUUAUGACCAUCCGAAACGUCACAGCCGAGGACGAAGGCGUGUACUCGGUGAUCGCUCGUCUGGAGCCGCUGGGAGAAGCUCGCAGCUCAGCCGAGCUCUACCUGGCAGGGAGAGAUUUAUUAAUACGAACUCAUUAUUAUCCAGACGUCCCCGACUCGUCAGUUCACGUCCUAGAAACAGCUUCCGUGUUUGUCCGAGAUUCUUCUGAAUUUUAUCACUAUGAAGAGCGAACAGAAGUGGAAGCUUUCAAAAGGGAGACGCUCCAAGAGGAGACGCUUUCUGUCCACUACUCCUCUGUCACAGAAGAGAGGAAGCCGGUGGGCGAGAUCAUUGAGAGGACGCAGGUGCAGAUGAGAGAAGGCGUCCCUGAAGCUGCUGAGGUAUACAGGAGAGCAGAGGAGAAACCCUCCAAGCCUGUAGCUCCGCCUCCGGCACCAGUCUCAGUUCCUGAAGCAAAGAGGAAAGAGCCCGAGGUAACCUUCGCCGCUCCGGCUCAGUGGGACGAAGCUGUGGCGCCAGAAGUUUACACCAAACCAGAACCUCAGCAACAGAAAGUGACCAGAGAGGUCACUCCUCCUGAACCUUAUCAACCUGAAGCCAAGACAAAAAUGGUUCCUCCAGAGCCCAAAGUGGCGCCUCAGAAGCCGGCAGCGCCUGAGCAGAGGGUGCCCAAAAUGAAGCCUGAACCCGAAGCACUGAAAGUUGAACCUGCAAAGAAACCUCCAGAAGUUCCUGCAGUGAGAGUGCCGGCUGUGACCAAACCAGAGGAAGUCGUAGUUCAGCCAAUCGCUGCCAAAGUUACUCCACCAAAGACUGAAGUGCAAGAUGUACCCAGACCAGAGGAACCUGUCAUUCAGCCACCUGCACCAAAGGUUGCUCCACCCAGGACUGAAGCUGUUCCAACCAAAGUUGUCUCAGAACUGGAGACAUCUGAACUGCCAAGAAAACCCCAACUGCUGGCUGGUAAACCUGAGCCAGAAGCACAGAGGUUUGUCUCUGAAACCAAACCAGAAGAACAGAAGAAGGUUCAAGAACAACCAAAAAAGUUUGUGGAAGAAACAAAAAUGGUUCCUGAAGAACCAAAAAGGGUUGUGGUAGAUCAAAAGAGGGUUCCUGAAGCACCAAAGAAGGUACCAGAAGAACCAAAAAGUGUGGUUGAAGAAAGAAAGAGGGUUCCAGAAUCCCCAACAAAGAUUCCUGAAUCCCCAAAGAAGGUUCCUGAAGAACCCAAAAAGGUUGUGGAGGAAAGACAGCGGGUUUCUGAAGCGCCAAAGAAGUUUCCAGAAGAACCAAAUAAGGUUGUGGAAGAAAGAAAGAAAGUUCCUGAAUUCCCAAAUAAGGUUCCAGAAGAACCCAAGAAGGUUCUGGCAGCACAGAAAAUGGUGACUGAACCACCGGUAGAACUGGAGAAAACUCAAGAGGCUGCAGAGUUAGUAAGAGAGGAACCAGUGCUGCUCCGUCGAGCACCAUCACCACCACAAGAUUUGGAGGCACCAAAGCAAAUUCUUCAGGCUAAAAAGCCUCAGCAACAAGUCUUGGAUGAUAUCUUAGAAAUGACUCCAGUUGCUCCAAGGACUGAUCUUGAGCAAACAACAGUGGUGCUUAAAGACAGCAGGCAGUUGUCUCUGAAGAGGGAUCAUGGUGAGAAGAUAUCUUUGGCAGAAGAUGUUGGACACAGACGAGAGGAAGUCAGGGCGUAUGAAAGGGGAGUUGAGCUGAGGGAGUCAAUUAUGAGAGAAGAAAGCACUUUGAAAAUGGAGAUCAGACAACAAAUGGUUCUUAAGAAAGAGGAUGAGGAUUCUACCUGGUACUGUGAAUGUCGGCAGGUUGGAGACACUGAGCAACUCGAGGACACUGAGCCAGAAUACAUAAAAUAUGAGGCUGUAAAACUGGAGAACACUGAAUCUUACGAUGAAGAAGACUUAAUGGAGGACAAAGUGGAAGAAAGAACAGAAGAAAUGUCUUUGACAUCUGUCUCUCCACCUCCAAAGGAAACUGAAACUCUUCAAUCAAAAAGAGACAUCACACCUCAACCUGAAAUGACUUGUCCUACCAAGAAGGAAGUGCCUCCUCCUGAAAUGACUAGUCCUACCAAGAAAGUAGUCCCUCCAUCUGAAAUGAUUCAUCCUACCAAGAAAGAAGUUCCUCCUUCUAAAAUGAGUCAUCCUGCCAAAAAAGUUCUUCCUCCUGAAAUGAUUCAUCCUGCCAAGAAAGAAGUUCUUCCUCCUGAAAUGACUUGUCCUGUAAAGACGAUAGAUCCUCCAACUGACACUGGAUUCACAUCUGAAAAGGAGGUACUGGCUUACAAGAAAACUCAAGAAAGGAAACUUGUGAAAGCUGACAUUCCUUCAGGUUACACUGAACAGAAAGAGGCAACUGAAUCAUUUAUAUCGGUACAUCAUGAAGACCUUGAUGAAGAAAUUGUCUCUUCAACGGAGGAUCUUGUUAAACCUAAAAUCUUUUCGACAUCUAAAGAAAUAUCUGCACCAAAGAAGCCUAGAAUACCUAAAGCAGUACCUAAAGAAGUACCCAAAGAAGCCACUUUUGUUGAGAAAGCUGAGUCGGUUGAAGUUCUAUCUGAAAGAUCCAUGCCUCGUAAACCCGAACAAGAUAUACCCCAAAUUCUUCCUAAAAUAACAGCAGUUCCUCCCCAAAAAGACGUCAUAAUCCCUAAAAAGAGGGAGUCUCCAAGAGAAGAAAUCUCAAAAACUCCCAAAGCUGCAGAAAAAAUGUAUCUUGAAGAUAGUGUACCUCUGGAGAAACCAACCCCUGUGUCAGAGGAAGUUUCCUUUGAAGAAGAACUUGUUCCAGUAAGUAGGGAAGUGUCACUUCCAGUUCAAGCCCAAAUUCUUUCACCUGAGGAAACACUCUGUCCUGAGGAAGAAAUUUCAACACCAAAAGAAGCUGUUAUUCCUAAGAGGAAGACCUCUCCUGCACUUCACAAAGCUAUUGUUGCUCCCAAAAAAGACCUCGUCCCCGAAGAAACCAUUCUACCAAAGAAACCUCUCACCAAAGCCAAGGUUGCUCCAACUAAAAAAUCUCAAGUUCCACCACAGAAGAAAAUUCUUGCCCCCGAAGAAGAAACUCUUCCUUCCAAAAAACCUGCUUCUUUGGCACAAAAAAUAACCACCCCCGAGACGGAUUCUUUUGAAGAAGUGAGAACUGCCACAACUAAACCUCCCCCAACAAGAGAAGAUGACAAGAAAGCAAAGAAGAGAACAGAAGAGACUGAACCACAAACUCUUCAGAAAGAGGAGAAGACACCUUCAGCACCAGCACCAAAGCCUUCACCUCCUGCUGCUCCUGCUCCUCCUGCAGCCAGUUUUGCUCCUCCUGCAGUAUCUCCUCCAGAGGAGAAGAAACCAUCUGCACCAGAACCAAAGCCUUCACCUCCUGCUGCUGCUCCUGCAGAGAAAGUUGCUCCUCCUGCAGCUCAAGUACCGGCGGAGAAGAAGCCCUCUCCACCAGUCGUUCAGGCUGAACGCUCUCCUGUAUCAGAGGAAAUCUAUCCACCUGAAGUGACUCCUCUUAAGCAAAAGGGUAAGAUCCCCAUUCAGGAGGCAAAAACACCUGAAUCACCAAAGCCGAAGAGUAAGUACACCAGAAUAUCCAAAGAGAAGGAACCAGAACCAGAAGUCAUCAAGCUGAAGAAGGUUCCAGUGAGACCCCCCGAGCCUGAGAAACAAGUCAUAACUCAUAAAGCAGAAGUGACAAGGCAUCAGGAUGUCGAACUUACGGUUCAUGGACUUCAUGACAGAGAAGAUCGAGAGAUCAUAACACUCGGAAGAACUGAACGAGUCUUCACUGCAGAGGAGGAGACGGCUCAAUUAGGCUAUUUUGAGGAAGCUGAAAAGGCUGUAGUUACACAGAAACCAGAAAAAGAAGGAUGGACAAGAACCCCAAAACCAGAAAAGGAGGAAGAACCAAAGGUGCCAGAUGUAGAAAAAAAGAAAAUAACUGAACUGCCAAAAGCAGAUGAGCAGAAAGAAUCCGUCAAACUGAAACCAUUUGAAAAACCAAUGAAACCUGAAGAAGAACCACAAAAGAUCAAACUUAAAAAGGUACCAACUAAGCCCAAAAAGCCUGAGAAGGAAGUCAUAACUCAUAAAGUUGAAGUGACGAGACAUCACGAUGUAGAACUAAUGGUUCAUGGACUUCAUGACAGAGAAGAUCGAGAGAUCAUAACUCUCGGAAGAACUGAACGAGUCUUCACUGCAGAGGAGGAGACGGCUCAAUUAGGCUAUUUUGAGGAAGCUGAAAAGGCUGUAGUUACACAGAAACCAGAAAAAGAAGGAUGGACAAGAACCCCAAAACCAGAAAAGGAGGAAGAACCAAAGGUGCCAGAUGUCGAGAAGAAGAAAAUAACUAAACUGCCAAAAACAGAUGAGCAAAAAGAAUCGGUCAAACUGAAACCAUUUGAAAAAGCAGUUACACCAGAAGAAGAACCACAGAAGAUCCAACUAAAAAGGAUUCCAACUAAGCCCAAAGAGCCUGAGAAGGAAGUCAUAACUCAUAAAGUUGAAGUGACAAGGCAUUAUGAUUCAGAACUGACAGUUCAGAAGCUUCACAUUAGAGAAGAUCGAGAGAUCGUAACAUUUGGAAGAACUGAACGAGUCUUCACUGCAGCUGAAGAGACCUCAGAACUCGGCAAGAUGGAGGAACCUGAAAAACUGGAAACCGAAGAUGAGAAAUCAAGAUGGAUAAGAACCCCAAAAGCACCAAAAGAAGAAGAACUAGAGCCAGAUUUAACUACAAAGAAAAUAAAGAUAUUGCCAAAGAAAGAGGAGGAGCCAGAAGUAGUGACACUGAAACCAUUUAAAAAACCUGAGAAACCCGAGGAAGCUGAACCUCCAAAAGCCAAGAAAGAAGGUGAAGCAAAGACAGAUACUGAACGCACUCCGUACCAGAGAGCUGAUACACCACAGAGAGAUCAACCCACCACUGCCAUUAAACACAGGACACAUGAAGACGCCCCCUCCACAACCCCAGAACUACCUCCUGACGUCAGCAAAGACCAGAAGGAGAUCCCACAGAGGAAAAAGGUUGAUCAGGUACCCAAAGAUCCGGAACCUACAGCUGCUGACAAGCUUCACGGAAAACCUAGGACCAUUUUCACACCAGAAAAAGAGAAAGAGGGGGUCAAGUUGAAGCCUUUCACCAAAGUGGUCAAGCCUGAAGAAAAGCCAGAUAAAGCACCCGAGGAAGAGAAACCAAAGCCCAUUGACACAAAGAUACCCAGUCGAACUCCAAGACAAGAAACUCCUAAAGAGCUGAAAGAACAGCAGCUUAGGAAAGUCGAAAAGACUGCAACACCUAAGAAAGAGGAGGAGAAACCUCCGGAGAAAGAGGAGCCAGCUGUUCCACCCAAAAAGCCCACACCAACAGGAGAGAAAGAAGUAAUGCCGCAGAAAGAUGUAGAGAAAGAAAUCCCACAGAAACAAACAGAUGCCCUAAGGAAAGGUGUCGAACUGAAAAAGACUCCAUCGCCCAGAGUGGCUAAAGACAAGGUGGAGGGAGAAAAGCCCCUAAGACCUGUUGAGCAACUGAAGAAGGUCGAGUUAAGGAAGACUCUGUCACCAAAAGUUGAUAAACCUAAAGAACCGGAGCACCUCCCCGUUGAGAAGAAGCCAAGCACUGACAGAGUCAAACAGAUUCCCAAAACUGUUUCACCCAAGGACUCCAUCGAAGCGGUGACGCUCAAAAAGGUCCCAAAGAAGCUGUCACCAGAUGAGGCGUCAGAACCAGAAAAACCUGCUAAAGGGCGGAUCCCUGUGGUGAAGGAGGUCUCUCCUGGAGCUGUGCAGAUGAAGAAGGUGCCCACUCAGCCAGAGGAGGAGGUGUUUGAAGAGGAGGCCGUACACAUAGAGGGCGAGGAGGAAGAGGAGGAGGCCUGGGGCUGGGAGCUGGUUCCCCCCGAUGACUGGGAAGGUGAAGGGGUUGAUGGAGUGCUGGAGACACCAGGCAUGCCUGGCACCAGACGAGCGAGACAGACCCCGUCUCCUGGUGACGGCGGCAGAGGCCGCGGCCUGAGGCCUGGCGGGAAAGGCCCGUCACCACCAGAGGAACCCUUCGGAGGGUUCAAGCUCAAAGCCGUCCCCCUGAAGUUUAUCAAGAAGCUUCAGGACAUCGUCCUAAAGGAGGCCGAGUCCAUCGGCUCCUCCGCUGUGUUUGAGUGUGAGGUCUCGCCUUCCACUGCUAUCACAUCAUGGAUGAAAGAUGGCAGCAACAUCCGCGAGGACCCAAAACACAAAUUCAUAUCUGACGGCAAAGAUCGCAAGAUGAACAUUAUUGAUGUCCAGCUGUCGGACACCGGUGAAUACACCUGUGUGGCCAAGAACGCCGGCAAGGAAAUAUCGUGCACAGCCAAGCUCAUUGUUGAAGAGCUGCCUGUGAAAUGGCUGAAGGAGCUGGAGCCAGAGACAACGUGCAUUAAGACUCAGCCAAUGUAUCUGACCUGUGAGCUGAACAAAGAGAGAGAUGUGAUCUGGAAACGGAACGGCGCCGUACUGAAGAACAAGGCCGGGAAAGUGGCCAUUAAUGUGAUUGGUCUGCAGCACGCUGUGACCAUCCAGAACUCCACUGAGGAGGACGCCGGCGCCUACACCUGUGAGGUGGACGGACAGGAGGACAUCAAAACGAUGACCAACGUCAAAGUGAUCGAGAUUAUCAAAGACUGGCUGGUGAAGCCUCUGAGGGACCAGCAUGUCAAACCCAAGGCCAAGGCCACGUUCAAGGGCGAGCUGUUCAAGGACACACCCAACUGGAAGUGGUUCAAAGGAGACAACGAGAUCACGCCAUCCGACAAGAUGGAGAUUGUCAAGGACGGACAGAACGUGUCGCUCACCAUCAACAACUGUCAGCCCGAUGACGUGUCCGACUACACCGUCCAGGUGGAGGACCGCAGAUACACUGCCAAACUCACCCUGGGAGAGCGCGAGGCAGAGAUCCUGAAGCCUCUGGCCAGCAUCGAGGUGGUGGAGAAGGAAGAGGCUCACUUUGACACGGAGAUAUCUGAGGAUGACGUGGCCGGAGAGUGGAAGCUGAGGGGACAGGUGCUGAUGAGGUCACCGACCUGCGACAUCAGAACUGAUGGCAGGAAACGUUUCCUGACGCUGAAAAAUGUGCAGCUGGAUCAGGCCGGAGAAGUGUCGUACCAGGCGCUGAACGCCGUCACCAGCGCCAUGCUCACAGUCAAAGAGAUCGAGAUGAAGUUUGUCGACCCUCUGAAGGACGUUUCUGUGCCUGAAAAGAAACAGGCAAAGUUUGAGUGCACCGUCACCCGGGAGGUGUCAAAGGUCAUGUGGUUCAGGGGGGCGGAGAUCGUCACCCCGAGCCCUAAAUAUGAAAUAAUCGAUGACGGAAAGAAACACAUGCUGAUCAUAAACAGCUGUGAGUUUGAGGACGAGGCUCAGUACACCGUCGAGGUGUUGGGGCUGCGCUCUGCUGCCCAGCUGACGGUGGAAGGCAUGAGGCUGAAAUUUGUGCAACAGCUUCAGGACCAAACGGUGAAAGAAGGUAAAACGGCUCGAUUCGAGCUCGAGCUGACGCACGACAGCGUGCCCGUGGUUUGGUACCGAAACGAAGUGAAGCUCCACGUGAGCCGAACGGUGAUCACACGAGUGGAAGGAAAGAAACACUCUCUAGAAAUGAGCUCGGUGACUCUAGAUGAUACCUGCCAAAUAAAGGCAGAGGCCAAAGGGAUUUACUCCAUGGCAAAGCUCACGGUCAUAGAGGGCGACGCCAUCUUUGUGGUGAAGCUGCAGGACUACACGGCCACUGAGAAAGACGAGAUGACUCUGGACUGCGAGCUGAGCAAAGACGUCCCCGUCGUUUGGUACCACAACGAGAAGGAGAUCAUCGCCUCCAAGAUGGUGGUGAUGAGGUCGGAGGCCACUCGCAGGUCUCUGAUCCUGAAGAAAGUGGAGCAGAGCGAUAAAGGAAAAUACGUAUGUGACUGUGGAACGGACAAAACCUCGGCCAGCAUCAACAUCGAAGCUCGUGACAUCAAGGUUGUUCGGCCGAUUUAUGGCGUGGAGCUGUUUGAUGGAGAGACGGCUCGUUUUGAGGUGGAGAUCUCGGUGGACGAUGUCCACGGCCAGUGGAAACUGAACGGAGAAGUCCUCGGUCCUUCCUCUGAUGUCGACAUCAUCGAGGAGGGCGGCAAACACACACUCAUACUCUACAACUGUAAAGUGCCAAUGACCGGCGAGGUGUCGUACGCCGCCGCCAACGCCAAGUGUUCUGCUAACCUGAAGGUCAAAGAACUUCCUCUGAACUUCCUGACGCCGCUGAGCGACGUUCAGGUGUACGAGAAGGACGAGGCGAGGUUCGAGCUCGAGCUGUCGAGAGCUCCAAAGAGUUUCCGCUGGCUGAAAGGAACGCAGGAGCUGCAGAGCGAUGACAAGUACCAGAUGAUCCAGGACGGAAAUAUGUUUGUUCUGCUGAUCCGCUCGGCCGCCUACGACGACGAAGCCAAGUACAUGUUUGAGGCUGAGGACAAGAGGACGACCGGCAAACUCAUCAUCCAGGGUAUUCGUCUGGAGUUUGUCAAACCGAUUAAAGAUGUGACGGUGAAGGAACGUGAAACAGCCGAGUUCAGCGUGGAACUCUCCCACGACAGGAUCCCAGUGGCGUGGUUCAAAAACGACAUCCGCCUGCAUCCCAGCAAGGUGGUGCACAUGUCGGACCACGAAAAGGUCCACACGCUGGCCUUCAAGGAGGUGACCAUCGACGACACGUCUAUGAUCAAAGUGGAGGCCAUGGACAAGAGCAUGACCGCCAUGCUCACAGUCAUCGAGGGCGACCUGUAUUUCACCACCAAGCUGCAGAACUACACGGCGGUGGAGAAGGAUGAGGUGAAGCUGGUCUGUGAACUGAGCAAAGCCGUCGCUGAUGUCAAAUGGUUCAAGGACGGGAAGGAGAUCACUCCCUCUAAGAACAUCGCCAUCAGCACCGACGGCAAGAAGCGCAUCCUGAUGGUGAGGAAAGCAGAGAAGACCAACAUUGGAGAGUACACCUGCGACUGCGGCUCCGACAAAACCACAGCCAAGCUCAACAUCGAGGAGCGCGACAUCAAGGUGAUCCGUCCUCUGUACAGCGUUGAGGUCACAGAGACAGAAACAGCCAAGUUUGAGACGGAGAUCUCAGAGGAGGACGUGCACGGAAACUGGAAACUGAAGGGAGAAGCUCUGCAUCAGUCCCCUGAUGUCGAGAUUAAAGAGGAAGGAACCAAACACAUGCUGAUCCUCUACAACGUCCGCAUGGACAUGGCUGGAGGCGUCGACUUCUCAGCAGCCAACGCCAAAUCCAAUGCUCAGCUCCGGGUCAAAGCUCGGUCCAUCGGACUGCUGCGUCCUCUGAAGGACGUGACGGUGACGGCUGGAGAGACGGCCACCUUCGAGUGCGAGCUGUCAUAUGAAGGCAUCGAGGUGGACUGGUUCCUGGGAGGACAGAAGAUGGAGGCCAGCGAUCGGGUGAAGACUCGGGUGGCGGGCCGAGUACACGCUCUGACCGUCAGAGACGUGAAGCUGUCAGAGGCCGGCGAAGUCAAACUGACCGCCAAAGACUUCCUGACGCAGGCUCAGCUCAUCGUCAGACAGCCGCCGGUGGAGUUCACGAAGCCGCUGGAGGACCAGACGGUGGAGGAGGAGGCGACCGCCACGCUGGAGUGCGAAGUGUCCAGAGAGAACGCCGAGGUGACGUGGUUCAGAGAGGGACAGGAGCUCAGGAAGACCAAGAAGUACGACAUAACUGUCGACGGACGCAAGAGAGCGCUCAUCAUCCACGACUGCGCUCCAGAGGACGCCAAGAUGUACACGUGUGACGCCAAAGACUUCAAGACUUCCUGUUUCCUGGAGGUCACACCUCCUCACGUGGAGUUCACGAAGCCUCUGCAGGACGUGGAGGUCAAAGAGAAAGAAUCUGCCAGGUUUGAAUGUGAAGUGUCCCGCGAGACAGCCAAGGUUCGAUGGUUCAAAGACGGCAGCGAGAUCAGGAAAGGAAAGAAGUACGAGAUCAUCGCCAAAGGCGUUCAGAGGAUCCUCAUCGUCCACAAGUCCGUGUUUGACGACGAGGCCGAGUAUGAGUGCGACGCCAGGACCUCCAAGACGUCGGCGCUGCUCACUGUCAUCGAGGAGGCAGCCAGGUUUACCAAGAACCUGUCCAACGUGGAGGGGACAGAGACAGACAGUGUUAAGAUGAUCUGCGAGGUGUCCAAGGCCAGCGCCGAGGUCACAUGGUACAAAGGGGACGAGGAGCUGCCCGAGGGCGGACGCUACGACCAGGUCCUGGACGGGCGCAAGAGGAUCCUGAUCAUCCAGGACCUGAGGAUGGAGGACGCCGGCGAGUACAACUGCAGGCUGAGUCCCACCGUCAGGACGUCCGCCACGCUCAAACUCAACGAGCUGGCGGCGGAGUUCAUCGCCCGUCCUCAGAACCAGGAGGUGGUGGAGGGCGAGAAGGCGGAGUUCGCCUGCUCCGUUUCCAAGGAGACCUACGAGGUGAGGUGGUUCAGAGGAGACAAGGAGGUGGAGAGCGGGGACAAGUACGCGAUCGUCAGCGAGGGAAAGAGAAGAGCUCUCAUUGUGAAGAGCUGCGAGCUGAAGGAUGAGGGAGGCUACGUCGCCCACAUCGGCGCCGUUAAAGCCUCCGCCGACCUGUAUGUGAUUGAGAAACUGAGGAUCAUCACGCCGAUUAAAGACACGGAGGUGAAGGAAGGAAGUGAGAUUAUGUUCAACUGCGAGGUGAACACGGAGGGUGCCAAGGCCAAGUGGCUGAAGAACGAGGAGACCAUCUUUGAGAGCAGCAAGUACAUGAUGCUUCAGAGGGACAACGUCUUCUCCCUGAGGAUCAAAGACGCCCAGAAGGCCGACGAGGCCUCCUACACCAUCAGCCUGACCAAUCAGAGAGGAGAGCACGCCAAGUGCACUGCCGGCGCUAGAGUGGCAGAGGAGAAGCUGAGGUUCUUGGAGCCCAUCGAGGACAUCGAGACCCAAGAGAAGAAGACCAUCAGCUUCGUCUGUAAGGUGAACCGGCCUGAGGUGACGGUGAGGUGGAUGAAGGCCGGGCAGGAGGUGACGCUCAGCAAACGCAUCGUCUACAGAGCUGACGGCCUGAAGCACACACUGACCAUCAAGGACUGCGUGAUGGAUGACGAGGGCGAGUACACCGCCGUGGUCGGAGAUGACAAGUGCGCGGCCGAGCUGAUAAUCAGUGAAGCGCCAACCGACUUCACGGCGCAGCUCAAGGACCAGACCAUCACCGAGUUCGAGGACGCUGAGUUCACGUGCAAGCUGAGCAAAGAGAAAGCCGCUGUGAAGUGGUACAGAAACGGACGAGAGAUCAGAGAGGGACCGAGGUAUCACAUGGAAAAAGAAGGGAAGAUGUGCAGACUGAUCGUCAAGGUGUGCAGACCGGAUGAUGAAUGUGAAUAUGCCUGCGGCGUGGACGAGAGGAGGACCAGAGCCAGGCUCUUUGUUGAAGAGACGCCAGUGGAGAUUGUUAGACCUCCUCAGGACGCCUUCGAACCUCCGGGCUCAGAUGUGGUUUUCGAGGUGGAGCUGAACAAGGACAGAGUGGAGGUGAAGUGGAUGAGGAACAACAUGAUCAUCGUCCAGGGAGACAAAUACCAGAUGAUCAGCGAGGGAAAAGUCCACAGGCUGCAGGUCUGUGAGAUCAGACCCCGAGAUCAGGGAGAGUACAGGAUCGUGGCCAAAGACAAGGAUGCCAGGGCCAAGCUGGAGCUGGCAGCUGUUCCAAAGAUCAAAACCACCGACCAGAAUCUGGUAACGGAUGCCGGUAAGCCCUUCAUCAUGAGCGUACCCUAUGACGCCUACCCUCGCGCGGACGCCGAGUGGUUCUUCGAGGGCGCCAGUCUGCCCGUCCAGAACAUCGACACCUCCACCGACAGGACCGAGUUCAGGCUGAAGAGCCCCAGCAAGGAGGACCAGGGCCGCUACCGGGUGGUGAUCCAGAACAAGCACGGCCAGGCAGAGGCCUUCAUCAACCUGGACGUCAUCGACGUCCCGGGACCUGUCAAGAACCUGCGGGUGGUUGACACUGCCGAUGGUGAGGUCAGUUUGGCCUGGGAGGAGCCCGAGAGUGAUGGCGGCAGCAAAAUCAUCGCCUACGUGGUGGAGAGACGCGACGUGAAGCGUAAGACCUGGACACUGGCCACAGACCGCGCUGAUACUCCAGAGUACUGCGUCAGCGGCCUCCAGAAGGACUCUUUCUACCUGUUCAGAGUCUGCGCUAGGAACAGAGUCGGCAGCGGGCCCAGUGUCGCCACUGAGGACGCCGUCCAGGCCAAGAACAAGUUUGACGUUCCUGACGCUCCGGAGAACGUCGCUGUUGGCACGGUGAACAGGUUCGGUGCCACCGUCUCCUGGGAGCCUCCGCUGAACGAUGGCGGCUCCGAGAUCACUGCCUACGUGAUCGAGCUCCGCGACAGGACCUCGGUGAAGUGGGAGGCUGCCAUGGUCUGUGGCGCCAAUGACCGCUCGGCUACGCUGAACGACGUAGUGGAGAACAAGGAGUACAUCUUCAGGGUGCGGGCGGAGAACAAGGCCGGCAUCGGCAGGCCCAGUGCCGCCACCGCACCCGUCAAGAUCAUGGAUCCCAUUGAGAGGCCGAGCCCACCUCUCAACCUCAACUUCAGCGACCAAAUCAAGACGGCCGUCACGCUGACCUGGGAGACGCCCGCCAAUAACGGCGGCAGCAUGAUCACCGGGUACAUCAUCCAGAAAUGUGACGAAGGAACCGACAAGUGGCUCCGCUGCAAUGCCAGACUGUGUCCCGACCUCUCUUACCGGGUGUCUGGUCUGAAACCUGGACAGAAAUACCUCUACAGAGUUUGUGCUGAGAACGCCGCUGGCGUCUCCGAUCCUGCCGAGCAGCUUGGACCGCUGCUCGCCGACGACCCUCACAUCGGUCCGACCUUUGACCUGAGUGCUUUCAGGAACGGUCUGGAGGUCAUCGUCCCUCAUCCACUCACCAUCAGAGUCCCCAUCACCGGAUACCCGACCCCCCACGCCAAGUGGACCUUUGGAGAGAAGGAGCUGUCCACCGCUGACGAGCGUGUCACCAUGGUGACUAAGCCGACCUUUACAGAGCUGACGGUCACACCGAGCGUCCGCCCGGACAAAGGCACCUACACGCUUCAGCUGGAGAACGACGUGUCGUCCGUCUCCGGAGAGAUCGAAGUCAACGUCAUCGCGGCACCCAGUGCUCCCAAGGACUUCAAGGUGGCCGAAGUCACCCGUCACCACGUGCACCUGAUGUGGGAGGCACCCGAGCACGACGGAGGAAGUCCAGUCACCCACUACCAGAUCGAGAAGAGGGAGGUGUCCCGCAAGACUUGGGCCAAGGUGGCCACCGGCAUCCUGGACCUGGAGCACACCGUCACCGACGUGAUUGAAGGGAAGGAGUAUCUGUUCAGUGUCGCCGCCUGCAACAAGUGCGGUCCCGGAGAGCCGGCGUACAUCGACGAGCCUGUCAACGUCUCCUCUCCGGCCACGGUACCCGACCCUCCGGAGAACCUCAAGUGGCGUGAUAAGAGCGCAAAGACCAUCUUCCUGUCCUGGGAACCUCCCAAGUACGACGGCGGGGCCCCGCUCAAAGGCUACGUGGUGGACAAGUGUCAGCGCGGCACUGACAAGUGGGAGCCCUGCGGCGACCCCGUCCCUGAGCUGAAGUUCCAGGUGACCGGCCUGAUCGAGGGCCAGUGGUACGCCUACAGAGUCCGAGCUUUCAACAAGCUGGGGGCCAGCCGGCCCUGCAGGGCCACUGAUGAGAUCCAGGCCGUCGACGCCAGAGAGCCUCCAGAGAUCCAGCUGGAUGUGAAGCUGCUGGCCGGUCUGACCACCAGAGCCGGCACCAAGAUCGAGCUCCCGGCCGACAUCACAGGAAAGCCCGACCCCCGGAUAAAGUGGACCAAGGCCGACCUGGUGCUGCGGCCCGAUGACCGCAUCACCAUUGACACCCAACCGGGACACUCCAAGCUGUCCAUCGACAAGACAACCAGAGGAGACACCGCCACAUAUAUCAUCGAGGCCGUCAACGCCUGCGGACGCGCCACUGCCACCGUCGACGUCAACAUUCUCGAUAAACCCGGCCCUCCGGCCGCCUUUGACAUCUCCGAGAUCACCAACGAGUCCUGCUUCCUGGCGUGGAACCCUCCGCGUGACGACGGCGGCUCGCCCAUCACCAACUACAUCGUGGAGAGUCGGCAGACGGACAAAGAGGAGUGGGUGAAGCUGUCAGCCACAAUCAAACACACCACUUUCAAGGCCUGCAAGCUCACUGCUCUGAAGGAAUACAUCUUCAGGAUCAGCGCUGAGAAUCAGUACGGCAUCGGGGAACCUGCGGAGCAUGUUCCAAUUGUCGCAAAGUAUUCUUUCGACCCUCCUGGUCCUCCAACCAGAGUCACUCCCUCCGAGAUCGCCAAAGAUGCCGUGACUCUGACCUGGUUUGAGCCCGAUGAGGACGGCGGCAGUCCCAUCACCGGAUACUGGAUCGAGAAGUUCGAUCCAGAGACCGACAAGUGGAUCAGAUGCAAUAAACUGCCCAUCACAGAAACUACCUUCAGGGUGAAGGGACUCCCAACAAAGAAGAAGUACCGCUUCAGAGUUCUGGCUGAGAAUCUGGCCGGACCUGGAAAACCAAGUGCAGAAACCGAUCCCAUCCUCAUCAAGGAUCCCAUCGAUCCUCCAUGGGCUCCUGGUAAACCUGUCAUCAGGGACAUCGGUAAGACCACGGCCCUGCUGGCGUGGAACAGGCCGGAGCACGAUGGCGGGGCAAAGAUUGAAGGUUACAUCAUUGAGUUCCAGAAGACGGGAAGCGAGGAAUGGAUCCGCAUCGCGGAAGACGUUCCUCAGACUGAGCACCAGCUGAAGGGCCUGAUUGAGAAGCAGGAGUACUCGUUCCGGGUCAAAGCUGUCAACAAGGCUGGCGAGAGCGAGCCCAGCGACCCCAGCGACCCUGUGGUCUGCAAGGAGAGACUCUAUCCUCCAUCUCCUCCUCAGUGGCUCGAGGUGGCCAACAUCACCAAGAUCAACGCCGACUUGAAGUGGCAGCUGCCCAACAGCGACGGAGGCUCACCCAUCACCAACUAUGUGGUGGAGAAGAGGGAUGUGAGGCGGAAGGCCUGGCAGACCAUGGACACCACCGUCAAGGACCUCAAGUACACGGUGACGCCUCUGAACGAAGGCUCGUUGUACGUGUUCCGUGUCGCCGCCGAGAAUGCCGUGGGCACGAGUGAGUUCUGCGAGCUGGAGGAUGCCGUGCUUGCCAAAGACACUUUCACCACUCCUGGACCUCCUUAUGCCCUGACAGUGGUGGAGGUCACCAGGAGACAUGUGGAGCUGAAAUGGGAAGCUCCCAAGAGCAACGGUGGAAGACCCAUAACCAAGUACGUGAUUGAGAAGAAGGAGAAGGUGGGAACUCGCUGGCUGAAAUGCUGCAAGACUCCAGACAGACAGACUCAGUUCAAGGUGACGGAGGUGGACGAAGGCUCUGAGGUACAGUUCCAGGUCAGAGCCGAAAAUGAGGCCGGAGUCGGAGAUCCCAGCGAACCCACCGAGAUCCUCACUGUGGAGGAUGCAACCAGCGCUCCAUCUCCUCCCCAGGAGGUGAAGAUCCCCGACGCCAGCAGGGAGCACAUCAACGUCACCUGGAAGCCUCCGGCCAAAGAUGGUGGCUGCCCGAUCACUGGCUACCACGUGGAGGUGGCCGAGGCCCGUCCGGAGCUGAAAUGGCUCAGAGUCAACACCAGACCCAUCAAGGAGCUCAAAUUCAGGAUUGACGACGGAAUCAAACCAGAGAAAAAGUAUGUCAUCAGGGUCCGCGCCAUCAACUCUGUUGGUGUCAGCGAUCCCUCCGAGGUCUCAGAUAAGGUCUUCACCAAGGACCCCGACUGCGCUCCUACCAUGGAUUUGGAGGCAAAGGACGUGGUCGUGGUUGAAGGCGAGAAGCUGCACCUGAAAAUCCCCUACAGGGCGAUCCCCACACCCAAGAUGGUUUGGCAGAAGGACACGGUGGAGUGCAAGGCCGAUGACCGGCUCUCAAUGACGGUGGAGAUGAACAGCGCUCACCUGGAGCUGCUCAAGUGCAAACGUGCUGACGCCGGCGCCUACGCCAUCACCCUGGAGAACACUCUGGGAAAAGCCACUGGGACGGUCAACGUCAAAGUCAUUGGACUCCCCGGUCAGUGUAAGAACAUCACCUCCAGCGACGUCACCAAGAACUCCUGCAAGAUAAGCUGGGAGGCCCCCGAGGACGAUGGCGGCACGCCUAUCGUCAGCUACACCCUGGAGCGCCGCGAGGCCUCCAAGAAGACCUACAUGCCCGUCAUGUCGGGAGAGAACGUCCUGACCUGCACCAUCAAAGACCUCUACAUCAACUGCGAGUACUACUUCAGAGUGAAGGCUGUCAACAAGGUCGGCGCCGGAGAAUACCUGGAGCUGCGCAGCCCGGUCAUCAUCGAGGAGGUCAAACAGAAACCCGACCCACCAAUUGCUGUGGAGGCCGUCGACCCAACGUCCAAGUCCAUCACGGUGACCUGGAGGGCUCCGGACAGCGACGGCGGCUGUCCCAUCCAGGGCUACAUCGUGGAGAGGAUGGAGAAGGAUGGAGACCGCUACGAGAGGGUCACCCCAAGCCUGGUGCCCGGCUUCUCCUACGUGGUGACCGGCUUGAAGGAGGACACUGAAUACCAGUUCAGGGUCCGAGCUGAGAACGCCGCUGGUGUCAGCGAGCCAUCCCGCAGCACACAGCUCAUCAAGGCUGCAGACCCCGUCGAAAAACCGAAGGUCACCCUCCACGCCCGCGUGCAGUCCGGUCUGUGCAUCAAGAAGGGUGACGAGAUCCGCAUCGACGCCUACAUCUCCGGCUCUCCAUAUCCCAAAGUCACCUGGAUGAGGAACAACGAGGACGUCACCAAAGAGCCCACCAAGAAGAUCAUCCCCUUCGUCAGGAAGAAAAAGACCAAGGCCAGGGUUCCUGAACCCGUGGAGGAGUUUGUGACUCCGAUGAGGGAGCGUCUGGGUCUGGAUCAGACCAAAAGGGGUCAGUCUGCGCUGAUGAUCCGCGACGCCAUCAGAGUCGACCAUGGCGAGUUCACCAUCCAGGUGGAGAACACUCACGGCGUCGCCUCCGCCACCUGCGUGGUCAAUGUCCUCGACAAACCUGGUGCUCCCAUCAACUUCACCUUUGACGAGAUCCGUAACACGUCACUGGUCUGUAACUGGGAGCCUCCCGAGGACGAUGGCGGCAGCGAGAUCCUGAACUACAUCCUGGAGAAGAAGGACAACAAGAACGAGGAGAUCGGCUGGAUCACUGUGGCGUCCUCGCUGAAGGGCACCACGUGCCCCAUCACCAAACUCAUCGAGGGGAAGGAGUACAUCUUCAGGGUCACCGCCGAGAACAAGUUCGGCUGCGGGCCGCCCUGCAUCUCCGAACCCGUGGUCGCCAAGAACCAGUUCGAUCCUCCAGACGCUCCCAACACGCCGCGAGUCCACGAAGUGACGGCGGGCAGCGCCCACAUCUCGUGGCAUGAGCCGAAGGACAACGGCAGCCCGAUCCUGGGCUACUGGAUCGAGAGGAAGGAGGUCAACAGCAAACACUGGACCCGAGUCAACCGAGUCCUCCUCAACUCGCUGGACGUCAAGAUCACGGGGCUCAUGGAGGGACUCACCUACAUCUUCAGGGUGUGCGCCGAGAACCUGGCUGGUCCCGGGCCCUUUAGUGAGCCCACUGACCGCAUCAUCACCAUGGACGCCAUCAUGCCCCCUGGCCCCCCCACUCCGUGGAUAGUAGACACCGGGAAAGAAUCUGUGAUCGUGGCCUGGAAGCCUCCUCUGUACAACGGCGGCGGAGACAUCCUGGGAUACCACGUGGAGAAGGUUCUGUGUGGUGAGAAGGAGUGGAAGCGCAGCACCGAGUUCAGGUGUAAGGAGCUCACCUACACGGUGACCGGCCUCACCGAGGGCGCCGACUAUUACAUCAGAGUCUUAGCCGUCAACGACGCCGGCCCCGGAGCGCCCGGCGUCACCGAACCCGUCACCGUCAAAGAGCCGCAAGAAUCCCCCGCUGUGGACUUUGACUCGUCCGUGAGGAACGGUGUCUUCAUCAAGGCUGGCGAGCUGUUGAGGCUCCCUGCCGUGGUGACGGGCCGCCCGCAGCCUGAGGUCAAGUGGGCCAAAGACGGCGGCGAGAUCGACAAGGAGCACAUGGUGGUGGAGACGGAGGGCAAGAACACGGUACUGUCCAUCAAGAAGGCGGUGAGGGCCGACCACGGAAAGUACCAGGUCACAGGCACCAACAGCAGCGGCACCAAGACCGCUGAGACCAAGGUGGAGGUCAUGGACGUUCCGGGUCCGGUGGUGGACCUGAAGACGGUGGCAGUGACCAAGAAGAACAUCACGCUCACCUGGUCCGACCCCGUGGACAACGGCGGCAGUGACAUCAUCGGUUACGAGGUGCUGAGGAAGGACUCCAAGAUGAAGCUCUUCCGGCAGCCCAUCGAGACGGCGUCCUGCAAGUACGAUGUCCAGGGCCUGCUGUCCGGAGAGGAGUACGACUUCAGGGUCAUCGCCAGGAACAAGUACGGCGACGGCGCUCCGGCCGACAUCGGACCGAUCCUGGCCGAAGAUCCCAAAGGUACUCCGUCUGCUCCCGAGAAGCUGCACUACACCGACAGGAGUAAGACCACCAUCACACUGGCCUGGCAGCCACCUCGCACCGACGGUGGCAGCCCCAUCAGAGGCUACUACGUGGAGAAGAUGAGGUCCGACGGCACCGAGUUUGAAGUGGCAAACCGCAAGAUCUUCACCAAGUGCUGCGGAACCAUCGAGAACCUGUCGGAGUACCAGGAGUACGAGUUCCGCGUCAAAGCCGUGAACGAGGUUGGCGACGGAGAUCCCUCGAAGCCUAUCACGGCCAAGAUCCAGGAUGAUGAAAUCGCUCCGGUCAUCACAAUCCUCAAGUUCUUCAAGAGCAAUGCCAUCAACGUGAAGAAGGGCUCGGCCAUUGACAUCCCUGCCGAGGUGAGGGGACUUCCUCUGCCGACGCUGCAGUGGAUGAAGGACGACGUGGUGCUAGAGAAGCCUCCUGAGGAGGACAGGAUGACGAUGGAGACGGAGGAGGUGAACCGGACCACCAUAAGGACGAAGAUCGCCAUCCCAGAGACCAUCAGGCAGGACAAAGGCAACUACAGGCUUGUGGCCACAAACUGCUUUGGCAAAGCUGAGCACGUCAUCCGAGUUGAGAUCUUUGACCGGCCUUUCCCCCCGAGGAACGUCGUGGUCUCGGACAUUAAGGCAGACUCGUGCUACCUGACCUGGUCAGCGCCGGAGGACAACGGAGGCAGUGAGAUCACCAACUAUAUCGUGGAGCGUAGAGACGCCAGCAAGAAGAAGUCUGACUUCGAGGUUAUGACCAUCAACCUGAUCGACAGGAGAUACGGGGUCUACAAACUGACCGUGGACGGUCUCUACCAGUUCAGGAUCAAAGCUGAGAACAAAUACGGCGUGAGUGACGGCUGUGACUCAGAGAAAGUCCAGCUCCGGGAUCCAUUCGGCCUCCCUGGACCGCCACGUAACCCCAAGAUCAUCGCUGCCACGGCAACCACCAUGACCCUGACCUGGGACCCUCCUCUGGACAAUGGCGGCUCCAACAUCCAGGGCUACUGGCUGGAGAAGAGGGAGCGCGGCGCCGUGUACUGGGGCCGUGUCAACCGUGCGCCAGUCACCAAGCCGUCCGUGAAGGGCCUGCAGUACACAGUGCUCAGACUCAUCGAAGGAACCGAGUACCAGUUCAGGGUCGCAGCCUGCAACGCUGCUGGAAUCGGACCGCCCAGCGAGUCCACAGAGUGCCGCUACGCUGUCGACCCCUGCGCGCCCCCCAGCCCCCCUGGAUCCCCCGAGGUUAAAGACAAGACCAAGAACAGCGUCACACUCACCUGGAUCCCGCCGGACAAAGACGGCGGCAGCCCCAUCAAGGGUUACAUCAUCGAGGUCCAUGAGGAGGGCUCUCCUGAUUGGAGGAGGGUGAACCCUGCCGACAAGCUCCACCCCUCUACCAAGAUCACUGUCCCCGACCUGAAGGAAGGCAAGAAGUGCAGGUUCAGGAUCUACGCCGUCAAUGCCGCUGGAAACUCUGAGCCCGCCAAGACGGGAGACAUCCUGGUCCAGGACAUCCUGGUCGAGCCGAUUGUGCAUCUGGACGUGAGUGCUCAGGACCUGCUGAACUGCAGAGCGGGAACGCCAAUCAGGAUUUCCGCCACCAUCAGCGGACGCCCCAUCCCCAAGGUUACCUGGACGUUCGACGGAACCGCAGAGACUGAGAAGAAGAACGACCUCCACACGCUGCCCAUCGACUCGGAGAUCCACUCCACCGACACCACCUCCGUCAUCGUGAUCCCCGACAGCAAAAUGAACCACAGCGGUCGAUACAUCCUCAACGCUGAGAGCCCCGCCGGACACAAGGUGGUUAAAGUCCGCGUCAACGUGCUUGACCUGCCCGGACCUCCCAGAGACCUGAAGGUCAGCGACGUGACCAGAGGAACCUGCCGCCUCACCUGGAAACCUCCGGCGUGCGACGGAGGCGACAGAGUGAAGAGCUACUAUAUCGACAAGAAGACAGUGGACGGCAAAGCCUGGACCAAGGUCAACCCGGCCUGUGCUGCUCAGUCUUUGGUGGUUCCAGACCUGAUCAACGGUCAGGACUACCUGUUCCGCAUCCGGGCUGAGAACAGCUUCGGCUUCAGUCCGUUCAUCGAGACCAUUGAGAGAGUCAAAGCCAGAGACCCGAUCCAUCCUCCUGACCCCCCCACCAGGCUGAAGAUCACAUCAGUGAGGAAGCGCGCGGUGAAUCUGACCUGGAAGGCUCCAAAGAACAACGGCGGUUCGCCCAUCACCCACUACAGCGUGGACCUGCUCUGCUGGGACGCCAGUGGCCAAAAGGAGGCGUGGAGGAGGUGCAACAGAAGAGAUGUGGACACCACCAGCUUCAGAGUGGAGGACCUGACGGAGGGAGACGAGUACGAAUUCAGAGUGAUGGCGCACAACGAGGUCGGACCAAGCCGACCCUCCACCACGGUUGGACCCAUCGUCAUCCAGGACCAGAUCUGCGCUCCGUCCAUUGAGCUGAAGGAGUUCAUGGAGGUCGAGCAGGGCACUGACAUCAGCAUCGUGGCCAAGAUCCGCGGCUGUCCCUUUCCCACGCUCACCUGGUACAAGGCUCCGCCCCACAAGUCCGACGCCAAGGUGGAGGUUCAGUAUGACGAGCACAUCAACAAGAUUGUGUCGGACGACAGCUGCACGCUGCUCAUCCAGCAAGGCAAACGCCCCGACACUGGCCUCUACACGCUGGUGGCCUCCAACAGCCUCGGCAAAGCGUCCAAGGAGAUGAGGCUCAACGUGCUCGGCCGGCCUGGACCUCCAUCUGCUCCCAUCAAGUUUGAGGAGAUCGGAGCCGAGAAGAUCACGCUGUCCUGGCUGCCGCCGAAGGACGAUGGCGGCUCCAAAGUCACAAACUACGUCAUCUGGAGGCGCGUGGCCAGCAGGAAGUCCUGGGUGCCCGUCACCAGCGAGCCCAAAGAGCGGAUCUGGACGGUGGAGAACCUGAUGGAGGGACACGAGUACGUGUUCCGGGUCAUGGCCCAGAACAAGUAUGGAGUUGGAGAGCCGCUGGAUAGUGAGCCCGAGGUCGCCAGAGAUGUCUGUACCGUCCCCGGUCAGGUUGAGAAGCCGACAGUAAGCGGCAUCACAAUGGACUCCAUGACAGUUAGCUGGGAGGAGCCCGAGGACGACGGUGGCACCCCGAUCACCGGCUACUGGCUGGAGCGUAAGGAGACGACGGGCAAACGCUGGACGCGCGUCACCCGCGACCCCAUCCGUCCCAUGGGCAUGGGCGAGUCGUUUGUGGUGAGCGGACUCAUUGAGGGCUCCCAGUACCUGUUCAGAGUCUGCGCCAUCAAUGCUGCAGGACCCGGGCUCUACAGUCCCACCACUGACCCCAUCUUUGCCAGAGACCCCAUCUCCCCACCCUCUCCUCCAACCCCGAAGGUUAAUGAUUGGACAAAGUCUACAGUGGACCUGGAAUGGAUCCCUCCUCUAAAGGACGGAGGCUCCAAAAUCAUUGGUUAUUGGGUGGAGUACAAGGAGGAGGGCACCGAGGCCUGGGUCAAGGCCAAAGAGACCGAAAUACGUGGCACCCGCUUUGUGAUCCCCGGUCUGAAAACUGGUGGCAAAUACAAGUUUAGGGUGACAGCUUUCAAUGCUGCCGGGAAUGGCGAGCCAGGAGAAGUCCCAGAGGUGCUUGAGGUCAAUGACAGAACCAUUGCUCCUGAGAUUGACCUGGAUGCUUCAGUGAAGGAGAGGAUGGUGGUCCACGCCGGUGGUGUGAUCCGCAUCAUUGCCUACGUGUCAGGCCAGCCUGCUCCAGAGGUCACCUGGGGCAGAGACGGAGCUGCACUGCCUCCUGAGGCUAAAAUCGAAACAACGGCCAUCAGCUCAUCUCUGGUCAUCAAACCCUGCACCAGGAGGCACCUCGGCGUUUACACGUUGAGUGCCAAGAAUGCCGGAGGGGAAAAGAAGAAGAACAUCACUGUGGAAGUUCUGGAUGUCCCUGGGCCAGUCGGUAUCCCUGUCACUGCAGAGAACCUGACCACCGAUUCUUGCAAGAUCAACUGGUACUUCCCAGAGAACGACGGUGGCUCUCCCAUCAGUAACUUCAUCAUUGAGAAGCGCGAGGCCGAGCGCAAGGCCUGGACCUCGCUGUCCUUCACCGCCAGCAGACAGAACGCCAUCGCUUAUGACCUGACCAUCGGAAAGUCCUAUUUCUUCAGAGUGGCCGCUGAGAAUGCCAUCGGCAUCGGACCCUUCACGGAGACCGCAGCUGAGCUCGUCAUGAAGGAACCAAUCAAUGUGCCUGACCGCCCCGAGGAGCUCGAGGUCACCAAGGUCACCAAAGAUUUGAUCAGCGUCGCCUGGAAGCCGCCCAAGUUUGACGGCGGUUCAGAGAUCACCAUGUACAUCCUGGAGGCGCGCAUGAUUGGCAAAGACAAGUUCACCCGAGUGACGAAGGAGCACCUGAUGGAGAGGAAGUACACCUUAGAUGGCCUGAGGGAGGGAGACACCUAUGAGCUCAGGGUCAUUGCCGUCAAUGAGGUCGGACCCAGCAAGCCGUCGUACCCCACCAAACCAAUCACCUGCAAGGACGAACUGGAGCCGCCGACCAUCGAGCUCGACUUCCGCGAUAAGAUCAUCAUCCGUGUUGGUGAGAGCUGCCUGCUGCAGGGACGCUACACUGGCAAACCCUCCCCGUCCAUCCUGUGGUACCGAGACGACAAGGAGCUGAAGGCCGACCAACACAUCAUGUUCAAGAACACACUGACUACCAUGUCAAUCGGCUUGAUGAAGGCGAAGCGCGAGCACAGCGGCAAAUACGUGGUGGUGGUGGAGAACAGCACCGGGUCCAGGAAGGGAGUCUGCAACAUCACGGUCGUCGAUCGUCCAACUCCUCCUGUCGGCCCCGUGGUGUUUGAGGAGGUGCACAGGGAGUACAUGGUCAUCUCCUGGAAACCUCCUCUGGACAGCGGCGGCGUGGAUGUCUCCAACUACAUCAUUGAGAAGAGAGACACCAACAGGGACACCUGGACCACAGUGACGUCCGCCACCACUAAGACCACAUGCAAGAUCCCGAAGCUGACUGAGGGCAGGGAGUACAUCAUGAGGAUAUCUGCUGAGAACACGUACGGCAUCAGUGACCCUCUGGAGUCCGAGGAGAUGAGAGCCAAAGAUCUUUUCAGAGUCCCAGAGGCCCCUGAGAUGCCGACAGUCAGGGAGGUGUACGCCACCAACGCUCUAGUAUUGUGGAACCGGCCUCGCGACGGCGGGAAGCCUAUCACCAACUACAUCCUGGAGAAGAAGGAGCCUGGAGCCAAGAGGUGGUCAAGAGCCACCAGAGACACACUGUACCCGGCCACUCAGUACCGAGUCCAGGACCUGAUCGAGGGCUGCGAGUACGAGUUCAGGGUGAUGGCUGAGAACGAGCUGGGAACUGGAGACCCCAGUGUCCCCUCCAAACCCAUCCUCGCCAAAGAUCCCAUCGUGCGUCCCAGCCCUCCAGUGACCCCCGAGGCCUACGAUAAGACCAAGGACUCAGUCAGCCUGAGGUGGAAGUUGCCUCGCCAUGAUGGCAAGGGACGCAUCUUUGGCUACCUCGUCGAGUACCAGAAGCCCGGUGCAGUGGAAUGGAACCAGGCCAAUGAGACCCCGGAGCAGUGCCCCGACCUGCACUACGUGGUGACGGGCCUGGCCGACAGACAUGAGUAUGCCUUUAGGAUCUUCACUGUCAACGCCGCUGGCAAAUCUGACCCCGCCUACGUCAAAGAGACCAUCAAAGUCCAUGACAGACUGGAGGCACCAGAGUUGCUGCUGGAUGCCAACAUGGCACGUGACCACCUGGCCAUGCUGGGCACUGACAUUACCCUGAGCGCCACCAUCAAAGGUGUGCCGACACCCACUGUCAGCUGGAAGAAGAACGAUGGUGACGUUCCCUCCCAUAUCACCGUCGCUGUCACCGCCAGUGGCAGCAAAAUCUUCAUCCCCAAGAGCACCCGGGCCGAUUCCGGAAACUACACCAUCACUGUGGAGAAUGCUGCUGGAAAAAAAUCUGCAACCUGUGCUGUGCUUGUGCUGAAUAAGCCUUCUCCUCCCAGAGAUCUGGUGAUCUCUGAGGUGACCAGUGAGUCUGCCUACCUGACGUGGAAGGCUCCCGAGGACAAUGGUGGAGCCGUCAUCUCCCACUACGUCGUGGAGAAGAAGGAUGUUGCCGCCGAGCAAUGGGUGCCGGUCGCAGCAGCCAAUAAGAAGCUGAGUUUGAUGGCCAUGUACCUGAUGGAAGGAAUCCAGUACCUGUUCAGGGUUGCUGCUGAGAACCAGUUUGGCAGGAGCGCAUAUGUAUUGACCAAGACACCCAUCAAGGCUGUUGAUCCGCUCUAUCCUCCUGGCCCACCCAAAAACCUGCACCACACUGAUGCAGAAAAGACAGAGGUGUGGUUGGCCUGGGAGUGGCCAGACCGCACCGGAGGAAGUGACAUCACUGGCUUCAUUGUGGAGCACCAGGAAGAGGGCCAGGCUGACUGGGUCACCUUCAAGACCGUCAGCAAUGACCACACCCACGUCACCGGUCUGGUGGAGGGAAAGACUUACCGCUUCAGGGUCAAGGCUCAGAACGCCAUCGGUGUGAGCCGUCCUGACACCAGCAUACCCAUCACCUGCCAAGAAAAGACAUUGCCACCAACUAUUGAAGUUGAUGUGAAGCUUAUUGAGGGUCUUGUCGUCAAAGCUGGCAGUCCUAUUGCCCUUCCAGCCAAGAUGACAGGCAUCCCAAUUCCAACUGCCAAAUGGAUAAGCGAUGACAAGGAAAUCAUAUCUGAGGGUCGCUAUCAAAUUGAGACUGUUGGAACCUCCACCACCCUCAGAAUCCCUGAGAGCCAGAGAGGCGACACUGGGGAGUACAUCCUCACUGUGGCCAAUCCUUCGGGCAGUAAGACUGUUGCCCUGCAUGUCACUGUGCUGGAUCUUCCAGGCCCACCGAUCGGACCCAUCAAUAUCAUGGAGGUCACCCCUGAUUACAUGAUGAUCCAAUGGAGGGCGCCCAAAGAUGAUGGUGGCACGCCAGUCACCAACUACAUUGUGGAAAAGAAGGAUGUGAAGAAGCCAUGGGAGCCCUGGUCUGUCGUCAGCUCCAGCGGCACCAGCACCAAGGCCAAAGUGUCCAGGCUGGAGAAGGGCCGUGAGUACAUAGUCCGUGUCCGUGCAGAGAACAAGAUUGGCAUUGGGGCAGGACUUGAGAGUCCUCCCACUAUUGCCAAGCACAUGUUUAACCCACCUGGUCCACCAGGCCUGCCAGAGUGCUCUGAUAUCACUGAGAAUGCUGUGACAGUGCAAUGGCCUAUGCCUGACUAUGAUGGAGGCAGCCCCAUCAGUGGAUAUGUGAUUGAGCGCAGAGAAAUGACAGGAAAGUGGAUCCGUGUCAACAAAACUCCUGUGCUGGACCUCAGAUACAGAGUCUCAGGCCUGUUUGAGGGCAACAGCUACGAGUUCCGAGUGUUCGCUGAGAAUGUUGCUGGUAUCAGUGAGCCUUCUCCCACUUCUGACCCUGUCAAGGCUGCUCGUGCCAUCACCAAACCCGGACCACCAGGCAAUCUUAAACUGAAGGACUGGAGCAAGUCCUAUGCCGACAUCUGCUGGACCAAGCCUACAAGAGACGGAGGCAGUCCCAUUCUGGGCUACGUGGUUGAGAUUCAGAAGUCUGGAUCAGCCCAGUGGGAUAGAAUCAACAAGGACCUCAUUAAGAUGUGUGCUUAUAGAGUGCCAGGCCUCAUGGAGGGAAUGGAGUACAGAGUUCGUGUCAGAGCCACCAACAAGGUUGGAGACAGCGAACCCAGAGAGCUGCCUGAGACUAUCUUGGCAAAGGACAUCCUCGUGCCUCCUGAGGUUGUUGUCGAUGUGUCCUGCCGCGACUCUCUGACAGUCAGGGCAGGUCAGAUCAUUAGUUUGAUAACCAGGGUGAAGGGCAGACCAGACCCGGAGAUCACAUGGACCAAGGAUGCCAGAACCAUAUCCCGGGACAAGCGCACUCAGAUUAACAACAACUACCCUCUGUGUGAAUUGGUUAUCAAUGAUGCAGUCCGGUCAGACUACGGUAAAUAUGCCAUUGUUGCCAAAAACAGUAGUGGACAGUCACAAGCAACCAUUAUUGUCAAUGUCCUUGACACACCGGGACCGUGCCAGAACCUGAAAGUUGCCUACGUGACCAAGAAGUCCUGCAUGGUGUCCUGGGAGAACCCUGAGGACAACGGAGGCACUGAGAUCACUCAGUACAUUAUCGAGUGCCGUCAGCCCAGCCAGCGAGGAUGGACUGUUGUCUCCAAUGACUGCACCAAGCGCCUGCUGAAGGCCCCUCUUACUGAAGGCUGCGAGUACUUCUUCCGAGUCAGUGCAGAAAACAAGAUCGGUGCUGGUCCACCCACUGAGUCAAAGACAGCUGUGCUGGCAGUAGAUCCCGUUGAGAAGCCUGGUGAACCCAUUGACUUCCACAUCUCUGAGAUCGGCAAGACCUUCUGCUUCCUCAGGUGGAAGAAGCCAGACAAUGAUGGUGGCAGCCGUAACCUGGGUUAUCAUGUUGAGAAGAAGCCAAAGGAGGCCGAGGAGUGGGAGAGGCUUCACAAGGGUGCUAUCAAGGAGACUUACUUCAUGGCAGACAGGUGCAUUGAAAACCAGAUCUACCAGUUCAGAGUUCAGACUAAGAAUGAGGGAGGUGAGAGCAACUGGGUGACCACAGCUGAAGUCCUGGUUAAGGAACAGCUUGUGGAGCCUGAAGUCAAGAUUAAACUGGAUGCAACGCUUGUGGUCAAGGCAGGAGACUCCAUUCCUAUUGAGGCAACAGUUAAGGGCAAACCCCAGCCAGAUGUCAAAUGGACCAAAGAUGAGAGCACAGAUGAGAUGAGGAGGGGCCCCAGGCUUCAGAUCGAAAGUGGUGUCGACUUCUCAAAGCUGCUAGUUAGUGGCGCCAGGCGCACUGACAGUGGUAAAUAUGUUGUUACUGCCUCCAAUAGUGCAGGAACCAGCACUGCUCACGCUAAGGUCAAUGUGCUGGAUAGACCUGGCCCCAUCAGGGAUCUCAAGGUGUCUGGUAUCACCACCGACAGGUGCCAUUUGUCCUGGGAGGUCCCAGAGGAUGAUGGUGGCUGCGAUAUCUACAACUACAUUAUUGAGAAAUGUGAGACCAAGAGGGGAGUGUGGUCAGUCCACUCCAAUGCCGUCAUCACCAAUAAAGCUAACGUCACCCGUCUCAUCGAGGGUAAUGAGUAUAUCUUCAGAGUUCGUGCUGAGAAUAAGAUGGGUCCUGGACCUGCAGUGGAGAGUGAAGCCAUUGUUGCCGGCACCCAGUUCAAUGUACCUGAUGCUCCUGAGGCACCAGAGGUCACUAAGAUUGCAAAGGAGGAGAUGACUGUGCAGUGGUCGGAGCCCGAGAAAGAUGGCGGAAAACCAGUCACAGGUUACCUGUUGGAAAAGAGGGAGGAGCAUGCCGUUAGGUGGUCCCCUGUCAACAAGGAUCCAAUUCCUUCAACUCGUUUCACAGUUACUGGACUCCUGCCCCUCCAUGACUACCAGUACAGAGUCAAGGCCGUCAAUGAAAUAGGCAUUGGCAACCCAAGCAAACCUUCACGUGCCAUCACUGCCAAGGAUGCAGUCGAACCUCCUGCACCCCCUACCAACCUGAAGGUCACGGACAGCACCAAGUCCACCAUCACCCUGGGCUGGACCAAACCUGUAUCAGAUGGUGGAGCUCCCAUCAUUGGAUAUGUUGUGGAGAUGCGGGUGCAGGGAAGCGCCAAGAAAGGAGACGAUGGGUGGAAGAGGUGCAAUGUGGCUGCUCAGUUGGUCGUGUGCGAGUUUACAGUCACAAGUCUAGAUGAGAAGCUUGUGUAUGAAUUCAGAGUUUCGGCUCAGAACCAGGUGGGCAUGAGCCUGCCCUGCGACCUUGAGGGUGCUGUGAUCCCUAGAGAGAUUUUAGAGGCACCAGAGAUUGACUUGGAUGCCAGCCUGAAGCAGGGCUUGACAGUGAGAGCUGGCUGUCCCAUCAGACUGUGUGCCACCAUCAGAGGUAGACCAGCUCCCAAGGUCACUUGGAGGAGGAUGGGCAUUGACAAUGUGGUCAGGAAGGGAAAAGUUGACCUCAUUGACACAAUGACCUUCCUGGUCAUCCCUGACAGCACCCGCAACGACUCUGGCAAAUACUGCCUGACGCUCCAGAGUCCAGCUGGAGAGAAGGCUGUGUUUGUCAACGUUAAGGUUCUGGACACCCCGGGACCUGUGAUGAAUCUGGAAGCUACCGACAUCAAACAGACAUCAGCCAUGCUGUCCUGGAAUCCUCCAGAGGUCGAUGGUGGCAGCGAGGUCACUCACUACAUUGUCGAGAAACGCGAGAUCGACCGCAAGACAUGGGCAACCGUCAAGGCCGAAGUUGAUAAGGAUAAAGUUCCGUUCAAAGUCAGCGGCCUGAUGCCAGGCACCGAGUACUACUUCAGGGUCACAGCUGUCAAUGAGUACGGCUCUGGAGUUCCCAGGGUGUCACCCACUUCCUACUUGGCCUCUGAUCCUGUCAGCAAACCCGAUCCUUGUCAGAAGAUUGACGUUCUGGAGAUCACUAAGAACAGUGCUGUUGUCGGCUGGGUGAAGCCUUUAAGGGAUGGUGGUGCCAAGAUUGAUGGUUAUGUCGUUGAAUACAUCGAGGUCAAACCUCCUCCAGAGCUUCCAGCACCUGUGGAGGUUACAGAGGGAGAGGUUGCUCCACCACCACCUCCACCGCCUCCAGUGGAAGAGGAGGAGGAAAAAGAACCUGAAAAGGAGCUGUGGAACGCCUACACUACAGUGAAAGGUUUGACAAUCAGCAUCAGCGGCCUGAAGGAGGGCAAGAGGUACAGGUUCAGAGUGGCUGCUAAGAACAUCAUGGGUCUGAGCUUGUUUACCGAGACCAGGGAGCCGGUCGAGAUCAAGGAACAGAUGUUGGAGCCAAAGAUCGUCAUGCCAGAGACAGUGAGCGCCAGAGCCGGCGCCAAACUCAGAGUCGAGGCGCUGGUUUCUGGAAAACCCUCCCCAACCUGCAAGUGGAUGCGUGGUGAAGUCGCAGUGGUCCCAUCUAGCCGUCUUGCCGUACACCAGUCUGGCAACAUGUGUGUCCUGAUCAUCAAAGAUGUGUCAAGAACUGACAGCGGAGAGUACAGCCUCUCGGCUGAGAACAGCUCCGCAAAGGUGGUUGAGUCCCUGAAGAUUGUCAUUAGAGACAUCCCUGGUCCUCCCGAGGGCCCAGUGGUGAUCAGCGAUAUCGAUUCUGAUGCCUGCUCCUUGUCCUGGAACAAGCCACUGGAGGACGGAGGCAGCAACAUCACCAACUACGUGGUGGAGAAAUGCGAUGUGAGUAGAGGUGACUGGGUAACAGCUACCUCUUCUGGUCAGAAAACUAGUUGCAGACUUGGGAAGCUUAUCCCUGGAAAGGAGUACGUGUUCCGUAUCCGUGCUGAGAACCGUUAUGGAGUGUCAGACCCCAUCCAGUCUGACAGGAUGGUUGCGAAGUUCCCCUUUGAUGUUCCUAGUGAGCCCCUCAACUGCCGUAUCAACAAGACCAAUAAGGACUGUAUGUUCGUGGCUUGGGAUAAGCCUGAGAGCGACGGUGGUAGUCCCAUCACAGGUUACUACAUUGAACGUAAGGAGAGGAACAGCCUGCUGUGGGUGAAGGCCAACGACACAGUGGUUCGCACCACUGAGUACCCAUGUGCUGGCCUCAUCGAGGGCCUGGAAUACACUUUCAGAGUGUCUGCCAUCAACCGCGCUGGCCAAGGCAAACCAAGCAAGAAGACCGACUUUGUCACUGCUAGAACGCCUGUUGACACUCCAGGUAAACCAGAGGUCCUGGAUGUAACCAAGAACUCUGUCACUCUGGUCUGGACCCGUCCUAAGAAUGACGGUGGCAGCAAGAUCAUUGGCUACUACGUUGAGGCCAUGCGGGUGCCAGGAGACACCUGGAUACGCUGCAACACCAGCAGCCAGAAUGUUCCACGGGAGGAGUAUACAGUGACUGGUCUGGAGAGAGACUUGCAGUACCAGUUCAGAGUCAUCGCCAAAACUGCUGUAAACAUGAGCAAACCCUCCGAGCCCACAGACCCUGUCUUGGUCUGUGCCGAGAACGUUCCUCCAAGGGUGGAGCUCAAUGCCAAGAUGCAGAAGGGUUUGAAGGUGAAGGCUGGAACCACAAUCAUCCUGGAGGCUGAUGUGUUUGGUAAGCCCAUGCCCAAAGUGACAUGGAAGAGAGGUGAUGACAGUCUGAAAUCAGGUGAAGGCCAGGUCAUCACCCACACAAGGAAUCACUUCCAGCUGGAGAUGACAGAAGUCACAAAGGAGCACACAGGAACCUAUACUGUCCUUGCUGAGAAUGCUAGCGGCUCCAAGACCGCAGAAAUCCAGGUCAUUGUCCUGGAUGUGCCUGGUCCUCCUGUCAACGCCAAAUACGUUGAGGUGUUUGCCACCAGUAUCAAGAUGUCCUGGGAACCUCCUCUGAAGGACGGCGGUGCUACCAUCAACAACUACAUUGUGGACAAGCGUGAGACCAGCAGAGCCAACUGGGCCCAGGUCUCCUCCAAGAUCAAGGGCAAUGUCCUUGAAUUCAACGUGGAGAAGCUGAUUGAGGGUCAUGAGUACCAGUUCCGAAUCCGUGCUGAGAACACAUGGGGAGUUGGUGACCCCCUCAUCACCACCCCCGUCAUCGCCAAGAACCCAUUCACUGUCCCUGGCCCUUGUGAAGCCCCAGUGAUUACCAACGUGACCAAGGAGCGUAUGACUGUGAGCUGGAAGGAGCCUGCUGAUGAUGGAAAGUCCACCAUCCUGGGUUACAUGCUGGAAAAGAAAGAGACCAAGGAGAUUAACUGGACCAAGAUAAACACGAAGCCUAUGACAGAGAGGAGCCUGGAUGUAACUGGUCUCACAGAGGGAGCCGAGUACGAGUUCAGAGUCAGUGCCGUCAAUGUGGCAGGAGUUGGCAAACCUAGCGAGCCCUCAGCUGGCACCACUGCACAGAAUCCUCUCACUCCUCCUGGCCCCGUCGUUAACCCCAUUGUGACAAACACCACUAACAGCACCAUCAGCCUCUCCUGGACCACCCCCGCCAACAAUGGCGGAAGCCCCAUCAUUGGAUACUUGGUGGAGUGCAAGAGGACUGACACCACAAACUGGACCCGCUGCAACGUCCCCAGGAACCUACAGGAGACAAACUACGUCAUCCAGAACCUCAUACACAAGUCUGAGUACCAGUGCCGCAUCACAGCUGUCAACAAGAUUGGCUUCAGUGAGCCGGUUGAAGUACCCGGCACGCAUGUUGCCAAGGACAUCAUUAUUCCUCCUGAGGCAGAGCUGAGUGCAGAGCUUAAGGAGGGUCUUGAGCUACGUGCUGGUGCAACCAUGAGGCUGCAUGCCAUCAUCAAGGGCAGUCCCAUUCCCAAGAGCACCUGGGCCAAGAUGAACACCAACAUCAAGGACCGCCAGGGCAUUAUCAUGAAAUCCACUAACACUGACACCACAGUGAUUGUGGAGAAUGUCAGCAGAUAUGACGCUGGCAAAUAUAUUCUGAGCCUGGAGAGCUCUGCUGGCAUGAAGAUGUAUACCAUCGUUGUCAAGGUUCUUGAUACUCCUGGACCACCAGUCAACCUGAUGGUGAAGGAGUCAAACAAGGACAGUGCCUCCAUCUACUGGGACGCUCCUCUAAUUAACGGUGGCUCUGAAAUCACCCACUACAUUGUGGAGAAGCGUGACACUGAGAGGAAAGCCUGGUCCAUUGUCUCCAAAGACUGCACCAAGACAGCCUUCGAUGUGGCAGAUCUAGAUGCUGGACGGUCCUACUGCUUCAGAGUGUCAGCAGUUAAUCAGCUCGGUGCUGGCGAGUGUUGCGAGACAGCCGAUGCAGUCAAAGCAUCUGAGGAGCCUGGGCCUGUAAUGGACUUCAAGACCCUGCUGGUUACCAAGGACUCUUGCACUUUGAGCUGGAAGAAACCCCUCAGUGAUGGUGGCAGCCGCAUCAUCUGCUACGUACUGGAGGUUCUUAAUGGUGAAGACAAGUACAAGGAGCUGAUGAGGUCCAAGAACAUGCAGUACAGCGCCAAGGACCUGGUGGAGGGCAGAGAGUACAAAUACAGAGUCAAGGCUGUGAAUGACACAGGAGAGGGUUCUCCCAAGGAGCUGACGGUGGUCGCCAAGGACCAGAUCAUUCCUCCCAGCUGUGACUUGAGGGAGCUGCCCAACAUGUGCUACAUUGCAAAGGAAGGCAGCACUGUCCGUCUGAAGAUCCCAAUCAUUGGCAAACCUACGCCCAAGGUCACCUGGAAGAAGGGAGAUGACGAAGACCUGACUGACACCGGCAGAGUGUGCGCAGAGUCUUCUGCGGUGAACACCACUCUUAUGAUCAGGGAUUGCCAGAGGAGUGAUGCUUCCAAGUACACCAUCACCCUGAGGAACAGUGCCGGAACCAAGGAGUCCACCAUCUUCAUCAGGGUGGUGGGUAAACCUGGUAUCCCUAUUGGACCCGUCAAGUUCAAAGAUGUUACUGCUGACGGUGCUACACUGAAGUGGGCUGCUCCUAAGGAUGAUGGAGGCUCAGAGAUCACAAACUACAUCCUGGAGAAGAGGGACUCCAUCACCAACAUGUGGGUCACUGUGUCCUCUGCUGUGGACAGCAACACCAUGAGGGUGACUGGUCUCCAUGAGGGCACAGAGUACAUCUUCAGAGUCUGUGCUGAGAACAAGUACGGCGUUGGAGAGGGACUAAAGUCUGAUCCCGUUGUUGCUAAACAUCCAUUCAAUGUUCCCGAUGCUCCACCUCCACCUCAGAUCAUGAGCAUGCGUCACAACUCUGCGUACCUGGCCUGGUCUGACCCCAGGAAGACUGGAGGCUCUCCCAUCACAGGCUACCAUGUCGAGUUCAAGGAAAGGAACAGUAUGUUGUGGAAGAGGGCAAGCCCAGCUGCCUUGAGGAUGAAGGAACACAAAGUUACUGGGCUGACUGAAGGUCUGGAGUAUGAGUUCAGAGUCAUGGCAAUUAACCUGGCUGGCAUUGGCAGACCAAGUGCUCCCACCGAUCCACAGGUGGCCCUGGAUCCCAUUGAUGCCCCUGGGAAACCUGAUGUGAUCAGCAUCACCAGAAGCACCGUGACCCUACAGUGGACUGAGCCACAGUUCGACGGUGGCCACAGACUGACUGGCUACAUCGUUGAGAGGCGCGACCUGCCUUCUAAGAUCUGGGUGAAGGCCAACAAUGUGAAUGUUGUGGAGCCUGCAUACACUGUGACUGAUUUGCAGGAGGGCUGCAAAUACGAGUUCAGAAUCAGGGCAAAGAAUGCUGCUGGAGCUCUCAGCCCACCAUCAGAGCAGACAGAUACUAUUAUCUGCAGAGAUGAAUAUGCUGCACCAACCAUUAUGAUUGACGCUCAGGUGAAGGAGGGUCUGACCGUCCGUGCCGGCGACACGAUUGUCAUCACUGCUACAAGCAUUUUAGGCAAACCUGCGCCAACCUCAUGCUGGUCAAAGGGAGGAAAAUAUUUCAAACCCUCUGAUAUUGUUCAUAUUGAGACCACAGCAACUUCCUCCACUUUGUCCAUCAAGUAUGCUGGCAGGAAGGACUCUGGGGAGUAUGUUAUCACUGCCAGCAAUCCCUUCGGUGUGAAGGAGGAAACCGUCAAGGUCACAGUUCUGGAUGUUCCUGGUGUUCCUGGACCCAUUGAAUGCAGUGGUGUCUCUUCUGAAAAGGUCACUCUUACCUGGACAGCUCCUACUGAAGACGGAGGCUCUCCUGUCAAGUAUUACACCCUGGAGAAGAGAGAGACCAGUCGCUUGCUCUGGACUAUCCUGGAAGAGAAAGUCAUCGACUGCCACUAUGUGGCCAACAAGCUCAUCCAGGGCAACGAGUACUUCUUCAGAGUCUCUGCUGUUAACCAGUACGGUGCUGGUGAACCAUCUCACUCUGAGGCAGUCAAGAUGGUUGAUAGAUUCGGUCCUCCUGGUCCACCAUCUAAACCAGAAGUUGACAAAGUCAGUGGACAUUCUGCCACUGUAACCUGGAGAAGACCAGCUGAGGAUGGCGGAAGUGACAUUAUAGGUUACUGUGUUGAGAAGAAGGAGAAAAAGGGAAUGAGAUGGGUCAGGGCAUCCAAGAAAUCCAUUGCUGAGCUCAGUUAUGAAGUCACUGGUCUCACUGAGGGCAUUGAGUAUGAGUUCCGUGUUCUUGCUGAGAACAGGGCUGGCUUUGGAGAGCCAAGUGAGCCAUCUAUGCCUGUCAGAACAAUAGUUGUUGCCUAUGUGCCUGGACCUCCAGUCAAUCCAAGAGUCACAGACACAACCAAGACCACUGCCACUCUGAACUGGGGAAAACCUCUUGAUAAUGGUGGACUUGAAGUUACUGGAUACAUAGUUGAGCACAAAAAGGAAGGAACAGAAGAAUGGGUUAAGGACACUCCUUCAUCUCCACUUAGAAUCACAGAAUUUGUUGUUCCAGAGCUGGAAACUGGUGCAAAAUACCACUUCAGAAUUAGCGCUGUGAAUGCUAAGGGAGCAGGUGAACCUGCUGAAACUAAAGAACUGAUUGAGAUAGUGGAACAUGCAGCUGAGCCUGGUUUGGAGCUGGAUGUUGAGCUGAGAAGAACCCUUGUAGUAAGGGCUGGCUGUUCCAUUCGCCUCUUUGUGCCAAUCAAGGGAAGACCUACACCUAGUGUCACCUGGACGAAGGAGGGUGGUCCUGUCCCACGUGCAGUCAUUGACAGCACAGAGUCAUUUACAAUGCUGAUCAUCCCUGAGAGUUCAAGAACUGAUGCAGGUAAAUAUGAGCUUAACCUUGAAAACUCAGCUGGAAAGAAGAGUGCCACCAUCCAAGUAAGAGUUCUGGAUUCUCCUGGACCACCACUUAACCUAAAACCAAUCAAGAUUGACAAGGAAAGCAUUACUCUUCAGUGGGAGAUGCCUCUCAUUGAUGGUGGAGCAAAGAUCACAAACUACAUCAUCGAGAAAAGAGAGUCAACACGCAAGGCUUUUGCUACUGCUGUAACAAAUUGCCCAAAAACUUCAGUCAGGAUUGGUGACUUGGGUGAAGGCUGUGAAUACUACUUCAGAGUGUCUGCCGAGAACGAGUAUGGCAUUGGUGAGGCAGUUGAAACUGCUGAUCCAAUUCGUGCAUCCCAGGCACCAACUCCUCCACAGAGUAUUAUUCCUACAGACAUCACCAAGAACUCUGUGAGCCUGGCUUGGACCAAACCCAAGCAUGAUGGUGGAAGCAGAAUUACAGGAUAUGUCCUUGAAGCCCAGAAAAAGGGAACUGAUCAGUGGGCACAUGUCACAACAGUCAAGAGCAUGGACUUCACAGUGAAGAAUCUUAAUGAGUAUGAGGAGUACAUUUUCCAUGUAAUGGCUGUCAAUCUUUCAGGUAGAAGUGCCCCACGUGACAGCAAACCCAUUGUUGUCAAGGAUUCUACCUCCCUGCCUGAGUUUGACCUCCGUGGUGUAUGUCAGAAGACUAUUAUUGCCAAGGCAGGAGAUGACAUCAAGGUUGAGAUUCCAGUCAUGGGACGUCCUAGACCAGCUAUCACUUGGCAAAAGGAUGGCGCAGCCCUGAAGCUCACACAGAGAACCAAUGUGGAAACCACUGCUGCUACUGUUAUCCUCAGCAUCAAUGAAUGCACCAGAGCUGACAGUGGUGUUUACACCAUGACAGGAAAGAACAUUGUUGGUUCUGUAACAGACAACAUCAUUGUUAAAGUACAUGAUGUACCUGGACCACCUAAGGGACCAGUAAAGAUUGUGGAGAUAUCUCGCACCUACUGCAUCUUUGCAUGGGACACACCUGAGAAUGACGGAGGUGUUCCAAUCAACAACUAUGUGGUUGAGAUCAGAGACACCACUUCCCAAACAUGGAAUGAGCUGUCUUCCACUGUCAUUCGUACCAUGUUCAAAGCAGUUCGCUUAAACACUGGAUCAGAGUACCAGUUUAGAGUGAAGGCUAAGAACAGAUAUGGUGCUGGAGCUCCCAUCACCUCAGAGGCAGUGGUGGCUGCCUAUCCAUUCAAAGCACCUGGUCCCCCUGGCACUCCUGGUGUGGCUGCAUUUACCAAGGACUCAAUAACAAUUGGCUGGAAUGAGCCUGUGAAUGAUGGUGGAAAUGAAGUCAUUGGUUAUCAUGUUGAAAGGAAAGAAAGAAGCAGUAUCAUGUGGCAAAAGAUCAGCAAGGGUCUUGUGAUAGGAAACCUCUUUAAAUCCACUGGGCUUGAAGAUGGAAUUGCCUAUGAGUUCCGUGUCAUGGCUGAAAACAAAGCUGGCAUUGGUAAGCCCAGCAAAGCCUCAGAACCAAUACUGGCCCUGGACCCUGUAGACCCACCAGGUCAGCCUGUGCCAAUAUUUGUCAACAAGAAUGUCAUCACCAUUCAGUGGACAAAACCUGAGUAUGAUGGUGGUUUUAAAAUCACUGGCUACACAGUCGAAAAGAGAGAACUGCCUACUGGCCGCUGGAUCAGAGCCAACUUCACAAACAUCAUUGAGACAACAUUCACUGUCAGCGGACUGACUCAAGAUGCCUCCUAUGAGUUCCGUGUUAUGGCCAGAAACUCAGCAGGUGCAGGUAGUGUGCCCUCUGAGCCCUCAGACCCAAUUACCUGCAAGGAUGACAUUAUUGAGCCACGCAUUAUGGUUGACGCCAUCUUUAAGGAUGUUGUUCAGCUGAAGGCAGGAGAAUCCUUCAAGCUUGAUGCUGACAUUGCAGGUCAACCAACCCCAUCUAUGGUUUGGACUAAGAAUGGAAAGGAGAUUGAGAACACAAUGAAACUGGACAUAAAGUUCAAGGAUCUGGAAACCACUCUGACCAACAAAGAUUCUAUCAGAUCAGAUGGAGGAGAAUUUGUUCUGACUGCCACAAAUGUCGGUGGAUUUGCUAAGCACAUCUUUAAGGUGAAAGUGCUUGACAGACCUGGACCACCGGUUGGACCUCUUAAGGUGUCAGAUGUCACUGCUGAGAACUGUGUGCUCACCUGGGCUCCACCAGAAGAUGAUGGAGGUGCCAAGAUUGAAGGAUACGUGAUUGAGAAGCGUGAGUCAAGCAGACUGGUUUGGACCAAUGUAGUUUCAGACCUGCAAGUUACACAAUACAAGGUGACCAAGCUGCUCAAAGGAAAUGAAUACAUCUUUAGAGUCAUGGCAUUAAACAAAUAUGGACUUGGUGAGUCUCUUGAUUCAGAACCCACUAUUGCAGACAACCCAUAUGUGGUUCCAGAUGCUCCGCAGAAUCCUGAGGUGACAGCUAUCACUAAAGAUUCAAUGGUUGUUAUGUGGCAAGCACCUAAGAGUGACGGUGGAACUCCCAUCACCCACUACAAUAUUGAAAGGAAAGACAGAAUAGGCCUCCGCUGGGUCAAGUGCAACAAGAGGAAGGUCAAAGAUCUACAAUUCAAGGCAACAGGCCUUGUUGUUGGACAUGAAUAUAAAUUCAGAAUAACUGCUGAGAAUGCUGCUGGGGUGAGUGCACCAAGUGCCUCAAGUCCAUUCUACAAAGCUACGGAUGCCCUGUACCAACCAGGGCCCCCAUGCAACUCCAGAGUCUUGGACACAACCAACUCCUCAAUUACUGUUGCGUGGAACAAACCUGUAUAUGAUGGUGGCUCUGACAUCACUGGCUACAUUGUAGAGACCUGCAUCCCAUCUAAAAAGGAGGAAGAAGAGGAAUGGACAAUUGUGACACCCAAAGAAGGUCUCCUUGCCACCUCAUUCACCAUUGUUAACCUGAAGGAAAACCAGGAGUAUAAGAUUAACAUCUCUGCUGUCAACAGUGAAGGAGUUGGAGAGGCAGCAUCUGUACCUGGCAAUCCUAAGGCAGAGGACAGGCUUCUCCCACCUGACAUUGAUUUGGAUGCUGAACUCCGCAAGGUUGUCAGUCUGAGAGCUUGUUGCUCACUUAGACUGUUUGUCCCUAUCAGAGGCAGACCAGCUCCUCAGGCUAAAUGGACCAAAGGAGAUGGUGAGCGUGUUGAGAGGGCAACCAUUGACAGCACGACAUCAUACACGUCACUUGUGAUAGAAAAUGUCAACAGAUUUGACAGUGGAAAGUACAAUCUCACAGUUGAAAACAGCUCUGGCUCUAAGACAGUCACAGUACAAGUCAGGGUGCUUGACACACCGAGUGCCCCACAGAAUCUCAAGAUCACUGCUGUUACUAAAGAAUCUGUCACUCUGACUUGGGAUCCACCAGUAAAUGAUGGAGGAGUUAAAAUUAAGAACUAUAUUGUUGAAAAACGCGAGUCCACAAGGAAAGCAUAUGCCACAGUCAAUGCCAACUGCCAUCACACCACCUUUACAGUAGACCAGCUCUUGGAGGGUUGCAACUAUUACUUCAGAGUUUUGGCUGAGAAUGAAUAUGGCAUUGGCCUGCCCAUUGAGACUGGUGAAUCAGUUAAAGCAUCUGAGAAACCACAGCCACCUGGCAAAAUCACACUCAAGGAUGUUACCAAGAACAGUGUCACCCUCUCCUGGGAGAAGCCAGAGCAUGAUGGUGGCAGCAGAGUGGGCUGUUACGUUGUUGAGAUCCAGCCUAAGGGUGUUGAUAAGUGGACCCAGGCUGUGAUUGUAAAGGAAACAGAAGCAACUGUUAGUGGACUCAAUGCAGGUGAAGAGUACAUGUUCCGUGUAUCAGCUAAAAAUGAGAAGGGAGCAAGUGACCCACGUCAAAUCGGUGUACCUGUGAUCGUAAAAGAUCUUGUGAUUGCACCUGUUGCCAAAAUGUUGUUCAACACAUUCAGUGUGUUGGCAGGAGAAGAUCUGACAGUUGAUAUUCCAUAUGUCGCUCGACCCAAAGCAGCUGUCUCCUGGGUAAAAGACGGUCAGCCUCUGAAGAGAACUACCAGAGUUAACUUUGGUGAAACAGAAACAAUGCUGAAUCUUAAAAUAAAAGAGGCUACUAAGGAUGAUGUUGGAAAGUACCAUAUUACUUUAAGCAACACAGCAGGAGAGACAUCAGCAGAUAUUGGCAUUGUUGUGCUUGACAAACCGGGCCAGCCUGGUGGUCCAGUAAAGGUGGAGGAUGUUACUUCCAACAGUAUAACCAUCUCCUGGAAGCGACCAGAAUAUGAUGGUGGUUGCACCAUCAAAAACUACAUUGUGGAAAAGAGAGACACAUCCACAACUAACUGGAUGGUUGUGUCUCCUAACCUUGCAAGGACCCAAAUCAAGGCAGGCAGGUUGAAGACUGGCUCUGAAUAUCAGUUUAGAAUCACUGCAGAAAACAGAUAUGGAAAAGGCCCAGUUCUUCUCUCAGAGUGUAUUGUGGCUCAAUACCCAUACAAGCUCCCAGGACCCCCAGGAACACCAUCCAUUGUAGCUUGCACCAAGGACAGCAUGAUGGUGACCUGGAACGAACCUGUGAUUGAUGGUGGAAGCACCAUCUUGGGCUACCAUCUUGAACGAAAAGAAAGAAACAGCAUCCUGUGGGUAAAACUUAACAAGUCUCUUAUUACUGACCAGACCUUCAAGACCACUGGUCUAGAACCAGGAAUGGAGUAUGAAUACAGAGUUUAUGCAGAAAACAUUGUCGGAAUAGGCAAAGUGAGCAAAGUGUCAGAGGGACAUAUUGCUAGAGAUCCUUGCGACCCCCCAGGCACCCCAGAAGCAACAAAGAUCACUAAGGACUCUGUGACCAUUACUUGGACCAAGCCUGAAUAUGAUGGUGGAGCAAAGGUUACAGGCUACAUUGUGGAAAAGAAGGAGCUCCCUGAAGGCCGUUGGUUGAAGGCAAACUUCACCAAUGUCAUUGAGACCGAAUAUGUUGCAACUGGACUUGUGCAGGACAAUCAGUAUGAGUUUCGCGUCAUUGCCAGAAAUGCUGCUGGUGUUUUCAGUAUGCCCUCUUAUAGCACUGGUCCUAUCAUCGCCAGGGAUGAGAUUGAACCACCACGUAUCAGCAUUGAUCCAGAGUACACACAGACUAUUGUGGUUAAUGCUGGAGACAACUUCAAGAUUGAUGCAGAUGUCCAUGGCAAACCAUUACCCUCUAUCCACUGGAUGAAGGGAGAGCAGGAACUUGGCAACACAAUUCAUAGAGAGAUUAAGAACACACCCACCAAAGCUUAUAUAUCUGUCAAGGAAGCUAAACUCUCUGAUGGAGGCCAAUACACUCUGCUACUUAAAAAUCCAGGAGGAGAAAAGGCUGUACAGGUCAAUGUUGUUGUUCUCGAUAAGCCUGGAGAACCAGAGGGACCUCUAGUUGUAACAGGAAUAACCAAAGACCAAUGCUGCCUUGUAUGGAAACCACCACUACAAGAUGGUGGCAGCAAGAUCUCUCACUACAUUGUAAAGAGAAGAGAGUCAGGCAGACUUGUCUGGACAGUUGUUGACUCAAACGUGGAGAAGACUUGUUUGAAGGUUACUAAGCUCCUGGAGGGAAAUGAGUACGUUUUCAGAGUUCAUGCUGUCAACCACUUUGGAGUGGGUGCACCACUUGAGUCUGCUGCUGUCAUAAUUAAAGAUCCAUAUACAGCCCCUGGAACACCCAAGAGCUUGGAAGUUUCAGAUAUUAAAAAGGAUUCUGUUGUUCUCACUUGGGAGGCUCCUUCUGAAGAUGGAGGAAGUCCUAUCACUGGAUACAUAAUUGAGAAACAUGACAAAGAAGGUGUAAGAUGGACCAGAUGCAACAGGACAACAGUCACUGAUUUGACUUUCAAGGUCACCGGACUCUUGGAAAGCCAUAGUUAUGAAUUCAGAGUUUCAGCUGAGAAUGCUGUGGGUGUUGGUGAGCCAAGCUCCCCAACUGUAUUCUACAAAGCUCUUGAUCCCAUCUUCAGGCCUGGACCACCACACAAUCCAAAAGUAACUGACACAACUAAAACCUCAGUAUUCCUAUCAUGGGGCAAGCCUGUCUGUGAUGGAGGCUGUGAGAUUCAGGGAUACAUUGUUGAGUGCUGUAUUACCACAGAGCCUGCAGUGCCAGCUGAGGCCCCUGCUGAAGCCGCAGUUGCAGAAGCAGCUGCCACAGAUGCCCCUGCUGAGGAAUGGACAAUGUGCACACCACCAACAGGUGUCAAGAAGACCAAGUUUGAAGUGACAAACCUGAAGGAAAACCAGGCAUACAAGUUUAGAGUAUGUGCUAUCAACAAAGUUGGAGUUGGUGAGCAUGCUGAUGUCUCUGGAGCUGUUGUUGCCCAGGACAGGCUAGAAGAGCCAGACCUUGACAUUGACCCAGAACUGAGAAAGAUUGUGACCAUUAAAGCUGGAACUUCCCUCAGACUGUUCAUUCCCAUCAAAGGAAGGCCCACUCCUGCCAUAAAGUGGGACAAAGAUGAAGCUGCACUUAAAGAGACAGCUCAAGUCGAGGUGACCAGCAGUUACACAUCACUUGUAAUUGACAAAAUGAGCAGGAAUGACAGUGGAAAAUACACCAUCACUGCAGAGAACACAAGUGGAACAAAAUCUGCAUUUGUUGUUGUCCGUGUUCUUGACACUCCUAGUGCGCCUGUUAACUUGAAAGUGAAAGAAAUCACAAACCAGUCGGUGACACUGGCAUGGGAGCCACCUCUGUUGGAUGGAGGGUCCAAGAUCAAGAACUAUGUUGUUGAAAAGAGAGAAAGCACACGCAAAACCUAUGCAGCUGUUGUAACAAACUGUCAUGCACUUUCAUGGAAGAUUGAGCCACUUCAGGAAGGUUGUAGUUACUACUUCCGAGUCCUUGCUGAGAAUACGCAUGGUAUUGGCCUGCCUGCAGUAACUCUUGAUCCUCUUAAGGUCUCAGAGGUGCCUCAGUCUCCAAAGAGCUUGAUUGUUACAGAUCAAACAAAAACAAGCAUCUCUUUGGCCUGGGAGAAGCCUGAGUAUGAUGGUGGUAGCAGAGUCAUGCAGUACCUGCUGGAGGUGCAGCUUAAGGGCCAGGAGAAGUGGUCUGGUGUUAAUACAUUCAAGACAAUGGAGGCAACUGUUACCAAUCUGAACCCAGGAGAGGAGUAUCUGUUUAGAAUUAUAGCAGUCAAUGAUAAGGGAAAGAGUGAUCCCAAAGUCCUUGCUGGUCCAGUGAUGACCAAGAACUUAGUCUUUGAGCCAGAUAUUCGACCAGCUUUCAGCAGCUACAGUGUCAAAGUGGGUAAAGACCUGAAUGUUGAAAUUCCCUACUUUGGACGUCCUAAACCAACAGUCACGUGGACUAAAGAUGGAGCUCCUUUGAAGUUCACUACCAGAGUCAAUAUUCUCAACACAGCAACACAUACAGCACUGAGCAUUAAGGAAGCAACAGGUGAUGACGGUGGCAUGUACAGUAUAAAUGUUGCUAACUCAGUUGGAAAGAAAGACACAACAGUCGAAAUCAUUGUACUUGACAAGCCUGGCCCUCCAUCUGGCCCUGUGAGGUUUGAUGAAAUCACAACACAAAGUGUCACUCUUUCAUGGGAUCCACCAAAGCACAAUGGUGGCUGCCAGAUUUCAAACUACAUUGUACAGAAGAGAGAUACUACCACAACAACAUGGGAAAAUGUUAGCAUAAACUAUGCUAGAACCACCAUCAAAGUGCCUAGACUGAAGACUGGAGCUGAGUACCAGUUCAGGAUCAUUGCACAGAACCGCUAUGGCAAGAGUCAUGGUUUGGAUUCAUCUUCCAUUGUUGCUCAGUACCCGUACAGAGAGCCAGGACCACCAGGCACUCCCUUCAUCUCUUCUCUCUCCAGGGACCACCAGAUUGUUGAGUGGCAUGAGCCUGUCAACGAUGGAGGCAGUGCUGUCCUUGGCUACCAUCUUGAAAGGAAAGAGAGGAAUAGUAUUCUCUGGGUCAAGAUCAACAAGACACUUAUUCAUGAGACUACCUUCAAAAGUCACCCCUUGGAGGAGGGUGUUGAGUAUGAAUACAGGGUUUAUGCUGAAAAUAUAGUUGGCAUUGGCCGGUGCAGUAAGGUCUCAGAGGGCUGUGUUGCCCGUGACCCAUGUGAUCCUCCUGGCACACCAGAGGCCAUCCAUGUGACCAAAGAUACCAUUGUCAUCCAGUGGACUAAACCAGAGUAUGAUGGUGGCAGUAAUAUAACUGGCUAUACCGUGGAGAAGCGUGAUCUGCCAGAGGGAAGAUGGGUAAGGGCAAACUUUACUAAUGUGAUUGAGACCCAGUUCACUGUCACUGGUCUGACUGAAAAUGCCCAGUAUGACUUUAGAGUCAUUGCUAAAAAUGCUGUCGGCACCAUCAGUAAGCCAUCCUACAACAGUGGACCAAUCACUGCAAGUGAUAAGUUGGAGGCACCCAAAUUCUCCAUUGACCCCACAUUUACCAAGACUAUUAUCAUCAAUGCUGGAGAGACCUUCAAGCUCGAUGCUGAUGUCCGCGGCAAGCCACUCCCGACAAUCCAGUGGUUCAAGGAUGAAAAACCAAUUGAGAAUACACUUAGACUAGAGAUAAAAAACACAGAGGACCAUGCAAUGAUUGUCAUUAAGGACAGUGUUAGAAUUGAUGGUGGAAUUUACACACUCCAGAUGACAAAUGAAGCUGGUAGUGAAACUGUUCCAUUCACAGUUGUGGUCCUGGACAGGCCUAGUCAGUGUGAAGGACCCCUCCACAUCACUGGAGUAGCUGAGGAUAGAUGCACAUUGGUAUGGCGUGCCCCUCUACAUGAUGGAGGUAGUCCUAUAAAGCACUACUUAAUCGAGAGAAGAGAGACCAGUCGUCUGGCUUGGACGGUGGUUUCAAACAGCUGUGAAACCACAUGCUACAAAGUCACCAAAUUGUUGGAAGGCAAUGAGUACAUGUUCCGUGUCAUGGCAGUUAACAGUUAUGGUGUCAGUGAGCCACUGGAGUCUGGCGGAGUGAUUAUGAAGACUCCAUUUGUUCCUCCUGGUCCACCUCAUAUUGAAGAUGUAUCAAACAUUGCUCAUGAUGGCAUGACCAUCACAUGGUCAGCCCCUGAGUCUGAUGGCGGAAGUGAGAUUACCAAUUACAUAAUUGAAAAGAAAGACAGACAAGGAAUCAAAUGGACCAGAUGCAACAGACAGAAAGUCACUGAUCUCUCCUUCAGAGUCACAGGCCUAACCACCGGUCAUGAAUAUGAGUUCCGAGUGGCUGCUGAGAAUGUAGUUGGAGCUGGAGAGCCAAGCCUUCCUAGUUCAUACUUCAAAGCCAGUGAUCCCAAGUACAAACCUGGUGCUCCAGCAUAUGUGAAUGUGAUUGACUCCACUAAGAGUUCUAUUGCAGUGUCAUGGGGUAAGCCUCUCUCUGAUGGUGGCAGUGCCAUUCAAGGAUACAUUGUUGAAGUCUGUAAGGCUGAGGAGGAGGAAUGGACCAUGGUUACUCCCCCCACUGGCCUUCGUGUCAACAAAUAUGAAAUUACUAAACUUGCUGAAGGUCAGGAAUAUAAGAUUCAGGUGUGUGCUCUCAACAAAUUGGGAGUUGGUGAGCCAGCAGCUCUUUCUGGAAUGGCUAAGCCAGAGGAAAGGGUGGAACCACCAGAGAUCCAUCUUGACUCUGUGCUGAGGAAAGGCAUCACUUUGAAAGCUGGUGGAUCUGUGAGAAUCCAUAUUCCAUUCAAGGGCAGGCCAACGCCUGAGAUUAAGUGGACUAAGGAUGAGGGAGCGGUAACAGAAAAAGCAAUAGUUGAGAAAGCUCUUAACUUCACACAGUUGUCCAUUGACUCUUGUGACAGGAGUGACUCGGGAAAGUACACGCUAACCCUGACAAACAGCAGUGGUUCUGUGUCUGAGUUUGUUGCUGUUAAAGUCCUGGAUACACCCGGCGCCCCACAAAACCUUGUGGUUAAAGAAAUCAAAAAGGACUCAGUCAUUCUUGUAUGGGAUGCCCCACUAAUUGAUGGAGGUUCCAAAAUCAAGAACUAUGUCAUUGACAAACGGGAAUCAACCAGAAAGGCAUAUGCUAAUGUGUCCACAAAAUGCUCCAAGACAACUUUCAAGGUUGAGAACUUGAUUGAAGGUGCUAUGUACUACUUCAGGGUCAUGGCUGAGAAUGAAUAUGGAAUCGGCCAGGCUGUUGAAACAAAGACAGCUUCCAAGGCCUCUGAAGUACCACUGCCUGUUGGAAAAAUUUUCCUCACUGAUGUCACCAAGGCGAGUGUCUCACUAGCCUGGGAGAAACCUGAGCAUGAUGGAGGCAGCAGAAUUGGUGGCUACCUAAUUGAGAUGCUACCAAAGGGUACAGAUAAAUGGGGAGUUGCAACAAAUACGAAGACAUGUGAGGGCACUGUUGCAGGCCUCACAGCAGGAGCAGAAUACCAAUUCCGUGUCAUUGCUUACAAUGAAAAGGGAAAGAGUGAGCCAAAGGCACUUGCUGCACCUGUUGUUGCCAGUGACUUGACCAUGGAGCCGAGCAUCAAGAUGCAAUUCAACACUUACAGUGUAUUAGCUGGAAAAGAUUUGAAGUUGGAAUUCCCUGUGCUUGGCAGACCUAAGCCAAAGGUUACCUGGUCAAGGGAUGGUCAGCCCCUGAAGGUGACAUCCAGAGUCAAUGUGAUAACCACUCCAACAACAACUGGAAUUCAAAUUGCUGAAGCAUGCAAGGAGGACUUUGGGAAAUAUUCCAUUACAGCAGCCAAUAAUGUUGGCACAAUCACUGAGGAUGUGUCUGUCAUUAUCCUUGACAAGCCUGGUCCACCAAAAGGUCCGGUCAAGGUUAUUGAAGUAAGCAACACCUUUGUCCAUCUCUCCUGGGAGCCCCCAGAGUAUAUGGGUGGAUGCCAGGUAAAGAACUACAUAGUGGAGAAGAGAGACACUACCUCCCAAACAUGGCAGCCAGUCACCACACAGCUUGCUAGAACAGCUUUUAAGGUCACCAAGCUUAAAACUGGUGCAGAAUACCAGUUCAGAAUCAUAGCUGAAAACAGAUAUGGAAAGGGUUUGUCUCUAGACUCCAAAUCCCUUGUUGUGCAAUAUCCAUACAAACCACCAGGGCCUCCAGGAACACCAUAUGUGAAAUCUGCAACAAAGGAAAUGAUGAUUAUUGAAUGGAAUGAGCCAGUCAAUGAUGGCGGAAGUACAGUUAUUGGGUACCAUCUAGAAAGCAAGGAGAGAAGCAGCAUUAUGUGGAACAAACUGAACAAGACUCUUAUCACUGAUACUCAGUUCAAGAUUUGCAAUCUUGAGGAGGGCAUUGGAUAUGAAUUCAGAGUGUAUGCUGAAAAUAUUGUUGGCAUUGGAAGAUGCAGUAAAGUGUCUGAGUCCUUUGUUGCUCGUGACCCAUGUGACCCUCCCGGUGCUCCUGAAGCUGUAUCUAUUUCUAAGACCCAAAUCAAGAUUCAGUGGACCAAGCCUCAGUAUGAUGGUGGCAGCAAAGUGAAUGGCUAUAUUGUAGAAAGAAAAGAUCUUUCCUCCCCUGAUUUGCGAUGGGUAAGAGCUAAUUUCACUAAUAUAAUUGAGACUGAUUAUACUGUCACUGGCCUGGCAGAGAAUGAGAAAUAUGAAUUCAGAGUUAUUGCAAGAAAUGCAGCUGGAGUCUUCAGCGAGCCAUCUGACAGCUCUGGACCUAUUACUGCUACUGAUGAAAUUGAACCACCAAGGGCCUCAAUGGAUCCCAAAUACAAAGAUGUUAUUGUUGUCAAUGCUGGAGAACACUUGCUUCUUGAUGCAGACAUCCAUGGAAAACCAAUUCCUGAGGUUGUUUGGCUAAAAGAGGGCAAGGAAAUGGAAAAAGCCCUGCGUAUUGAAGUGAAAACUACACAGAAACGUGCAGCCAUUACCAUUAAGGAUGUAACCAAGCUUGAUGGUGGCCACUACGACCUUGUCCUAAAAAAUCUGGGUGGUACAAAAACCUUCCCUAUCACUGUCAAAGUCCUUGAUAAACCAGGUCCACCCACUGGACCAAUGAAAGUGACAGGAAUCAUGGCUGACAGGUGCGUCCUUGCCUGGUCUGAACCAGCUCUAGAUGGUGGAUCUAGUAUCACUCACUAUGUCUUAGAGAAGAGAGAGACUAGCCGGUUGUCCUGGACAGUGGCUACACCAAAUAUCAAGGGUCUGUUCUAUAAAGUAACAAAUUUGCUCCCUGCAAAUGAAUAUAUUUUCAGAGUCAGGGCUGUCAACAAAUAUGGUGCCGGUGAUUGUCUCGAGAGUGAACCCAUCAUCGCACGCAAUCCCUACAAGCCACCUUCAGCUCCUGGAACUCCAGAAGCAAGUCAGAUCACAAAGGACUCUAUGGUUCUGUCAUGGACUGCUCCAGAACAGACUGGUGGAGCUGACAUUGAAGGCUAUCACCUUGAAAAACGUGACAAAGAUAGUGUAAGGUGGACAAAAUGCAACAGACAAAAGCUGACUGACAACCACUUUAAGGUCACAGGUCUGAUGACAGACCACUUCUAUGAGUUCCGUGUUGCUGCUGAGAAUGAGGCUGGAAUGGGAGACCUUAGUGAGUUGUCCCUAUUCUACAGAGCAUGUGAUGCCACAACACCACCUGGACCCCCACGCCAUCCUAAGGUAACAGACUGCACAAAGUCUUCUGUAUCUUUGUCCUGGGGCAAACCUGCUUUUGACGGUGGUGCCUACAUAAAAGGCUACAUCGUUGAAAUGAGGGAGUAUACACCAUUGCCUGAAUCAACAGAGGAGGCAGAAGUAGCACCAGCAGUUGAGGCACCAGUCGAAAAAGAAUGGACCAUGUGCACUCCACCCACUGGCAUUCAAGCCACUAAACUCACUAUCACAGAUCUCAAGGAGGGUGGAGAGUACCAGUUCCGGGUCUGUGCCAUCAACUCUGAGGGAGUGGGAGAGGCUGCUAAUAUCCACAGCCCUGUGGUUAUUUCUGACAGGGUAGAAGCACCAGAGAUUGAGCUGGAUGCUGAUCUCAGAAAGGUGGUUUCUGUGCGUGCUGGUGGAACACUGCGUCUGUUUGUCACUAUCAGAGGAAAGCCUGAACCUGCUGUGAAAUGGGAGAAGGUUGAGGGUACUCUCACAGAGCGUGCUGCAAUUGAUACCACCAGUUCAUACACCAUGCUUGUCAUUGACAAUGUUAAUCGCUUUGAUAGUGGCAAAUACUCACUAACACUGGAGAACAGCAGUGGUUCAAAAACCGCUAUUGUUGCAGUGAGAAUUUUGGAUACACCAAGUGCACCACAAAACUUUUCUGUGAAGGAAAUCAAGAAGGAUUCAGUGACUCUUGCCUGGGACACACCACUAACUGAUGGUGGUUCUAAAAUCACAAACUACAUUGUAGAGAAGAGAGAGUCUGUCAGGAAGGCAUAUACAACUGUCACCAGCAACUGCUUAGCUAACUCAUUCAAGAUUGAAGAGCUGCCUGAGGGUGGUAACUUUUACUUCAGAGUCUGUGCUGUUAAUCAAUAUGGCCAGGGACAGAUGGUUGAAACCAAAGAAGUCAAAGUGUCUGAGGUACCACUGCCACCAAACAAGGUUAGCCUUGUAGAUUUGACAAAGACCAGCGUGUCAUUGGCAUGGGAAAAACCUGCUCAUGAUGGUGGAAGCAAAGUAAUGUGCUAUAAUGUAGAAUUUAUGCCUAAGAAGGGAGAUAAAUGGGGCACAGCCUGCACAGUGAAGGUGACUGAAGCCACUAUUCCUAAUCUGACCCCCAAUGAAGCCUAUUUAUUCAGAGUUAUUGCAAUCAAUGAGAAGGGAAAGAGUGACCCAAAGGACCUUGGCUUACCAGUGGUUGCAAAGGAUGUUGAAAUUGAACCAUCUGUCAACUUACUGUUCACUACAUACAGUGUGAAGGCUGGAGAUGACCUCACUCUUGAGGUUCCAGUGAGAGGCAGACCAAAGCCUGUUGUAUCUUGGAAGAAGGAUGGCCUUCCAUUGAAGCAAACGUCAUCAGUGACCAUCGUAAACACUGCAACCUCAGCCAAAAUUGUCAUCAAAGAGGCUGCCAGAGAACAUGUUGGCAAGUAUGAGAUCACCCUGGCCAACACAGCAGGAACUGUCACAGCAGAUAUUGGAGUUGUUGUCCUUGAUAAACCAGGUGCGCCUAAAGGUGUUAAGGUGGAUUCUGUGACAUCAGACAGCAUCACACUGUCCUGGUCUCCACCUGAUUAUGAUGGUGGCUGCUCCAUCAGUAACUAUAUUGUGGAGAAGAGAGACACAAACACACAAGAAUGGCAGAUGGUAGCAAGUAAUGUUGCCAGAACAUCAUUCAAGGCUGGCCGCCUCACACAUGGAGCAGAAUACCAAUUCCGUAUAUAUGCAGUCAACCGUUAUGGAAAGAGUGCAUAUCUGGAUUCACCUGGAAUAACUGCUCAGUAUAACUUCAGACAACCUGGACCUCCUUCCACACCUAUAGUGAAAUUGGCCACCAAGUCUUUCAUGUUGGUGACUUGGAAUGAGCCAGUCAUGGAUGGUGGUAGUCCUGUUCUGGGCUACCAUCUGGAGAGGAAGGAGCGUUCCAGCAUUCUUUGGACAAAGAUGAACAGAGGAAUGAUCAAAGACACAGAAUACAAAGUCAAUGGAAUUGAAGAGGGCAUGAUGUAUGAAUACCGUGUCUAUGCUGAAAAUAUUGCUGGUAUUGGUAAAUGCAGCAAGGCCUGUGAAGCUGUAUUAGCUAGAGAUCCAUGUGAUCCUCCAGGCACACCUGUGGUCACUGCCAUUACCAGAACAUCUGUCUCUUUGUCGUGGGAUAAACCAGAGUAUGAUGGUGGAGCAAAGGUUUCUGGCUACGUCAUUGAACGCAGAGACCUUCCUGAAGGACGAUGGACAAGGUGCAACUUCACUAAUGUUCCUGAAACCUAUUAUGAAGCAACAGGCCUUGUAGAAAACAACCAGUAUGACUUCCGUGUAAUUGCUAAGAAUGCAGCUGGAUUGUUCAGUCAACCAUCUUACAACACUGGCCCCAUCACUGUCAAGGAUGAUGUGGAUCCACCACGCAUCAUGAUGGAUGUUAAGUUUAGAGAGACGGUGCUUGUGAAAGCAGGUGAAACUCUGAAGAUUAAUGCUGACUUUGCUGGACGUCCUGCCCCUGUCAUUUCCUGGACCAAGGAUGGAAAAGAAAUUGAACAGAGAGCCAGAAUCCAGAUUGUUUCAACAGAUACCUGCACGUCUGUCAUUGUGAAGGACUGCAUCAGAAAAGAUUCUGGACAGUAUGCACUGACUCUACAGAAUAUUGGGGGAACAGUAACAGCGCCAAUAAACUGUGUGAUUCUAGAUAAGCCAGGACCCCCAGCAGGACCGCUGCAGAUGGCAGGUCUCACAGCUGAGGCAUGCACUCUGUCAUGGGGUCCUCCUCAGGAGUCAGGUGGUGCUGACAUUACACAUUAUCUUGUUGAGAAACGUGAAACCAGCCGACUGGCAUGGACAGUGGUGAAGGGAGAUGUCACAAAAACCUUCCUCAAAGUAACAGGACUGCUCAAGGGCAACGAAUAUAUCUUCAGGGUUUUAGCUGUCAACAAGCAUGGACUUGGUGAGGCUCUGGAGAGUGAUGCUGUAAAGAUUACAGAUCCAUACACUAUUGCCACUGCUCCAACAAAUGUGGAUGUUACCACCAUAACUGGAGAUUCAAUGACCCUGAGUUGGUGCAAGCCAGCCAGUGAUGGAGGCAGCCCCAUCGUUGGAUAUGUGAUUGAGCGCCGUGAGAAAACAGGUAUGCGCUGGGUUCGUGUGAACAGAGAUCCAGUUGUUGAAUGUACAACAGUUGUAACCAAACUGCGCAAGGGCUGUGAGUAUGACUUCCGAGUCUUUGCUGAAAAUGCUGCUGGUCUGAGUCCUGCAAGUGAACGAUCUGCAACAUUCAGAGCAGCAGAUCCUCUGGUUGCUCCUUCUCGCCCAACCAAGCCAAAGAUUGUCAGUUCCACCAAGGACAGUGUGUCCAUUGUCUGGAAACCACCAACAAGUGACGGUGGUGCUCCCAUCCUUGGAUACAGUGUAGAAUACAGAGACUACAUCCACAAACCAGGGCCGGAGAUUGAGGGAGAAGAGGAAGAAUAUUAUGAGGAGGAGGAAGAGGAGGUGCCUGAAUCACCCGAAGAGCUAGCAAGAUGGGUUGAAGCUAUCCCUCUUACCAAAAGCUUAGAAUUCACAAUCACUGGACUAAAGGCAGAUGCAGAAUAUGAAUUCUGUGUCAAGGCAACAAACAAAGUUGGCAGCAGUAUGCGUAGCCCAUAUUCAGAUGCAGGUGCAGCAAUGGACAGAACUGCAGAACCAUCAUUUGAUGUUGAUAUUGAGAUGCGAAAAGUUCUUACUGUCAAGCACAGCACAGCAUUUACUCUCAAUGUACCAUUCAGGGGCAAUCCUGUGCCCUCAGUGGUAUGGGCCAAAGAGGGUGUUGAUCUAAAGGUCAGAGGAACCAUUGAAUCAACAGAAAAAAACACUUCACUUACCAUUGAGAAGUCAACCAGAAAUGACUCUGGAGAGUACUGCGUCACUAUUGAAUCACCUUUGGGAAAAGCAACAUUACCUGUUGUUGUCAAGGUGCUUGAUUCUCCUGGACCUCCAGUCAAUGUCAAAGUUUCAGCAGUAACCAGGGAUUCUGCAACCCUCACUUGGGAAGUUCCAGAGAAUGAUGGUGGUGAUGCAGUCAAGGCCUACCAUGUUGAAAAACGUGAGGCCAGUAAGAAGGCCUGGGUGUCUGUGACCAGCAACUGCCACGCACUCACUUACAAGGUGGAAGACUUGCAGGAGGGAGCCACGUAUUACUUCAGAGUGAUUGGAGAAAAUGAGCAUGGAGUGGGUGUCCCGCAGGAGGCCAAGGCUGGAACAAAGAUCACAGAGGUACCAAGUCCACCAAUGAAACUUGGAGUUUCAAAUGUUACCAAGGACAGUGUUACAAUUACCUGGACAAGACCAGAAUACGAUGGCGGUAGCAGAGUCACUGGUUACCUUAUCGAUGCCAAGGAGAAGGGACAGACCAAGUGGGUGAAGUGUGCCACUGUCAGGACCAUGACCCACACAAUCAAAAGCUUGAGGGAGUGUGCCGAGUACUACUUUAGAGUCCGUGCCGAGAACCAUGCUGGACUCAGCGAACCGAAGGAGAUGAUUGUACCUGUUAUUGUCAAGGAAAUACACGAGGCUCCAGAGUUUGACCUGAAGAACUACCCCAAAAAUACUGUUUAUGUGAAGGCAGGAUCGGACCUGACCUUUGAAAUUCCUCUCACUGGCAGGCCCAUGCCUAAGGUGACAAUGUCAAAGAACAAUGUUGUCAUUAAGGGAUCCAAAAGGCUGCUAACAGAAGUAACUCCAGACAGUUUAAUCAUCACCCUUACUGAAAGCAUUUCAAGUGAUGCUGGCAAGUAUGAAGUCACUGCCUCAAAUGCAGGAGGUACCACCAAGAUCCCAGUUAUUUUCGUUGUGCUGGCCAAACCUGGACCUCCAAUUGGUCCAGUCGAGGUCGGAGAGGUCGGAGAGACCACAGUAUGUCUGAAAUGGGGUUCUCCAGAGUAUGAUGGCGGCAGUCCUGUUACCAACUACAUAGUUCUGAAACGUGAAACCAGCACUCCUACCUGGGCAGAGGUGUCAACUAGCAUUGCCAGAAGCUCAAUCAAAGUGACCAAGCUGACCAAAGGAGAAGAGUAUCAGUUCAGAAUCAAGGCUGUGAAUCGCUAUGGUGUCAGUGACCAUAUUGACAGCAAACCAGUCAUGAUAAAGCUUCCAUACACCAUCCCUGGACCUCCAUCCACACCAUGGCUCAGCUUUGUGUCUAGAGAAAGUCUGACAGUCUGCUGGAAUGAGCCUGUCAAUGAUGGCGGGAACCCUGUGAUUGGAUACCAUCUCCAGAUGAAGGAGAGGAGCAGCAUCCUCUGGCAGAAGAUCAAUAAGACAGCAAUCACAGGAAACCAGUGGCGAGUCACAAACAUCUGCCCUGGCCUCAUCUAUGAAUUCAAGGUGGCAGCUGAAAAUGCUGCUGGCAUUGGAAAGAUGAGCAAGACCUCUGAAGAGGUGCUCGCUAUUGAUGCCUGUGAGCCCCCAGCAAACGUCCACAUCACAGAAGUUACCAAGAACUCAGUCAGCCUGGCCUGGCAGAGGCCUCCAUACGAUGGUGGCAGCAAGAUUACUGGCUACAAUGUGGAGAGGAGGGAAGCUCCCAGUGGCAGAUGGGUGAAGGCCAACUUCACAAACAUCAUUGAGCUGGGCUUUACUGUAUCUGGACUGAACCAGGAUGAGUCUUAUGAGUUUAGAGUAUACGCCAAGAAUGCUGUGGGGUCUGUCAGCAACCCAUCUCUGAUUGCUGGCCCAGUCACUUGUGUCGACGCAUGUGGUGCCCCAGCCAUUGACCUUCCCCCAGAGUAUCUGGAUGUGGUUCAGUACAAGGCUGGUUCUUCAGUUAAGCUUAGAGUCGGGAUCAUUGCCAAGCCUCUGCCAACAAUUGAGUGGCUCAAGGAUGGAAAGGAGCUGGUACCAACCUCCACUCUGUCUGUUGAAAGCACAACUGACUCUUCUGCUGUUCUGAUCAAGGAUGCAUCUCGCCUGGACACCGGUUCAUAUGAGGUCAAGAUCAAGAAUGUCCUGGGCUCAGCAUCUGCAACCAUCAGGAUUGAAAUCCUAGACAAACCUGGACCCCCAGUGGGUAACAUCAACUUCAACUCCAUCACAGCAGACAGGAUCAUCUUCAGCUGGGAGCCUGUGCCUGAGUCUGACCAGGGAGGUUUCAAGGUGACCCACUACAUUGUUGAGAGGCGUGAAACCAGCCGAGUGGUCUGGACUACAAUUUCAGAUAGGCACGAGAAGACCCACAUCACAGCCAGCAAGCUGAUGCGUGGAAAUGAGUAUGUGUUCCGCGUAAUGGGUGUUAAUAAGUUUGGAGCUGGAGAGCCACUGGUGUCGGAGCCGGUAAUUGCUAAGAAUGCCUUUGUAACUCCUGGACAGCCUCAUACUCCUGAGGUGAACAUCAUCACCAAGUCCACCAUGGUGGUAGAAUGGGACAAACCAGGUGUAGAUGGAGGUAGCACUGUGACAGGCUACUAUCUGGAGAGGCGCGAUAAGAAGAGUUUGCGCUGGAUCAGAGUUUACAAAGACCCUAUCACAGACAUCAAAACGACCGUCUACCAUCUGACAGAAGGAAACGAGUACCAGUAUCGCGUCUGUGCCAUUAACAAGGCUGGAGAGGGACCGUUCUCUGAUGCAUCCGACUACUACAAGGCUGCUAACCCAGUUGAUCCACCUGAUGAGCCUUGUAAGCUGAAGGUGGUGGACUCCACCAAGACAUCCAUUACCUUGGGCUGGUCAAAGCCAGAAUGGGAUGGAGGCAGUGAGGUCAUCAGCUACAUGGUGGAGAAGCUUGUUGAGGGAGAGAAAGAAUGGGCUAUGAUUACCUCAAAGGGAGAGGUCAAGACUACAGAGUACAUAGUUCACAACCUAAAACCAGACGUUAACUACUUCUUAAGAGUCUCUGCAGUCAACUGUGCUGGCCGUGGAGAGCCUCUGGAAAUGACUGAGCCUGUGCAAGCCAAGGAUAUCCUGGAGGAGGCCCAGAUUGACUCCGAUGUUGCCAUGAGAACUCACUAUAUCGUGAAGGCUGGCAAAGAUGUGGAGCUCUCUGUUCCUCUGAGGGGCAGACCAGCUCCCACAGCUUCCUGGAGUAGGGGAGAAGAAUGCAUCGAUCGUGACCCCAAAUAUGAGUUCCACCACUCAGACACUACCACAGUCCUUGUUAUGCGCGAGGUGACCAGGCUUGACACCGGAAAGUAUACCGUGAAGAUAGAGAACGGUGUGGGAGAGCCAAAGACACUAACUUUGUCUGUGAAGGUCCAGGAUACCCCAGCUCAGUGCAGGAACCUGGUCCUAAAGGAUGUGACUCGUGGAAAGGUCACUCUCUGCUGGGAGCCUCCACUCCUCGAUGGUGGUGCUGAGAUCACAAACUACAUUGUUGAGAAGAGGGACUCCUCCAAGAGAUCCUAUUCUGCAGUGACAAGCAAAUGCACAGACACAACAUACACCAUUGAGGACCUCUCAGAGAAGACAUCCUAUUUCUUCCGUGUGUUAGCAGAGAAUGAGAAUGGUGUCGGUGAUCCAUGUGAAACACUUGAGCCUUUGAAGGCCACAGAGACACCAGGACCAGUCAAAGAGAUUUCUAUGAAGGAUUCGUCCAAGACUUCUGUCACUUUGCAGUGGCUGAAGCCAGAUUACGAUGGUGGUAGCAUCAUCUCUGACUAUGUCAUUGAGAAGAAGAUCAAGGGCGAGGAAUGGUCAUUGGGAGGAACCAGCAGACAGUGUGAGUUUGAGGUCAAGAAACUCAAGGAGCACUCAGACACAUUCUUCAGAGUUGCUGCCAGAAACGAGAAAGGACAGGGCGACUUUGUUGAGACUGGGCCUAUCAAGGUCAUUGACUACAUUAUAACACCUGAGGCAAAUCUUUCAGAGUACCCGAAUGGCUGCGUCAAUGUUCGUCUGGGUCACAAUGUACACAUUGAGCUGCCAUACAAAGGUAAACCCAAACCCUCUGUCAGUUGGCUGAAGGACAGCCUGCCUCUGAAGGAGAGUGACCAAAUCCGAUUCAAGACGACAGAAAACAAAGCCACUUUAAUGAUUAAGAAUGUGAAGAAGGAAAAUGAGGGUAAAUACACCCUGACCCUUGACAAUAAGGUCAACAGGAGAUCCUCCCACAUCCAUGUCAUCACGCUUGGACCACCAUCAAAGCCUGUUGGACCCAUCCGCCUGGAUGAAGUGAGAGCUGAGAGCAUCAUGAUUUCCUGGGAUGAACCCAAUGAUGACGGUGGUGGAGACAUCAACUGCUACAGUGUCGAGAAGCGUGACACCUCCCAGACUGUAUGGAAGAUGGUGUGCUCGAGUGUAACGGAUACUCAGUUCAAGGUCCCCAACCUGAUCAAGGGUGUUCAGUAUCAAUUCAGAGUGUGUGCUGAGAACAGAUACGGUGUCAGCGAGCCUUUGGUCUCUCAGAUGGUCAUUGCCAAGCACCAAUUCAGGCCUCCAGGCCCACCAGGCAAGCCUGUCGUAUACAAUGUCACUAGUGAUGGCAUGACCAUCCAGUGGGAGAAUCCCAUUUAUGAUGGUGGUACCCCCAUUCAGGGUUUCCAUGUGGAGAAGAAGGAAAAGAACAGCAUCAUGUGGCAAAAGGUCAACACUAUGCUGAUCAAAGAAACUGAUUACAGGAUCUUGGACCUCAUUGAAGGCCUCGAGUACUCCUUUAGAGUCUAUGCCCAGAAUGAUGCUGGCUUCAGCCGAAUGAGUGAUGAGAGCAAGUCAACCAUGGCAGUCAGUCCUGUUGAUGCUCCUGGCCAGCCAGACUACAUUGAUGUGACUAGUGACUCAGUGACACUGAAAUGGGAUGCCCCCAAACAUGAUGGUGGUAGCAAGAUUACCAGCUACAGCAUUGAGAAACGCCAAGGACAUGGCCGCUGGUUCAAGGCCAAUUUGACGGAUGUACAUGAGUGCCAACACACUGUGACUGGGUUGGCAACAAAUGAACGCUACGAGUUCAGAGUGACUGCCAGAAAUGCCAUUGGUGUUGUCAGUCCUCCCUCCAACUCCUCUGGUUUUAUUGCGGUCAGAAGUGAGAACGCUGCUCCAAUUAUUGAGUUUGGCCCAGAGUACUUUGAGGGUUUGACAAUCAAGGCAGGAGACCACAUCAGGUUGAAAGCGACCAUCACUGGACGCCCUGUUCCAAAGGUUGUCUGGUUCAGAGACGGUGUGGAGGUUACUAAAAAGAUGAUGGACAUUAUCACUAUAGCUGGAUCCAGUACCCUGUUUGUCAGAGACGCUGAUCGCACACACCGCGGCCUCUACACUGUUGAGGCUACCAAUGGAUCUGGAAGCAAGAAGCAGGACAUCCUUAUUCAAGUCCAAGACACACCUGGAGAGCCAGUAGGACCCAUCACUUUCAGCAACAUCUCUGAGGGUAAGUGCACCCUGUCUUGGAACCCACCUGAUAAUGAUGGCUGCUCGGAGAUUUCACAUUACAUCAUCGAGAAGCGCGAGACCGCCAAGAUCUCCUGGGCUUUGGUGUCUGACGAAUGUAAGGAGUGCACUUUCAACGCAGCUAAGCUCAUCAAGACCAAUGAGUACCAGUUCAGGGUCUCUGCUGCUAAUAAGUUUGGAGUUGGCAGACCUUUGGAAUCCAGCCCCAUCAUUGCACAGAUGCAAUACACUACUCCUGAUGCUCCAGGUACUCCUGAUGCCACUGAGGUGACAGGAGAGAGCAUCACUCUGUCCUGGACUCCUCCAACAUCUGACGGAGGAAACCCCAUUCAGUAUUACAUUCUUGAGAAACGAGAAAAGAAGACUGUCAAGUUCUAUAAGGUGAUGACCAAGAAGCCCAUCAUCGAAUGUGCUCAUAGGGUGCCUAGUUUGACAGAGGAUAUGGAAUACGAGUUCCGUGUCAUGGCUGUGAAUGACGCUGGUGUUGGAGCGCCAAGCAACAUCUCUCUACCUAUCAAAGCCGCCGAGCCAAAGGACAUUCCUUGUGCUCCAUCUGUGGUUUGCGUGUAUGAUUCCACAAAUACCUCCAUCAGCCUGGAAUGGUCCAGGCCUGCAGACGACGGAGGCAUGGAGGUUCUGGGCUACAUCAUUGAGAUGGUGAAGGGAGAGGAGACAGAAUGGAAGAGAGUAAAUGAGGAGCUUGUGCCAGUAACGAAUUACAUGGUGACUGGUCUGCAAACAGGAGCUGAGUACAAAUUCCGUGUCGCAGCUGUCAAUCAAGUGGGUAGAGGUGAGAACCAGGAGACUUCAGAGCCUGCUCAGGCUGUAGACAGGCUAACACCGCCACAAGUGGAUAUUGACGCCACCUUCAAGCAGACACACAUUGUCAAGGCUGGAGGCUCAGUGUGCUUGGGCAUCCACUUCAGAGGAAAGCCAGUUCCUACUGCCACCUGGGUUAAGGAAGAGGGACAGCUGGGUGUCAUGUCUGAAGUCAUAACUACAGAGGGCUACAGUUCUCUAAGCAUUGAAAACUGCUCCAGAAAUGAUUCAGGCAAAUAUACUGUUACUCUGGAGAAUUCUAGUGGCAGCAAGACCAUUACAUUCACUGUUAAAGUGAUGGACACUCCUGGACCUCCACAGGUUGUUGCCUUCAAGGAGGUGUCCAGAGGCACAGUCACACUUACCUGGGAGCCUCCUGUCAAUGACGGUGGUGCCAGAAUUCAUCACUAUAUUGUUGAGAGGCGUGAAGCUAGCCGCCGCACUUGGCAGCAGUCUGGUGGCAAGUGCACAAAGAAUUUCCUGAAGAUCCAGGACCUGCUGGAGGGAGUGCCAUACUUCUUCAGAGUCUUGGCUGAGAACCAGCACGGUGUAGGUGAACCAUUCGAGUUCACUGAGCCUGUCAUUGCCACCGCAGAGCCAGCAUCUCCAAAGAGAAUGGACAUCCUGGACACCACAGAUAGUUCUGUGUCACUGGGCUGGCUGAAACCAGAGCAUGAUGGCGGUAGCCGCAUCCAAGGUUAUGUCAUUGAGGCUAAGCCAAAGGGUGCAGACAAAUGGGUAGUGGUUGGCAACACCACCACUCUCACUUAUGUGGUUGAAAAGCUCAACAAGGGUGAUGAAUAUGACUUCCGUGUGAAGGCCAAGAAUGAAUCUGGCUACAGCAAGCCCAGGGAAACUCUGGCUAGUGUGCUGGUCAAAGAGCCUCACAUUGAGCCUGCUGCUGACCUCAGUGAGAUUACCAAUCAGCUCAUCAUAUGCAGGUCUGGCAGUACCUUUACCAUCGAUGUUCCCAUCAGUGGUAGACCUGCUCCUAAGGUAACCUGGAAGCUGGAAGAGAUGAGACUAAAGAAUACAGACAGAGUGUCCAUCAAAGUAACUAAGGACAGAACCAGCAUCUCAGUCAAGGAGGCCAUGAGAGGAGAUGGUGGUAAAUACUACCUGACUCUGGAGAACGUGGCAGGAACCAGGACCUUCACUGUUGAAGUUAAUGUCACAGGUAGACCCAGUCCUCCAACAGGACCCAUCGAAAUUUCAUCCAUCACCUCAGUGUCCUGUGUCCUUAACUGGCAACCACCAGAGGAUGAUGGUGGCACUGACAUCACCAACUAUAUCGUGGAGAAGCGUGAGUCUGGCUCCACGGCCUGGCAGCUGAUUAACUCCAGCGUAAGAGGAACAUCUCUUGAUGUCAGUCACCUGACUAAGUACAUGCAGUACACAUUCAGGGUCUCUGCAGAGAACAGAUUUGGUGUCAGCAAGUCCACUGAGUCUAAGACAAUUGUCGCAGAGCAUCCAUUCACACCUCCUGGCCCACCAACAAAGCCUUCGGCGUCUAACAUCACUGCCAACGCACUGACCCUGAAAUGGGAGGAACCUUACCAUGAUGGUGGAAGCAAGGUGACAGGAUACUGGAUCGAGAAGAAGGAGAGGAACAAUAUCCUGUGGGUGAGGGAGAACAAGAUCCCUUGCUUUGAGUGCUACUAUAGGGCGGAAGGUCUUGUUGAAGGCCUGGAGUACCAGUUCAGGGUUUAUGCCAUGAACAGUGCUGGUCUGAGCAAAGCCAGUGAAGCCUCCAAGGGAGCAGUUGCUCAAAACCCAGUUGAUCCACCAAGCAAGCCAGAAGUCACAAACGUUACAAGAACCACCGUAUCCCUCAAAUGGUCAUCUCCACUGUAUGAUGGUGGCAGUCCCAUUGUGGGCUACAUCAUCGAGCGUAAGCCAUACACUUUGACUGGUGAGGGCCGCUGGCUCAAGUGUAACUACACCAAUGUGAUAGACACUUUCUACACUGUUACUGCCCUGGGAGAGGGAGAGCCCUAUGAGUUCAGAGUCAUCGCCAAGAAUGCCAACCAGGUCUUCAGCAUUCCCUCAGACUCCACUGGCUCUGUGCAGUGCAAGACUGACUUCGAGCCUCCAAAGGCCCAGCUGGACAGUAAACUUAUGUCUGAAACCGUCAUGGUCAGAGCUGGUUCAGACCUGGUUCUGGAUGCUGCAGUGGGAGGCAGGCCUGACCCCAAGGCUGCCUGGUCAAAGGGUAAUAAGGAUCUGGAGUUGUGUGAAAAGUACCACCUGCAGUACACCCCCACCAGAGCCAUGGCCAUCAUCAAGUUCUGUGACAGAGAUGACACUGGAAAGUACAUCCUCACAGUCAGGAAUGUAAGCGGAACCAAGACUGCUGAGGUUAACGUCAAAGUACUUGACACCCCUGGAGUAUGUGAAGGCCCCAUUGAGAUCAGCAAGAUCACAGAGGAGUCAUGCACACUGAGCUGGAAGCCUCCUCUUGAGGAUGGCGGUGACGAUGUCUCCCACUAUAUUGUGGAGAGACGCGACACCAACAGACUCAACUGGGUCAUCAUGCAGGCUGAGUGCAAGGAGCUGACCUGCAACAUCACCGGACUUUUCAAGAACACAGAGUACCUGUUCAGAGUCCGGGGUGUCAACAAGUAUGGAGAAGGAGUUCCCCUGCAGUCAGAUCCCAUGGUUGCAAGAAACACUUUCACCGUGCCAACUCCGCCUGGUGCUCCAGAGAUCCUGGUGUCAGGAAGGGACUUUGCCACCAUCGAGUGGCUGAAGCCAGAGAGUGACGGUGGCAGUCCACUGAUCCACUACCUGGUGGAGAGGCGCGAGAGAAAGAGUGCCCGCUGGGUGAAGGUGAACAGGGAUGGAGCUCAUCUGGACACCACAUUGAAGGUGGGCAGUUUGACCGAAGGCAACAUCUACCAGUUCAGAGUGACAGCCAUCAAUAAGGCCGGAGAGAGCGAAGCCAGCGAGGUUUCUCUGUAUGUUGUCUGCAGAGUGCCAACAUGCACUCCUGCUCCUCCUUCCAUCCCCCGUAUCACCGACACCCACGCUGACAGCAUCAGCCUGACCUGGUCCCGCCCUGUGGAUGACGGGGGAUCUGAUGUGAUAGGCUACAUCCUGGAGAUGCUGGAAGCUGGGGGAGAGGAAUGGAAGAAGGCCCACGAAAAGACCUUGCGUGCUACAGAAUACACCGUGACUGGACUUUCUGCAGGCAAGAAGUACUGCUUCAGAGUGGCUGGCAUCAAUAUCAAUGGCACAGGAGACUUCAGUGAACCUUGUGCUGAGACAGAGCCUGUGGAGAGAAUUGAAACUCCGGACUUUGAGCUCCAUGAUGACCUGAAGAAGACCAUCUGCCUGCGCGCUGGUGGAUCCCUCCGCCUGUUUGUUAACGUCACCGGUCGUCCCGCUCCUGCCAUCACUUGGAGCAAGCCUGGUGUCGACCUCCAUAACAGAGGAUUCAUUGAUGUCACCAGCACGUCCACCACACUUAUCAUUGAUAGGGUCCACCGCUACGACGCUGGCAAGUACACGUUGGUGGCUGAGAACUCUGCCGGCAAGCAGGAAGUCAACAUUCUGGUUAAGGUCUAUGAUACUCCUGGACCAGCUGGAGCAAUCAAGAUAAAGGAGCUGACCAAAGAGUCUGCAACCAUUUCUUGGGAAGCCCCAACCGUGGAUGGUGGCGCUCCUGUCAACAACUACAUCAUUGAGAGGCGUGAGGCCUCAAUGAGAGCCUACAAGACUGUCACUUCCAAGUGCAGUAAGACAUCUUAUAAGAUUGACAACCUGAUGGAGGGCAUGCUGUACUACUUCCGGGUUCUCCCUGAGAACAUCUAUGGCAUUGGUGAGCCAUGCGAGACUCCUGAUGUCAUUCUGGUUUGCGAAGUGCCUCUGCCACCACAUAAACUGGAGAUGAUCGACGUCACCAAGACCACCGUCACCCUGGGCUGGGAAAAGCCUGAGCAUGAUGGUGGCAGCAGACUGCAGGGCUAUGUCAUUGAAGCCUGCAAGUUUGGAACAGACAAGUGGAUGAAGGUGGCCACGCUGAAGACCACAGACUUCGAGCACACCAUCGAGAAGCUGAAUGAGGGCGAGCAAUACUUGUUCAGAAUCAGGGCACUCAACAGCAGAGGAGCCAGCGAGCCCAAAGAGCUUGUUACGGCCGUCACUGUACAAGAACAGAGAGUAAUGCCUGUGGUGGACUUCUCCAGUAUUCCUCAGAAGGUUGUCAAUGUCCUUGCUAGCAAGACUCUGGAAUUGGACCUACCCAUCAUCGGCCGCCCUCCUCCCGUCUGUUCCUGGUACUUCAGUGAUAACAAGAUCAAAAUCACAGAGCGUGUUAAGAUCAAGAGCACUGGCAAGUUUUCCAAACUGACUAUCUCUGACACCACUAUCAACGACACUGGUGACUACACUCUGGAGGUGAAGAAUGCUGUUGGUGUUAUCACCGAGGUCAUCAAGGUCAUCAUCCUCUCUAAACCUGAUGAACCACAGGGACCCAUCAGGUUUGAUGAGAUUGAUGCUACCACUGUCAGCUGCAGCUGGGAUCCUCCAGUCAGAGAUGGUGGAGCUCCCAUCAGUGGCUACGUGGUGGAGCAGCGUGAUGCCCACAGACCCGGGUGGGUGCCUGUCUGUGAAUCUGUUAGCCGACCAACCUUCAAAUUUGGGAACCUGAUUGAGGGAGAUGAGUACGUCUUCCGUGCAGCUGCCAUUAAUCGUUAUGGCACUGGAGAGUUCCUGCAAUCUGAGAUUGUCACCUGUAGAAGCAUGAAGAAUGUUCCUGGACCUCCUGGCCGUCCAACCAUCUUUGAUGUUUCACGUGAUGGCAUGACCGUGGCUUGGAACCCACCAGAUGAAGAUGGUGGCCUUGAGGUUUCUGGAUACAUCAUCGAGCGCAAAGAAGUAAGGUCUGACAGAUGGGUGCGUGCCAACAAGAAUCCUGUGACCAUGACCAGAUAUAGGUCCACUGAUCUGAUUGAGGGCCUGGAGUAUGAACACAGAAUAACAGCCAUUAAUGCAAGAGGAGUGGGCAAACCAAGUCUGCUGUCCAAACCAGCAGUGGCAACAGAUCCCAUUGAUCCACCUGGCUGCCCUCAGAACCCAAGGAUCACCGAUACUACCAAAUCCUCUGUCUCACUGGCUUGGAGUCCUCCUGAUGAAGAGGGAGACGCAAGGGUGGACGGUUACCUGAUUGAAAUGCAGAAGGUGGGAACCUUGUCCUGGAUCAAGUGCAACACCUCACCAUCUCUAAUCUGCGAAUACACACUGACCAGAAUGCCACAAGGAGAAGAGUUCAAAUUCCGUGUGAUGGCCUGCAAUGCUGGCGGCUGUGGAGAGCCUGCUGAAGUGCCUGGAACUGUCACUGUGACUGAGAUGCUUGAAUCUCCUGACUAUGACUUGGAACUGAAAUACAAAGAUGUUUACGUGGUGCGUCAUGGAGGCGUGAUUAGACUCUCUGUACCCAUCAAGGGCAAACCUCAUCCAACCUGCAAGUGGUCUAAAGACAGCGGUGAAGUCUCCACCAAGGCUAUGAUUGCCUCCACGGAGGAUACCAGUGAGCUGGUGAUCAAGGGAGCUGAGAGGAGUGACUCUGGUGUGUACGACCUCCUUCUGGAGAAUAAGGUCGGCAGGAAGAAGGCCCAAAUCAAGGUGAAGGUCAUUGGCCGCCCAAGUGCCCCAGAGGGACCAAUGGUCUUUGAGGAGAUACAGGCCAACUCUGUCAAGGUGUCCUGGAAAACGCCCAAGGAUGAUGGUGGUUCGGAGAUCUUGGGUUAUAUUGUAGAAAGACGUGAGGCAGCAAGAAAUGCAUGGUACACAGUGGACUCCAGAGUGACUGACACUCAGCUGGUUGUCAAGGGCCUGAAAGAGGGAACAGAGUACCACUUCAAGGUCACGGCUGAAAACUCCUUCGGUGUCAGUGCCUCCCUGAAAUCAGAACUGCCACUGGUGCCCAAGACUCCUCUCUGUCCCCCUGAGCCUUCAAGUACUCCACCAGAGAUCAUGGAUGUCACAAAGAGCUCUGUGGCACUGGCGUGGUCCAGACCAAAGGACGAUGGUGGUUCUCCCAUCACUGGCUACUUUGUGGAAUACAAGGUGGUGUCCGCUGAGACAUGGUCUCGCCACCAGACCAAGAUCACCUCCACAAUGUUUACUCUGCCAGGACUCACUCCUGAUGCAGACUACCAGUUCCGCAUUGUUGCUGUCAAUGACAUUGGUGAGAGUGAGGCUGGUCCUGUUUCUGACCCAGUCACAUGCAAGGAUCCAUUUGACAAGCCAAGUCAACCAGGUGAGAUCGAUACAGUAAAUGUGACAAACAACUUUAUCACCAUUCGCUGGCAAGUUCCAGAAUGUGAUGGUGGAAAGGAGGUCCUGGGCUACUGGGUGGAGUACAGGAAGUCCACUGAGAGCACCUGGAAGAAGUCCAACAAGCAGAGACUGAAGGAAAAAGAGUUCACUAUGCCCGGACUGGCUGAGGCCACAGAGUACGAGUUCAGAGUGUUUGCUGAGAAUGAGACAGGAAUGAGUAGACCUCGUAGAACUGCCACAUGCAUCAAGACCAAACUGAGUGUUGAAAGUAAACCAGGCCUGAGAAAGGAAAUGGAUGAAGUAACCGCCAAGCUUGGCCAGCCUGCUGUCAUGAAGUGCCAGAUUAUUGGCAGACCUGUUCCUGACAUCAAGUGGUAUCAUGCUGGCAAGGAGAUUGUUGAGUCUCGCAAGUACGAGAUGAGCUCUGACGGCCGCAAUCAUUCGCUGUCCAUCAUGACCGAUCAGCAGGAGGAUGAGGGAGAAUACACCUGCAAGGCCAUCAAUGAUGCUGGAGAAGCCGAAACCACAGGCAUUCUGGUGCUGGAGGCUCCUGCAUCCUUCCACCCUGACUACCCACUUAAGGAAACCUACUACGCCGGCCUGGGAUCCACCUUGCGCAUACACGCAGUCUACAUCGGCCGCCCUGAGCCAAAGAUCAUGUGGCUGCAUGGGGCGAAGACCCUGGAAAACACAGAGGACAUCAGUAUAGAGACCACUGAGCACUACACACACCUAGUGAUCAAGAACGUGCAGCGUAGAGUCCAUGGAGGCAAAUACAGGAUCAGACUGCACAACCACUUCGGCAGGGCGGACACUGCAUUCAAUGUUGAAAUUUAUGACAAACCUGACAUGCCUCAGGGUCCGAUUGUGCUGGAAGCCCUCCUGAAGAACUCUGUCAUCAUCAGCUGGAAGGUUCCCAAGGAUGACGGAGGCAGCAUGAUCACCAACUACAUUGUGGAGAAACGCGAGGACAAGGAGGGUUCUGAGUGGGAACUGGUGUCCUCAUCCAUCAAUGGUACAUCUUGCCGUGUGCCCAACCUCAUUGACAGCGCCGGAUACUUCUUCCGUGUGUAUGCUCAGAACCGUUAUGGCAACAGUGAACCACUGAAACUCACUUCUCCUAUCCUCAUCAAGAGCCAACUGGAGAAACCAUCCCCACCUCUGUCACCAGUUGUUUCUGGAAUCACCAAGGACUCCUGCGUGGUUUCCUGGAAGCCUCCACUCAGCGAUGGCGGCUCCAAGAUCAAGAGCUAUUACCUUGAGAAGAAGCAAAAGAAGGACAAGAAGGAAUGGGGUGAUUGGACUCUGGUGACCACAGACGAGAUCAAACAGACGGUGUUCUCGGUCAAACGUCUAACGGAGGGCGUUGAGUGCAUCUUCCGUGUGAAGUGUGAGAAUCUUGGUGGACAGAGUGACUACAGCGAGGAGACCGCUCCCAUCAUUCCAGCCACAGCCGUUGAGCUCCGUGCUCCUGCCUUCAAGGAAGAGCUGAGGAACAUGAGUGUCAAGUACAAGAGUAAUGCUACCCUCGUGUGCAAGAUCACAGGGCAGCCCAAGCCCGUGAUUAAAUGGUUCAGACGAGGAAAGGAGAUACACUCUGACGGAAAGAAGAUCAAGAUCCAGGAGUUCAAGGGAGGUUACCACCAGCUGGUCAUCACAGAGGCUGAUGAGGAAGACUCCACUGUGUACCAGAUCAGGGCCACCAACCAGGGAGGCUCCAUCUGUGCUACAAUCUCUCUGGAUGUUGAAAUCCCUGCCAAGAUCAACCUGCCAAAGAAUCUGAAGGACAAAGAGGCCAUCCCUGCCCUGCGCGGAGAAGUGGUCAAUAUCAAGAUUCCUUUCAGUGGCAAACCAGAUCCUGUCAUUACAUGGCAGAAAGGACAAGAUCUUAUUGACAGCAAUGGCCACUACCAGGUCAUUGUCACCAGAUCAUUCACUUCUUUGGUGUUCACCAACGGAGUUGAGAAGAAGGAUGCUGGUUUCUACAUUGUCUGUGCAAAGAACAGAUUUGGCAUUGACCAACAGACAGUCGAGUUGGAUGUAGCCGAUGUUCCUGAUCCUCCACGUGGUAUCAAAGCCAGUGACAUCUCGAGAGACUCAGUCACACUGAACUGGGUGGCCCCAGCAAAUGAUGGUGGCAGCAGAGUCAUCAGCUACAUUAUUGAGAAGUGCCCCACCACUGCUGAGAGGUGGCAACGUGUUGCCCAGUCCCGUGACACUCGCUACACCGUCACCAAUCUAUUUGGAGGAACCAGUUAUCAGUUCAGAGUAAUUGCUGAGAACAAGUUUGGACAGAGUGCUCCAUCUGAGACCAGCGGACCUGUGAUGACCAAAGAGGACAAAUCAAGAGUUCUGCUCUAUGACAGGGAGGUUGAUGAUACUGGACGUGUUCAUAAGAGCAAGGCUCCACACUCUGAGGCCAAGAAUAUGCACAACAAAUAUGCCAUUGCAGAGGAAUUGGGCAGAGGUCAGUUUGGCAUUGUCCAUCGCUGUGUAAACAUUACCUCUGAGAAGACUUACAUGGCUAAAUUUGUCAAGGUGAGAGGCGCAGAUCAAGCAAUAGUCAAGAAGGAAAUUGCAACACUGAAUAUGGCCAAACAUGUCAACUUCCUCCUCCUCCGUGAGUCUUUUGACAGCCCUGAGGAGCUGGUGAUGAUCUAUGACUUCAUCUCUGGCGCUGAUAUCUUUGAGCGCCUCAGCACAGCAGAGUUUGAGCUUAAUGAGCAUGAGAUUGUCAACUACAUCAGGCAGAUCUGCUCAGCUCUUGAGUUCUUGCAUGGUGAGAGCUAUGGACACUUUGAUAUCAGGCCUGAGAAUAUUGUAUACACAACCAGAACCAGCUCCAAUGUGAAAAUUAUUGAGUUGGGCCAGGCCAGACACCUGACUCCUGGAGACCAAAUCAAGAUUCAGUAUACCACUGCAGAGUAUGCUGCUCCAGAGAUCCACCAGUGUGACAUGGUUAGCACUGUCACUGACAUGUGGUCAGUUGGUGUCCUUGCCUAUGUGCUUCUGAGUGGACUGAAUCCAUUCACGGCUGAAACUAACCAACAGAUGAUUGACAACAUCUCCAAUGCAGCCUAUAGCUAUGAUGAUGAGUCUUUCAAGCAGGUCAGUGUCGAGGCAUUAGACUUUACUGACCGCCUGAUGACAAAGGAACGUAAACAUCGGAUGACUGCUGCUGAGGCUCUGGCUCAUCCUUGGCUAACCAAGCCAGCAGAGGAGAUCAGCACCAGAGCCAUCCCAACCGGCAGGCACAAGAGAUACUACCAGACAAUGGUGAGGAAAGAGUGGGGCACUGUCGUCUCUGCAGCUCGCGUGGCCAGCGGCGGCUCCAUCAGGUCCCAGCGUGGUGUCUUUGUUGCCAAGGUGAAGAUUGCUCCAUUUGAACACGGUCCUAUUGGAGGACAGAUUGGCCAUGCAGUGGUGAACGAGGGAGACAAUGUGAAAUUCAUUUGCAACAUUGACAACUACGACAGCACUACUGAAGUAACGUGGUACUGUGGUGUUAGGCAGCUUGAGGCUGGUGACAAAUAUGAAAUUGAGUAUGAGGACGGUCUGGCUGUUAUCACCAUCAACAAGGUCACAAGAGCAGAUGAUGGCACUUACAGAUGCAAGAUUGUGAAUGAGUAUGGUGAGGAUAGCGCCUAUGCAGAGCUGUUUAUCAGCGGUGUUAGAUCUUACCGUGACUUCUUCACCACCCGUGUGGUCAAGAGAACAAAGCGCAGAGUUGACACUGCUAGAAUGCUUCAGAAGCCACCAGAGUUCACCCUCCCUCUGGUCAAUCACACAGCCUACAUUGGUGAGGAUGUGCGCUUUGGCGUAACCAUCACCGUUCAUCCUGAGCCUCGUGUCAUCUGGCACAAAUCCGGACAGAAGCUCAUCCCUGGACAUGAUGACAGGAAAUACACAUUCAUCAGCGACAAGGGCCUGUACCAGAUGAUUAUCCACAAAGUUGAGGAUGAGGAUGAUGCUGAGUACAGCGUUGUGGCUCGUAACAGAUAUGGUGAUGACAGCUGCAAGGCUCGUCUGACUGUUGUUCCACGACCUAAACCAGCAGACCUCACCCUGAGGCCCAUGUUCAAACGCCUGCUUGCAAAUGUUGAGUGCAGAGAGGGCCAGAAGGUGCGCUUUGAGAUCAGAGUAUCUGGCCAUCCCACACUGAAGUGGGAGAAGGAUGGCAUGCCUUUAGCCUUUGGACCAUCUAUUGAGGUUGUCCAUGAGGGCCUGGACUACUUCAUUCUUCAUGUGAGAGACACUCUGGUUGAAGACUCUGGUGUGUACAGAGUUACUGCCACUAACUCUGCUGGAUCUGCCAGUUGCCAGGCCACACUCAAAGUAGAACGUGCCGCUCAUGUCAAGAAGGAAUAUGAGAUGAGUGACAAGGAGAAGGAGAAGAUGGCUGGAAAGGAGGAACUUGACAAAAAGGUGAGGCUGUCUCAGAUUCUGUCUGACACCGUAGUUAUGCCUCUACCACCUGCAGCAGUACAAGCUGUCAGGGAGGCAGCCACCAUGUUCAAACCUGCUGUGACGACCAAGAAGGGUGAGAAGACUGAGGCUGAGAUACAGAAAGAAAAAGAGGAGAAGAAGAAGCGUGCAGAUGAGAAGAGGUUGCGUAUGCCCUAUGAUGUGCCCACUCCUCGUGUCAUUAACCCAGCUGUUCUUGAAGAGGAUGUGGAGAUAAAACACUUCCAGCCACUCUCUGACAUGAAAUGGUACAAGAAGCUGCGGGAUCAAUAUGAGUUCCCCGAGCCCAUGGAUAAAAUCAAGCAGAAGAGAAUGAAGCGUAUUCGUCUCUCCAGGUGGGAGCAGUUCUAUGAGGUGCCGAUCAGGGUCAAAGACCAGUACAAGCCGAGGUGGCGUAUCUCAUCCAUGACUCAGGAUGACUUGGAGACUGUGAGGCCUGCAAGGCACCGCACUCCUUCCCCCGAGAUAGACGCCUACCACAGGAUCAGGAGGAGGUCCCUGGGCGACCUGUCAGACGAGGAGCUGCUGCUGCCUGUGAAUGAGUACCUGUCCAUGAAGAAAACUGAGGAGGAGAGGCUUCGUCUGGAGGACGAGCUGGAGCUUGGUUACUCUGCUUCUCCACCUAGCCUAAGCCCAGUUCGCUUCGAGCUGUCUGCCCUGCGUCCCUCAUCUCCCAGAAGAGUUUACAGCGAUGAUGAGGAGGGUGAAGAAGUCCGUAGAUAUGACUCCUACAGAAUUCCAUCCAAAUACGAGGCUGGCCCCAGUUUUGUUGAACUCCGCCAGCGUCAUGACAAAGCAACAUACAAACCCCCAAGACAGAAGCAGAGGGUAUAUGAAGAGAGAGAAGAUCAGGAGCUGCUGCGUCCACACACAACUGUUCAAAGAAUGGCCACUUACAAGAGUGAACUCAAGCGCAUGGAGUUUGAGGAGAAGACCCGAUCCUUGAAAAAGGAAACAACCGUCUCUGUUGCGACGUACUCUGAGGGCGUUGAAUCUGAGCACCUGACAGCUUUUACUGCAGAAUUUAUUCCUAAACCAAUCAAAAAGCUCCCAAAGCCAGAACCUGAGAGGAGGAGGUCUCCUACCCCAGACAAGGCUGCAAAGACCGACGUGACCCUCCCUCGAGUUGACUUUGCUUCCAGGUACGAAGAGAGGAAGCAGGCUCUGAGGUCAGAAAGAAGAUCAGUGGAGAGGAAGAUCGAAGUGGUGACACAGGCUCCCUUCAGCCUCGACCAUACCCCACGCAUUACCAUCAGGAUGCGAUCUCACCGCGUACCCUAUGGCUCCAACACAAGGUUCACCCUGAAUGUCCAGGCCAAACCAGAACCUGAGGUAAAGUGGUUCCACAACGGAAAAGAAAUUCACAAGUCAAGCAAAUACAACAUGACCAACAUCAGCGGGGUUCUGACUCUCAUGAUCAACAACUGUGUGACUGAAGAUGGCGGCACUUACCGUGUCGUCUGCAGGAACACCAAAGGAGAGACUUCAGACUAUGCUACAUUGGAUGUAGCAGGAGCAGAAUACGCUGCCUACUCUUCACUCCGCAGAGACGAGGAGCCUCCAUCCUCCCAUUUGCCAGAGAUGACCAGAACAGAGGUGUAUCACGUCUCGUCUUCCUCCUCUACAAGAACAGUGAUGGAAAGUGUGACUGAAACUAAGAGAGAGACCACUACUGUUGUUGAGAAGCGAAGGGAGAAGCCUAGUGCUCCCGCCAAAAUCCUGACCAAACCACAGUCCCUGAUCGUAGAUGAGGGAGCCCUCGCCAGGUUUGAGUGUGAUGUGGCUGGCGAACCAGCGCCCUCCGUGACCUGGCUGCAUGAAGGAGCAGUUGUUGGUUCUUCUGCCCGUCACCACAUUGUCUCUGCUCAGUACAGCUCCUCCUUUGAGAUCUCUGCAGUUGAGAUGUCGGAUGAAGGCAGUUACACUCUGCUGGUGGAAAAUGCUGGAGGCAAACAAGAGGCUCAUUUCACUCUGAAGAUCCGCAAGUCUGAGUCCAAGCAGAAAGUAGUUGCUCCUCCAAGAAUCACUUCCCCAGAGGCCAAGUCCCCUGAACCAGUCAAAUCUCCUCAGAGAGUCAAGUCCCCUGUGCCAAUCAAGUCACCUCAGAGAGUCAAGUCUCCGGUCUCACCAAAAUCCCCAACACCAAAGUCCCCUACUCCCAAAUCCCCGACUCCAUCUGAGAAGGAAAGGGUGACUUCCCCAAUCAAGUCACCAAAGAGAGUGAUGUCACCCACUCCUGAAAAGAAGCCGUCCUUCUCUGUUGGGCUGAGCGAUGUCACUGCUGCCGCCGACUCAGUUGUCAAGCUCUCGGUGAAGGUGAUAGGAGAGCCCAAACCUGCAAUUUCAUGGAUGAAGGAUGGAAAGGCUUUGUCUCAGGGUGGGAAGUAUGAAAUCUUUGAGGAGUAUGGCUCAGCUUAUCUUGAGAUCUAUGAACUGGAGGUCUCUGACAGCGGGCUGUACAAGUGCACUGCCACUAACAGCUCUGGAGCAGUGUCGACCACCUGCACAGUGACUAUCCGGGGUCAGAUUGAUACCGUGGUCACGGCCAAGCGCUCAGAUGCGCCCCACUUCCUGGUGCAGCCCAGGUCCCAGAUUGUAAAUGAGGGACAAAAUGUCAAAUUUACCUGUGAAAUUGCAGGAGAGCCUUCUCCUGAUGUGGAGUGGUUAAAAGACAACAUGACCAUCUCUGUCUCAUCCAACAUUAGACUGAGUCGCUCCAACUCUGUGUACACUCUGGAGAUUUGUGAUGCCACAGUUGCAGACAGUGGGAAGUACACAAUAAAAGCCCAAAAUCAGUUUGGACAGUGCUCUGCAACGUCUUCCCUCAAUGUCUUCACUCUUGUUGAAGAACCAGCACAAAUGAUUAUUGUAGAGCAAAGAGCUUCUUCUGACACUGACGCUGCCAGCAUGCAGAAAACUUUAUCUGGCUCAUCAGUUCUUAUGGAGGCCAGCAGGUACAGCAGCAGCUCCCGCUCUGCUGCCGAGUACUCGUUUGAGAGCAUGUCUGCGACUAGCAUGUCCGCCAUGAUGGCUGAGUCAGUGGUUUCCAUGAGCUCCAGCAGCCAAAUGAUGGAGAUGUCUGCUCACUCGCAUGCAGAGGCCUCCUCCUCACUGAGGGCCCUCACCAUAGGGGCCAGAACAGGUGAGAUGCAUUUCAGAAGCUGCCUGAAUGUGAUGGUGACCUUUAGCUCAGUCCGAGAUGAUGUCAGCAUCCUUCUGAGCAAAGAUGGAAUGAAGAUACCAAUGUGAUGCAAAAUGUCUUUCGUGUUUAACCCUUUGAAACCCGAGCAAACUGGUUUGAUUUCUUUCAAAAUCAAAGGGAAAAGGCAACGAACAACUUAACAAGACAUUGCUCAAAAAUAAGCAAGAAAUUAGUAAGUUAGUAAGACGUAGUUUUGAUAUGUUUCCCCCUUUGUAAAAACACAUUUUCCAGUCAUUUUUUUGUGAUCUUUUACUAAAUUUUCACAAUGUUAUGAUCAUUUCUUGCCAUGCUAGUCAUCGACUCUU